GGGUGGGCGGGCGCAGGAGGCGGGCGCGGACGGCCGUCGCGCAGCUCCAGGCGAGACCCGCAGGAGCGCGGCGGGUGCUGGGAGAGCGUCGCGCCCCGGAGCCCUGCAGCACCCCGAGGGAUCGCGGCACCGGGAUCCAUGCGCGAAGAGUCCGCCGCCCCCGACGUGCUGCCUCGCUGCUUGCGGCAGGGCAUGAGAUGCCCCCUGGCGGCACGUUUCCUCGCCCGGGAGCCGCGCUGAGCUGCAGGUGACCUGCUUUCCGAGGGCCGCGCAAGGCUGCGCUCCUUCUUCGGACGCCGCAAAGGAAACCGAGGACGCCUUUGGCGGGGGCUCCUGCCGGCCUCAUGGAGAAGGCGAGCUCGGACGGGGCGUUCUCUCACCCCCUGGAGCCCCCCGCCGACCCGCUGCAAGGCGUCGGCAAGGCGCCGUCGGGGGAGAAGCGCUUCAGGCUGUGGUACGUGGGCUGGUCGUGCCUGGACCGGCGCACCACGCUGCCCAUGCUGCCUUGGCUGGUGGCCGAGAUCCGUCGGCGCAGCCAGAAGCAGGAGCCCAGCGCGGUGCCCGCCCGGGAAGUGCUGCUGCUGCUGGGCUCGCCCAACCUGCGCUGCAUCCCGUCGGCCAGCAGCGCCGCCAACCCGGCCGUCUUCAUCUUCGAGCACAAGGCGCAGCACAUCGCGCGCUUCAUCCACAACAGCCACGACCUCACCUACUUCGCCUACCUGAUCAAAGCGCAGCCCGACGACCCCGAGUCCCCGAUGGCAUGCCACGUCUUCAAGGCCACCGACCCCAGCCAGGCAAGUCCAGGGACGGGGGGGAGGGAGGGCUGGUGUCGAGCGACGGGCUGCGCCUCUUCCGCGCUUUGGCCGCGGGCGCGCAAGGGAUGAAGAAGCGGCCCGCGCCAUGCGGCGCAGCGGCUUCCUCGGCCCGCCUCUGCAAUGUCGCGCGCGCCUCUUCCUCCUCCUCCUCCUCCGCCCUCCCCCGAAGGAAGGCCACGCGCGGGGUGUUGCCAGUCCGAGUGUGCAAACAAACCGCAUUUGUAUCCUUGCAAUGGUCCUGCGUGGCCCCCGGCCAGGCUAGGGCCGCCGCAAAGGUCUGUAACUCAAAGUGAGAUUUGAACCCAGCUCCAAGGGUUCUUGCACCCAGACUUGUGGGGGAAACACCCGGAUUACCCCAAAGUAGAAUGAAUUCACAGACUGAGAGAAUGUGCUUUGGUCUAGUCUCCUAAAGCAGACUAGCAUUCUGGUGAAAAUGAUCUGAAGGCUACAGCAAGGUGCACGGGAGCUUGGGAAAAAGCAUCACUGGACUCACUUGAGCGUCGGAGGAAACUUGCUUAGAAUUGGGCUGCAAAUGUAAUGCUCAAAGGCUGUGAUGGAUAGCUGUGAUGCACACCUUUCUGAAGCUGUGAACACCUAGCUAAUAAUCCAGGAGAGUAGCAUUGUGUCCAAGGUGGUUCUUUGCAGAGUCUGUUCUGCCCUGUGGUUACAUGCAGAAGGGAAGGUAACUUUCUGGUGAAUCAUGAUAGGUUUCCAGAUUUGCAGAGGUGUAUAUUCCUGUUAAUGUAUAGCCAGGUGAAAUAUUUCACUUAGGUUAGUGUGGUCCUGGGGAUCGCAGUGGAACUCUGGAAAAAGCAGUGUGAGAACGGCAGCCUGUACUUCCCUUGAGUUCUGUCUCCUAUACAGAAUGAGUCCCACAAGUGACUGCAUUCAUGAAGGAGACUCUAACCAGGCUGUUCUCUGAGCCAAGAGUCAAAAUAGGGCAGUAGCGGGUGGAGCAGUAAACUAUAUGCAGGUCCUGAUGUGUUUCUAAUUAAACCCUAAAAAUAUGCCAUCUGAAUGCAAAACACACCUGUGCUUUCAUUGCACCUAUAUGAAAAACAAAUUCUGGUGCAGCAGCAGCAGCAGCAGCAGCUGUAAGGGGGAAAUAAUAUGAUUUGAUUUUCUGAGUAUUGCACAAUGCAUGUUUACUUAGAAGAAAAUCCCCACCCCUGAGAAUAAAUGUAUAUGUAAGAGCCUCAGUACUUAAUACUGGGUAACUGUCACUUAAAUGCUAAUAGCAGGAGUAUCCAUCUUUGCCACUAAACCUUCCCUUCCAAAUCUUUCUACUCCAAUAGGACACAUUGUGGCCUUGCUGUACUUAAUCUUGGUUCAUUCCUUCUGCUACCCAAAUAUUGUUGGGUAUUUUCAGUUACCUUUCCCUAGAGAUCCCCCCAUGUUACAUCCCACCACUCUCUCAUUACAUUAGCUUUAGACAACUCCAGCUAAGGGGAUUAAAAAAAACACAACUACAGUGGUACCUCGCAAGACGGAAAACUCGCAAAACGAAAGGGUUUUUGUUUUUUUGAGUUGCUUCGCAAGACGAUUUUCCCUAUGGGCUUGCUUUGCAAGACGGAAACGUCUUGCAAGGUUGUUUCCUUUUUCUUAAAACCGUUAAUACAGUUGCGACUUGACUUCGAGGAGCAACUCAUAGCACGCGGUGUGGUAGCCUUUUUUGAGGUUUUUGAAGACUUUUGAAGCUUUUCCAAAACUUUUCCGACACCGUGCUUCGCAAGACGAAAAAAACCGCAAGACGAAAAAACUCGCGGAACGAAUUAAUUUCGUCUUGCGAGGCACCACUGUAUGCAUAGAUACGGAGAAUUAGUAUAUUUGAAAUCAGGACCCAAAUCUAGCUCAGAUGUUCCUUUUGAGUAGUGAAACCUCCGUAACCGCUGCUUCAGGUGACUGGAGAGGAGGAAGGAAACACAGAGGAGAUGUGAGAUACCAAGUUGUGUUUGCUAUGCAGGAGUAUGCUAAUUCUUAAGACAAAUGCAUUCAGAUACAAUGAAGGAGAUAGGUCCAUGGUUUGGAGACCAUGAGGUCUCCCCUGUUGGAGGCAUAUCAGUUGCUGGGAAUCACAAGGAGAGUGCUGUUGUGCUGUUGUUGCACUUGGGUCUUGCUUGUGUUUAUCACAGGCAUCCAGUUGCCCAUUGUGACAACAGGAUGAGGGACUAGAUGGGCCUCUGGUUUGAUCUUCCGGAGCUCUCUUUAGGACCUUGUAUCUUGGACAUGCAUUUUCCUCAUUUUUAAUGGAAAAAACCCCAUCAAUUCCCGAAUCUUCAGCUAUGGCGGUUGCUUCAAGGUGCAACCAGAUGGGCAGUUUCUUGGUUUGGCACUUACAGUUACAGGACAAUGACAAAGAACUAACUUCAUUUGUGUUGCCGGCUCAUAGUGCUGCUUCUUGCCAAUAUGUGCUAUCCCAGCAAUGUGCAAUCUGUCCGGGUUGCUUCUGUGCCGUAAUAAAACACCAGCUGCACCUUAUCUGGAAUACCCUGAAGGUUCACGCUGCAGCUUUGUGGCUGAAGUUGAGCACCUGGUCUUGGCUUGCUCUGGCCUCACCAUAUAUGAGAUUAUCCGGGAACCAGGUGUAAGAUACUCUGAGCUUCUUGAGAGAAGCGUGGGUCUGGGGUAUCAGAUACUCAGUAGCCACUAAAUGCUUGGCUCUGGUGACUUUUACCAGGGCUGCUUUUGAGGUCACAUCUGUUGCCUAGAAAACUUGGUUGGCUCUAUAAAGUUCUGGAGAUCUUUACAAGCUUUUAUUAAUGCCUCUCAGUUCAUGUGGCCUGCAGCAGUUUUGCAAUCGCAGCUGCCUGCAAUCUGUUCUAUUUAGGGCAGAAACAUGGAAUGAAAUGGUAAGUUCUCUUGGUAUAGAUGCUCUACUUUGGUUAAACUAGCAUGAAUUUUCUGCAGAAUGUCUUGAAGCACAAAUCUAUCCCAAGUUUAACCACCUUUAAGCAAGUUAAAGGCUUAUGAUUCUAAGAUAACUGCUGUUAUAAUAAGCUGAGUUGUCUGAGGCACUGUGUAAUCAAAAUGCAAUGAAUUUCAAACUUUUUCCGGUUCUGAUUCAAUGUGAUCCACAAUUACCCUUACUCAGCUAAAUAGUUGAAAUGCCAAAACAACCCGCUUCAGACAAAGCUUAAAGGGAAAUAAUGCAAAGGAAGCAGGAUAUUUUUUUUUAAAAAAAAUCGGUUUUCUAAGAAUGGCUGGGUGCUUUGUUUUGCUGCACAAGGAUUGAAAGCCAGCUUGUUUGAAAAGUCUUGCUGCACAGCUAGUUGACCACUCCUGUGUGGAAUGCUCAAGAGAACACAGGUAACACAAUCUUCAUCACUGUGCUAAACUAUGGGAUGGAAAGCUGAGGACCAAGCCCCAUGUUAGUUUUGAAGUGAUAUAUGCCUCUUACAGAGCUUCUCACUUUAGCUGUAUAGUAGAUGCACAAUGGGUAGGAGGUUUAUCUAGAAUUCUGCCCUUUUCAUGGAUGGGUUCUCUGUUUCACAGAUCUGGAAAGUGAGUCUCAGGCUUGUGCUACAGCAAGUGCAUUCUACAGGUUCAGCUUCACCAGAAAUGAUUUAAAGACAUCACUGUGACUGAGGAUUUGCUGUGAGGUAGCUCAUUCAUUUGGAUUUAUUCCAUCACAGAACUGCUUAAGCCGAAGCUCCUCUUUCUUCAUUGUGACUUCCAGGAAGUAUGAAAUAAAUGUCCUUGUGCAGAAUAUUAACUUGCCCAGCAUGCGGCAACACAUCUGCACAUUUCUCCUGUGAAGGACGUUUUGUGUCAAGCAAACAUUCAUGCCACCUGCCUGACCUAUUAAGAUGCAGGACUGGACUAUAAAUAGGUAACUCAUUGUAGCCACGGGCAGGUCUGUCAAAAGUUGGCUUUUUAAAUAGUAAGUUAACCUGGGAGAUCUUAGUGCAUAGUUUGUGAUCAGUCACCAAAACAGUUCUUAGUAGAAUUAUUCACUGUACUGGUGUAGUAAGAGAAGAUGCAUGUGUGUGCGCAUGCGCAAAAGUGAUGAUAAAUGUUUGGCUGCAGAAGCUAUUACUUUAAAACUGCCCCUUCUAUUUUCAGGCAUUAUAUAGUGUCUUCCUGUGGCCAAAAUACACAUUAUGGUUGCCAGUGGUUGCCAUGUGUAUUUUUUUUCCUGCUGCGCUGCCUCAUGAAUCAGCUGAUUUGCAUGUCUUUUGGUGCUGCUCUGCUGCACAAAUCAGCUGAUCUGCAGAGUAGCGCAUUUUAGUUCAUGCUUUUCAAAAAGUAUAAAGUGUUGCUGAAUAUAUGUGUGCAACUAUACACUUUGUUUUGGCACUCACAAUCCAGGAGCCUUGUGGCAAAUAGCUUUUCUAUCACAGUUUCUAACACUGCCCUGGCUGCCUUAAAAUUAAGGGAGGUUUCCAACAUUUAACGUAGCAACAUAUAAAAACAUCGACUCAAAGUGCCAUUGUGAAACAAAUUUUCAGAAAAGGAAGCUAAAUAUUCCAGGACAUUAGGAGAUUUCUGAAAACGUUUUCAGAAAUAUAUGCAUAGAAAUUGCCUGAUAUGUUAAAGGAACAAAGUACCGUAUUUUUCGCUCUAUAAGACGCACCAGACCACAAGACGCACCUAGUUUUUGGAGGAGGAAAACAAGAAAAAAUAUAUUCUGAAUCUCAGAAGCCAGAACAGCAAGAGGGAUCGCUGCGCAGUGAAAGCAGCCAUCCCUCUUGCUGUUCUGGCUUCUGGGAUAGCUGCGCAGCCUGCAUUCGCUCCAUAAGACGCACACACAUUUCCCCUUACUUUUUAGAAGGGAAAAAGUGAGUCUUAAUAGAGCAAAAAAUACGGUACUUUAUAGAUGCGCCCUAGGCUUUGCUGUGUUCCAGCUCAUUUCCCCAUGUAGCUACCCCUAAAUGACAAAAAACGCAGCAUUGUUCCGAAAGAACAAAACAUUAUGAACAACUUGUGUUUCUCUGCUGCAUGACCUGAGAGUCAAAAGCACAUUUAGAAAACUUCAGCCUGAGCAGUUGUGAUGGAGGCUAAGAGACUUCUGCAAGGUUCUGCUGGAAUAAAUCAGCUUGAUGGCAGAAAGGCUUUGUGUAGGACUGAGAUCUGCCAGACUGCGCAUCACAUCUGUUUCCUGGAACUCUGCCAGGAGCCUGGGAGGGAUCUGUGUUCUGAAUGCUUCUUUAUUAGGAUGUACUGGGUACGAGUUUUGACCUCUUGUUUCAGGCAUGUCAUAGGAGGAAUGGGAGCAACAACUUUCGGUAGUUGUUCAGAAUUAACUAGCAAUACAGACGCAGAAUAUUUGUGUGUGUGUGUGUGUGUGUGUGUGUGUGUGUGUGUGUAAAAGCAGAUGAACUUUGCUUUUCCGGAUAUAGUUCCGGGUAGCUACUGGAAGCGUCACUUCCAAAUCAAAGCCCAAAGUAGCAAUGGACUUCCUGCGUCUCAACAUUUGAGUCCAUGAGUGUCGCUCUGUGCUAGAACACUACUUUAUUCUGAAAUGAUUUUUGCAGCCCACAUUUUGUUGGGUAGGUGCAGAAAUUCAUCGUUCCCGGCCAGGGUGGAUUUGAUUUAAAUCACGAUUUAAAUCACUAGUCAGUAAGACUUGGUUUAAAUCAUUUUUUUACCAAAAGACUCAUUCUUGCUGCUAUAAUCUUAAUAUUUACAACCAGAUGAAGGUUUUGUUUUUGGAAUAAUAAAUUUUCAGAGUAGCUUUUACAGUUCUAUCAAAAAUUACUGAUUUGGUUAUACUAUUAGAAAUACAUAGACCGAUAAUUAUGAAAUUAUUGUGAGGUUUACUAAGUUAACUGUUUAUAUUUGGACCACUUUUCUGCUGUACUUUAUUGGAAGGAGAAAAAUAAUCAUUUCCUUACUAACAAUUUAAACAGUUUGUUUAACUAAAACAAUAACAUUAUAGCAUAUGUAUCCAUGUUUGUUAACUGGUUUGGUUAAACUAUUAAAAAUAAUGUAACUUAAAAAGAAAACUAUCUUUAGAAAGAUUUCCUCUCCAAAAUCAUUUUAUUUUAAAAAUCCAAUUUAAAUAAAAAAAAACCAUUUUUUAAAAAAAAUCAUUGGUUUUUAUCCACCCUGUUCUUGGCCCAUGUCGUAUUUUGACACCGAAGGGUCCUCACAUCUUGAGCCUUGGAAGACACAGGUGAGGGCAGUUGUCUCUCCCCUCACCAGAGUCUGAGAUUAUUUGGAAAACAGCAAGAAAUGUUGCUGUUUCUGAGUGAUUUGAAAGCUUAGCAGGAUGCCAGGCGAUAUCCUGAGUCAGAGAAAACACAGGGCUGGCUGAUGGUAACCAUAGAUUUUGUCUCUGCGCAAUGGGCAUCCCAAAAAUGUGGACCCCCGCAGUAGCUCAGGGCUGGGGAAGAUGUAGCCAGUAGUCUUCGGACUCCAAUUCCCAUCAGUCCCAGCUAGCAUGAAGGAUGAUGGGAGUUGUAGUCCAAGAACAUCUGGAGGGCCAGAUUCCCCUCCUCUGUGUAUUCCUAAAUUGUACAUACACUCAGAUUGAGGCGUUAUGGAUGUUAUGGAGGGUGCCUUAACAAUUUUGGGUUACAUUUUGCACGAUAUAGCCUAUCCUUCAGUUAGAGAAGAACAAUUGCCCUGUUUUUGAGAUUUCUCAAGCAACUGGACUGUUUUGGAUUCUAUGUGAUAGCAAAGCUGAGGGUCAUUCCCUAAUAAAUUUCAGCGCUGCAGUUUCCACGAGUCUAUUCGUGGGGCCUGAAAAGUCUUUAUAUUAGCAAGCGGGAAACUUCAAAGUGAGCGUAAUUUUAGCUUGGCAAUGCUUGGUUUAAUUUAUGGCUUUAGAAUAGCUUUCCUUAUAGAGGUUAUAAUUUGUAAGUGGAAAGAGUUACUCCUUUUAACCACACAUUAAAAAGCACUCACAAAACUGUAAUUUCUAUUUUUUAUUUUUCUGACUGAAGAGGACUGUAAAGAGAGCGAGUUAAUUUUUUUCUGUAAGACUUCACAAUAAAGAGACGUGUGAUCUUGUACAGUCAUAACUUGGGUUGAAGUAGCUUCGGGAUAAGUAUUUUCUGGUUGCGCGCUGCGGCGACCCGGAAGUAACGGAGCAUGUUACUUCCGGGUUUUGCCGCUUGCGCAUGCGCGGACGGUCAAAAUGACGUCAUGCGCAGAAGCGGCAAAUCGCAACACGCGGACGCGGGUUGUGUUCGCUGCUGGAUGCGAAUGGGACUCCGGAACGGAUCCCAUUCGAAUCCAGAGCUACCACUGUAGUUCACUUUUUCUUUCUUUAAGGGUGGACAUUAAAUCUGAUUUUGUUUUGGUAGUUGUACUAGUAAUCCUCUUCCUUCUGAAAAAUAAGCAUUAAGGGGACAAAAUAGAUAGUUCUGGCCCGGGGUAUCUCCUUGUCUUUUCAAACAAAAAUAUUUGGGUAGAGUUGUAUUUUCCUCAUUUAGAGUUGCAGCGUCCUCAUUUUCUGCAGUGGGCUAUGGAGAGGCUGACGGAUCGCCUGUGCAUGGCACUGUGGCUCAGGGUGGAAACAGGGGCAGUUAAUUCUCAGAAGAGUUGUGCAUUAAGUAUUUAGCGGGUCAUUCCACGUCAUUUCAACGAGGUCAGGUCACCCUCCAUCUUGGAUGUUGAUGAAAUUUGGUGUACACUCUUACCUUAUGGUUGAAAAAAAAAAACCCUUAAAUCUCCCCCCUCUAUCUCAAACGGUUUAAAUUUUAUAGCACUUCAAAGUUUCGUUAAAUCUGCGUUGUCUGUCCCUCUUGAGACCCUCGGUACAAGAUUCACUUGUGUACAUUUUAUUUUUUUCCUCCAUAACCAAUGAUCAGAACGCUUUGAAAUUUUACACAGAGCUCAAUAAAAUGAUGAUGAUUUCAGAAAAAAAUACACCAGCACUCAAAAGAUCUUAUAGAUGCCUAAUUUUUUUAAAUAAAAGCAGUUGUGGCCUAGUUUUUUUGGUGGAAAAACUAGGUUUAGAAAACCUGAAUUUACAGCAUGUGGGCAUGAUGUAACCAAAAGUUUUUGAUGUUGAAAAUUAUUGCAAAGACAUGCUCUUUCUCAACAAAGAAUGAAAUUUAUGGGUUUUUUAUUCCUUGUAAUGAAAAUUUUACUUUUUUUAGACAUCGUGGGGGGGGGGGAAUGGCUACCGGGUAGCCAUUUUGUACAACUUUCCUAUAAGAUGGUUCCUGGAAUACUGUAGGAGGAAGUUGGAAUAAAAAUUAGAAGUUCUAAUACAAGCCAUUGUAGGAUGAUACCAUAACAAGCAUAAAAAAAUUCAAAUGGCAAGCUAUAAUCUAAAAUUUAAAUAUUAAAGAACAGUUUUCUAAAGAUUAUUUUUAUUUCGUUCCUGAUCUGCACAGAGGCUCUGGCCAUCCAAAGUAGACUGCCAGCAAGCUCCAUUUAGCAGGGAUACCAUUACUUCCACACACCCCUCUUGUUUGUGAAAUUGCAACAGAGGAGCCAGCAGGUAAUCAGAUUUGCCCAUGGGGCCUGCAGUAGCUAAUCUGUAUUUUUCUGGUUCCCGGUUUAUAUUUUCUGUUUUAGAGUCUAAAGCUGAGAGUAUAUGGUAAGCAGAUUUAGCAAUAUAUCUUAAUUGAAUGUGAAUUGCAGAAUCGCCUUCCUUAGGGUUGCCGAUGUUUAUCAAUGUGUGUGUAGGGCAUUAUUUAUCGAAGAUGAUAAAUAAUGGGGAUCUGAAUGUACAGAGUGUGUAUCACAAAUAGGAUAGUUUGUCCAAAUGAAACAAAUAAAUUGAGAAAAACAAAAAAACAAACCAGAUUGGCUCUGAAAAAUUGGGGGCUCACUCAGAAAGGAAGCAGUUCAUUUUUGCGAAUUAACUUUUUUUUAGUAAUCAAUCACAUGUUAUGGAUUCUGGACAUAACCAGCCAGUCUUGCAAGUAGCCUGUCUAGAAGGUUCUGAGUUCAAAAGUGCCCUCAGCACUAGGCCUCUGUUUCCCCAGGAGUAUAUGAAAAGAAACAACACAAGGAAUCUUAGUUGUGAAACUGUGCAGUAGCUUCUUCUAUCAAGUUUUUCAUCUUCCUCUUGGACGACUGCACCUUUGCAUAUAUUUUAGGCACCUUGCGUCGGUGAGUCAGCAUAACCUACUUAAUAUUGCAAAGAAAGAUAGCUGGCUGCUAACAUCAUAGGAUUUUAAAGGACACUGUAUUUGCCUGAUAUGCAUGCACUAAAAAAAAUUAUUAAUCCUGGAAUUCUAUAUAAAAAUAGAAAAAUCUGCGUGUGGAUCUUUUUGUAGGCAAAAACAGCACCAUCUAAGCCCAUGAAAGUGGUAUCAGUAUGCUUAAAGGUACCCCUGACAGUUAAGUCCAGUCAUGGACGACUCUGGGUUUAUGCGCUCAUCUCGCUCUAUAGGCUGAGGGAGUUGGCGUUUGUCCGCAGACAGCUUCCGGGUCAUGUGGCCAGCAUGACUAAGCCACUUCUGGCGAAACCAGAACAGCACACGGAAACGCUGUUUACCUUCCCGCUACAGCGGUACCUAUUUAUCUGCAGUGGUACCUCGCAAGACGAAUGCCUCGCAAGACGGAAAACUCGCAAAACGAAAGGGUUUUUGGUUUUUUGAGUUGCUUCGCAAGACGAUUUUCCCUAUGGGCUUGCUUCGCAAGACGGAAACGUCUUGCAAGUUUGUUUCCUUUUUCUUAAAACCGUUAAUACAGUUGCAACUUGACUUCGAGGAGCAACUCAUAGCACGCAGUGUGGUAGCCUAUUUUGAGGUUUUUGAAGACUUUGGUGAUUUUUGAAGCUUUUCCAAAACAUUUCCGACACCGUGCUUCGCAAGACGAAAAAAACCGCAAGACGAAAAAACUCGCGGAACAAAUUAAUUUCGUCUUGCGAGGCACCACUGUACUUGCACUGGUGUGCUUUUGAACUACUAGGUUGGCAGGAGCAGGGACCGAGCAAUGGGAGCUCACCCCGUUGCGGGGAUUCGAACUGCCAACCUUCUGAUCGGCAAGCCGUAGGCUCUGAGGUUUAACCCACAGCACCAUCCGCAUCCCAGGAAGCUUAGGAAACAGCAAAACUUACGGAGGUACAAAAUAAAAAAUUGGGGGGGGGACCCUAAGGUGGAAUCCCCCUCUGCGCCCAAAAAAGCAUCCCAGUGAGGAUUGAAAAAUGCCACAGCAGACAUGGAAUGCUGACUGUGAGGAGGAGGAAAAAAUAGAAUGGAGGAUCCCUAAAGAAGGCAUGGCUGGCUGGAAUCCUGAACAGGAACACUGCAUACUGUAACAUUUUGUUGCAGGACCCACUUCUCCCAUAUGCCUGGACUAUACUGUUGCUUUGUCAAUGAAACAGCCAUCUUCAAAAUUGGUGUGUCACGCGUGGAUAUAAUUUUAAAUUUACGUCCAGGGCUGCAAUACUUGUUCACAAUAGCGAUCCGAUUGGCUUGAGGUUGGAGAUUUGACAGUGUCCCAAUUCAUGCUUGUCCUACGUAGCGCUGGUCCUUUCCCUUUUUGUAGUCUUCCAGACCUAUGUCCUUUAUUGUGUAUGUGGAUAUGCUUGCAUUUGAUUUGCAGAUAAAAAGGUAAAGGUAAAGUGACCCCUGACCAAUAGGUCCAGUCGUGACCGACUCUGGGGUUGCGUGCUCAUCUCGCUUUAUUGGCUGAGGGAGCCGGCAUACAGCUUCCGGGUCAUGUGGCCAGCAUGACUAAGCCGCUCCUGGCGAACCAGAGCAGCACACGGAAACGCCGUUUACCUUCCCGCCGGAGCGGUACCUAUUUAUCUACUUGCACUUUGACGUGCUUUCGAACUGCUAGGUUGGCAGGAGCUGGGACCGAGCAACAGGAGCUCACCCCGUCAAUGGGAUUCAAACCGCCGACCUUCUGAACGGCAAGCCCUAGGCUCUGUGGUUUAACCCACAGCGCCACCCACAUCCCGCCAGACAUAUCAACAGUCAGCUGGGUUGAAAGGGUUGAGUUGUUUUCUACGCUUGAAUAUUUGUACGAAAUACUUGGAUGACCACUUAUCAGAACAGAGUCUACCUGUUUUCCAGGCGAGUUCCUAGUUCAAAUGAUAUUGUUGGAGAUCCAAGCCCUUGAUAGACAAGGGGCCUUAGCAUGACUCAUAGUUGGAGAGGAAGGUGGUUGGAAUCAGAGAGAAGAGGGGCAUCCUGGGAAGUCACUCUUGGGCAAUGACUUCACUUGCAUGAGCGAAGCUGCAUCACAAGGAUAACUUGAGUCAUAGGGCAGUGGGCCUUUGCCAUAAGCCAUUACCGUGGUACCUUGGUUCUCAAACUUAAUCUGUUCCGGAGGUCCAUUCCAGAACCAAAGCAUUCCAAAACCAAGGCGUGCUUUCCCAUAGAAAGUAAUGCAAAACGGUUUAAUCCAUUCCAGACUUUUAAAAACAACUCCUAAAACAGCAAUGUAACAUGAAUUUUUCUAUCUAACGAGACAUUGAUCCAUAAAAUGAAAGCAAUAAUCAAUGUGCUGUACUGUAAAAUAAAUAAGACAGUGUUGUAGAUGAUAGAAAUUAAUAUUAUUUUUUCUUACCUGCACUGAUGAUAAUCAUUGUUUGGAUGGGGGGCUUUUAUCCGUUUCCGCAGUCACACAAUCAAUCAAUCAGUAGCUGAACUGGGUUCCACACAGUCACAAAAACAAAUGAACCAAAAAAAGCCUCAAAAACAAAUACACAAAAUAAAAAGGAAAAACAUAAGCGGCAAACUUAAAUUUGUUCCGGAAGUCCAUCUGACUUCCGAAAUGUUCAAAAACCAAGGCGCAGCUUCUGAUUGGUGCAGGUGCCUCUGAAAGAAUAAAUGACAGCCGCAUAGGACGUUCGGCUUCUGAAAAACGUUUGGAAACCGGAACGCUUACUUCCGGGUUUUCAGUGUUUGAGAACUAAGGCGUUUGAGAACCAAGGUACCACUGUAUUUGCAAGCUAAGCUCUGUCCAAGGCGACCCUAAAGAGAAGACCAGUGAGGACAGACCGACUUCCUUGAACAAGGACUUGUCCGCCAUUACCAUCCUUCUCCCCCACUAUGCUCAGCUCCCAGGGGUGUUGGGUGUUUUGUUGGAUGCAGACAACUGCAUUUUCCGCACAAGUGCAACCCGCCAAAGCGGACGACUGCCUUGUGUGAGCUGAGUGGAGGCUGUGCGGAUGUUGGUGGGACCAGAGAGUUCUCAUCCUCUCUGGUCAUUAGCCAUGAUGGCUGGCUCUGAUGGGAGUUGUGGUCCAAGCAGGUCUGGGGGGUCACAUUGGGGGCCCUGCUCUACAGACCAGUCACUGUCAAAAGGGACUGCUCAAGGUGCGAGAGAAGAGGGAGGCCGCAGCGAAAUAAUGACGGGGGGGUUGGUGAAAAGAAAGGAAGAAUCAGGUGCUAUAAAACAGUAACUUUCUUUAAUAAAAAAGCAACCCACACAUUUUAAUCAUAGAUCUGCCUAAGAGACAGUAAAACAGAUGAAAACUUGUGUUGUCUUCCUAUUAUUAUUUGUAUUAGUAUUAUUAGGAUGGGGUUAUUAUUAUUAUUAUUAUUGUAUAAUUAUUAUUGUGGGACGCGGAUGGCGCUGUGGGUUAAACCACAGAGCCUAGGGCUUGCCAAUCAGAAGGUUGGCGGUUUGAAUCCCCAUGACGGGGUGAGCUCCCCUUGCUCAGUCCCUGCUCCUGCCAACCUAGCAGUUCGAAAGCACGUCAAAGUGCAAGUAGAUAAAUAGGUACUGCUCCGGCGGGAAGGUAAACAGUGUUUCUGUGCGCUGCUCUGGUUUGCAAGAAGUGGCUUAGUCAUGCUGGCCACAUGACCUGGAAGCUGUAUGCCGGCUCCCUCGGCCAAUAAAGGGAGAUGAGCGCCGCUACCCCAGAGUCGGUCACGACUGGACCUAAGGGUCAGGGGUCCCUUUACCUUUAUUAUUUUUAUUAGAGUGGGGGUGGUCCUACUUGUGUCUCCAGCACCUGUUAGAGAAAGCUUUUGGGGGGAUAGUUUUAUAAUCUACCUUUUACCCACUGUUUUUAUGUUAUGCUUCUCUCUACUUAUUGUUGCUAUUUUGCUUUGAAAUUGUGAUCCUAACUAUUGUAAGCUUCCCUGAGUAAUAUUUGCAUGAUAGAAGGGCAGGAUUAAAGUUCUUGUAUAAAUAACCCUAGCGUAGAAAACCUCUGGCCAGUAGCAAGUUGUCGCUUCUGCUGUAAGUAAAACAGGGAUAAGCCAGCUGGGUAAAAGCAGGACAUUGCUUUCCAGAUAUCCUCAUGUCCCUUUUCCCUGACUUGCCUUGAAAACAAUACUUUGAACGAUCCCUUGAUUGAUUAUCAAAGUACUUGUGCUAAGUGUUUUUCAAGCUAAAUUAACAUGAUAACUGUGAAUUUCAAGAACACCAGCCAUAUGGACCUUCUAACCUGGCAUAUUGAAUCACAUGCUGUGUCCCGUUUUUCUGAAGUGUUAAGUUAAACUUGAUUGUUGUAAAGUCAAUAUUAUCCCAGUUAGAUAAGAAAAGCCUUUUAUUCCUCCCAAAUGGACUCUGGUGUAAGGAAGCAAAAGCUCAGCGAUGAUGGCUUUUUUUUGUUGUUGACAUAGUUGAGAACGUACUGUACUUGUAACAUUUAAAAUUACUCCCAUUCAGCGGAAUAGAACAAUGUAACAACAGGAUUGUUUUUUUGCAGGUGGUAAAUAUGGAUGUUCUGUUAAUAGUGAACUCCGUGUGCUUUGGGCUUGUUAAAGGGGCUCUUUAAACACCCUCCUCUAGUUUUCUUCUAGUUCUGUAGUGUUGCAGACAAAUUGGACUUCUUUGGAAAGUUUAAUUGAUUUAGCUAUAAUUGAUUUAGCUAUGUAGCAGGAACCCCCCCCCCCAAUCAUUCAGUUUGUACAAACUUCACACACACUCACACUCACACACUACAUACGCUACACUUCUGUUAUAAAUUCAUAGAAAAUCAACCAUACAUCGGAUUUGCACUGUUCCACUUUUAUUUUACUCCAUGAAGGAAGGACUACAAAAUGGGGAAGGUUUGAUACAGGGCAGCCAUAAUCCCUUCAGCAUACCAUCACAUCCACAGGAGCCCUGCCCAGUUGCUAUGCCAACCCUGAUGGUCCUAGACAGAAGACCAUCAAGAUCACAAAGAACUUGCAUAUGGGAGUGAAUUCAGCACAGACUGGAACAAAGGACAGUAAUCAGCUCUUCUCUCUGGGGGCAGGAAACUGCAAACUCCCCUCUGUCACCUGGAAAGUACUUAUGGGGAGGGGGAAAGGGGGAACUAGCCAGGUGACAGGACACUCAGGUUACCACCACAACUCCUCCCUCAACCCCUCCUUUCUGUGAUGUAUGUCUGAUGUUUCUGGGGGUGGUCUUGAUCUACAGGAUGGGAAUUUAAAAAGUCUUUAUAAGACCUUGCACACCAUUUUUUCUGUGUCCUUCCUCUCUCCUGCAAGUGAGGGGAGCACCCUGUCGCAACAGUUCAAUAAAGGCCAAGCCUAGAGGCUGCUGUUUUGCUCCAAGUUAUCCUGGUUGGUGUCUUUGUUUUUGUCCAAGGGAGCCCUCGGAUUUUUCCGUUAACAGCUACAUAGGCUGAAGGCAACAUGAUUCAGCUGCCCAAAUUUGACUGCCAACGAGAGCCAGUUUCUGAUAUCCCUAAUGUCAGUGUUUGAGAUAAAAUACCACCAAUAAUAAUUCUUGUCCGGUGCACUUGAAAUGUGCCCUUGAAAAAUGUCCUAAAUCGCUCAGAAAUUCUCCUUGGUGUCAUUAAAUAGCAAUCAGUCUACAGCAGUGUUGCGAUCUUAUCUUUAUCCUUCACAAUAUUAUUUCUAGUGCAGCCAAGGAUAGAUUGCACAGCACCGUAUGAAACAUGAAAUUUAUUACGGUCAGAAACCAGCUUGAGAAACACAAAUGGAACCAAAAUCCCAAUAGCAAAACAAACAUUUAAAACAAUAUACAACAAUAGAUUUUAAGUUUGAAAGUGCAAUAGGCAUAAGGUAAAGGUAAAGGGACCCCUGACCAUUAGGUCCAGUCGUGGCCGACUCUGGGGUUGUGGCGCUCAUCUCGCUUUAUUGACCGAGGGAGCCGGCGUACAGCUUCUGGGUCAUGUGGCCAGCAUGACCAAGCCGCUUCUGGCAAACCAGAGCAGUGCACAGAAACGCCGUUUACCUUCCCGCCGCAGCAGUACCUAUUUAUCUACUUGCACUUUGAUGUGCUUCCGAACUGCUAGGUUGGCAGGAGCAGGGACCGAGCAACGGGAGCUCACCCCAUCACGGGGAUUCGAACCGCCGACCUUCUGAUCGGCAAGUCCUAGGCUCUGUGGUUUAACCCACAGCGCCACCCGCAUCCCUGCAAUAGGCAUAUAAACACAUAAAAACUUUAAAGUACACUACCUUACAGAAAUGACCCAAAGUCGCCCAUGGGUCCGGGUUUGGGAAUUUUCUUAACAAACUAGAUUGAAUUGGGGGGUGGUCUGCGCCUACAGAUCUGUGCGCAGAAUCUGGCGACAGUCCGGGUCAUCUUGUGGCCUUUGCCUAACAGAAGAUCAAAUUUUUGCUUUACCGGGAGGUCAGUAAGCCUCACCAGCAGGGGGUCAGUGGUUUCUCUAUGUGCCUCAUCAUAAAAGGGACAUCUAAAAAAUAUGUGUUCAGGGCUUCCUAUAUCCCCCAAUGGACAGGCGCAAAUUCUCUGGUCAUAUGAAAUGUAUGUUUCAAGCUGAUUGUAAGAGAACUUUAUUCUUCGUGGUUUCCGAAAUCCACGGUGUAGCUCUACUUUCUGAUAAAUGUGAUGGGGAGAUGCUCAUGACCCAAACCAAAUCCAUCCGUGUUAUUUUAAUACAUUCAUUUGUGUUACUGCACUUGUCAGGGCAGUGUUGGCAGGCUCCAUCCUAAGAAGGUUUUCGCUCUGUGUGGAUAGCUUAGUUGGUUAGAGUGUGGCGCAGAUAACACCAAGGUUGCAAGUUCAAUCCCUGUAAGCGGAAGUUGCAUAUUCCUGUAUUGCAGGGGGUUGAACCUCUUUGUCAAGUUACACUGCAUGGCUGUAUAGUUUAGCAUGGGGAAAGGAAACAGGUGGCUCAUAGAAUAGAACUAGCGCAUGGGUAGGCAAACUAAGGCCCGGGGGCCAGAUUCGGCCCAAUCGCCUUCAAAAUCCGGCCCACGGAUGGUCUGGGAAUCAGCGUGUUUUUACAUGAGUAGAACGUGUCCUUUUAUUUAAAAUGCAUCUCUGGGUUAUUUGUGGGGCCUGCCUGGUGUUUUUACAUGAGUAGAAUUUGUCCUUUUAUUUAAAAUGCAUCUCUGGGUUGUUUCCGGGGCAUAAUAAUUUGUUCAUUUCCACCCCCCCCCCCAAAAAUAUAGUCCAGCCCCCCACAAGGUCUGAGGGACAGUGGACCGGCCCCCUGCUGAAAAAAGUUUGCUGACCCCUGAACUAGCCCUUGCAGUCUUUCCACCAAGCCUCAACCCCUCUCAAAGGUCCUGCCCACUGCAGUUAGUUCACUCAUUAUGAAUUAUUAUUAUAAUUACUAUUAUCAUUAUUAUUUUAUUUGAACCACAGCCAUCUGUCUGGGUUGCCUCAGCCAUUCUGGGCAGCUUCCAACAAACAUAAAAGCAUAAUAAAGCAUCAAACAUUAAAACUUUGCCAUACAGGGCUGCCUUCAGAUGUUGUCUAAAGGUUGUAAACCUUGGUUCUCAAACGCCUUGGUACUCAAACGACUUGGAACCCAAACACUGCAAACCCGGAAGUAAGUGUUCCGGUUUUCGAAAUUCUUUGAAGCCGAAUAUGCUCCGAUUUGAGUGCCACACUUCCGAUUUGAGUGUUACGCUGAGGCCUGUCUGCUUUUGCUAUUUACGUAUUUUGCAUUUUUGUUUUUGCGGCUCUUUUUUGUUUUUGUCACUGUGACCGUGUGGAACCUAGUUCAGCUACUGAUUGAUUGAUUGAUUGAUUGUGUGACUGCAGUCCAUUGUUUAUCGCUUUCAUUUUAUGGAUCAGUGGUCUCGUUAGAUAGAAAAAUUCAUGUUAAAUUGCUGUUUUAGGGGUUGUUUUUAAAAGUCUGGGACGGAUUGAUCCAUUUUGCAUUACUUUCUAUGGGAAAGCGCGCCUUGGUUUUGGAACGCUUUGGUUUUGGAACGGACUUCCGGCACGGAUAGUUUGAGAACCAAGGUACCACUGUACUUAUCUCCUUGACAUCUGAUGGGAGGGUGUCCCACAGGGCGGGCGCCACCACCAAGAAGGCCCUCUCCCUAGUUCCCUGUAACUUAACUUCCUGCAGUGAAGGAACCACCAGAAGGCCUUCGGAGCAGAAAUCGCCACUUUCUAUAUUUUGUAGGUAUGUAGCGCUCUGUUUUUCAGACCGUAAUCUGGGAGCCCGUGCAGUUGGGACUCCACCCUCCAAACUCCACACACACACACAUGAGUAAUUUCUUUUAAUACAGUUGGCAUUACCAGACAGGAAGGGCUUUUCAAAAGGAUAAUUUUGGACUAGAGGACAAUUAUGUCACUUUUGGUAGUACCAAAUGCUAGGUAAAAAUAAGCAGGGUGAGGUGUGGUUUUUUUCCCUUCCCCUUUGCAACUUUGCUAUGCCAAAAAUAUCAUUUGAUUGAAUUAAAGCACGGGCACAAUUGCAGCCUUGAAACAGCAGCUGUUCUCUGUGUGUUGCUGUUUGUCACGGGAGUUCCCGCAAGGUCAGUAAAAGACUCUUUCCUCUCAGAAAUGGCAGGGAUGAAUGCAUCCCACGUGGCAAAGGGUAACCUUGCUGUUUUUGAGACCUGAAAAAGCAUCAUGGCCAAUCCAGUGCCUUUUUAAAACGUGUUUUUUUGAGGGAAAUAUUGGGUUACUCUUGUUUUUAUUAUGCAUUUUGUGAUUUUAUUUUGUGAUUUUUAUGUUGCAAACGGCCCCGAGACCUGUGGUUAUAGGGCUGUAUAAAAAUUUAAUAAGUAAUAAUAAUAUUAAUAAUACUUUAUGUGGUGGCUAUUGCUUCCCCACAGGCACUGAUUAGGGAGCCUAUAUUUGUGGAAAACAGAGGCCACCUUAUUGCCCAACUGGACCAUUAAUCCAGCAGUUAGCAUCACCAAGGGAUCCUCUACUAUUUUGCUUGCCUAUUUCUGGUCCACACUUUACCAUGGGGAGAGAGAGCUCUUUACUGCUGACUGCACAGCAUGGAAAGUAAGAGAAACCACGUUAGUAGGUUUGCCACAUUUCAAAAAGUGAAAAUCUGGACAAAAAAAGUUGCUGAGCAUUUUUGGGCAAAGCUGUUGGGAUUGCAAAAUCUCUCUUUAAAAUGUAAGUUUUUGAGCUACUUUUAAGGAAAUUCACCCCAAACCUGCACUUCCAACAUGGGUUGCCCUCUGUCUGGAUUUUCCUGGACACUUCAGCAAAUUCUACCCAGACACUGUUUGCGAUGGCCGAAUCCUGGCUACGUCCGGGAAAUUUUAAUCAUAGAUCUGCCUAAGAGACACUAAAACAGAUGAAAACUUGUGUUGUCUUCCCAUUAUUCGUAUAUGGGUAUUAUUAGGAUGGGGUUGUUGUUAUUAUUAUUAUUAUUAUUAUUAUUAGGGUGCAGGUGGUCCUACUUGUGUCUCUAGCACCAGUUAGAGAAAGCUUUUUUGGGGGUAGUUUUAUAAUCUACCUUUUACCCACUGUUUUUAUGUUAUGCUUCUCUCUACUUAUUGUUGCUGUUUUGCUUUGAAAUUGUGAUCCUAACUAUUGUAAGCUUCCCUGAGUAAUAUUUGCAUGAUAGAAGGGCAGGAUUAAAGUUCUUGUAUAAAUAACCCUAGCGUAGAAAACCUCUGGCCAGUAGCAAGUUGUCACUUCUGCUGUAAGUAUCACAGGGAUAACCCACCUGGGUAAAAGCAGGACAUUGUUUUCCAGAUAUCCUCAUGUCCCUUUUCCCUGACUUGUAUUAAAAAAAAAUACUUUGAAUGAUCCCUUUAUUGAUUAUCAAAGUACGCAGGCUGAGACCCUACCUGCCCGCAGACUGUCUCGCCAGAGUGGUGCAUGCUUUAGUUAUCUCUCGCUUGGAUUACUGCAAUGCGCUCUACGUGGGGCUACCUUUGAAGGUGACCCGGAAACGACAGCUAUUCCAGAAUGCGGCAGCUAGACUGGUGACUGGGAGUGUCCACCGAGACCAUAUAACACCGGUCUUGAAAGACCUACACUGGCUCCCAGUACAUUUCCGAGCACAAUUCAAAGUGUUGGUGCUGACCUUUAAAGCCCUAAACGGCCUCAGCCCAGUAUACUUGAAGGAGCGUCUCCACCCCCAUUGUUCAACCCAGACACUGAGGUCCAGCUCCAAGGGCCUUCUGGUGGUUCCCUCGCUGCGAGAAGCCAAGUUACAGGGAACCAGGCAGAGGGCCUUCUCGGUAGUGGCACCUGCCCUGUGGAACGCCCUCCCACCAGAUGUCAAAAGAGAAAAAUAACUACAGUGGUGCCUCGCAAGACGAAAUUAAUUUGUUCCGUGAGUUUUGUCGUCUUGCGAUUUUUUUCAUCUUGUGAAGCACGGUGUCGGGAAAGUUUUGGAAAAGCUUCAAAAAUCACCAAAGUCUUUAAAAACCUCAAAAAAGGCUACCACACCGCGUUCUAUGAGUUGCUCCUCGAAGUCAAGUCGCAACUGUAUUAACGGUGUUAAGAAAAGGAAACAAACUUGCAAGACGUUUCUGUCUUGCGAAGCAAGCCCAUAGGGAAAAUCGUCUUGCGAAGCAGCUCAAAAAACGAAAAACCCUUUCGUCUAGCGAGUUUUUCGUCUUGCGAGGCAUUCGUCUUGCGGGGCACCACUGUACCAAACUUUUAGAAGACAUCUGAAGACAGCUCUGUUUAGGGAAGCUUUUAAUAUUUAAUAGGUUAUUGUAGUUUAGUGUUUUGUUGGAAGCCGCCCAUUUUAUUAUUUAUUAUUAUUAUCACUUGUGCUGUUUUUCAAGCUCUUAUGACUGUAAUGCUGAAGAUAAAAAAAAUUCAAAAAUGCCAAACUGUGUGCUCAAGAGAAAAAGCAGAAUUGCACGGCCUUUAUUUAAUGAGAUUCUUGUAAGCAUUGCUUUGCAGACUUGUUUGCAAGUUUACUUUAAACAGCAAGAUUCAGAUUUUGCACAUGUGCAGACACUUAAGCCAUGUACACAUUACUGGCUUAAAUCAUAGCUGGCUCGUUUCCCCCCUGAAUUCAGCUCAAAGCUGGUUUGGGGAAAACAGCUUCAAAAUACAAGAUACACAUGGACUGUGGUCAUUGUCGUAAGUACUCUUCUUCUAAAACCAGCUCUGGACGCAGGAGAAACAAUUCCAAAAGGAGUUAGUCCAAGCCUAGAAGCGAUGGUGGUUCCAGUAAAACUGAUAUUAGUGUGUUUCAAGCUUGAAUCGAAAUGCCAAUGCAUAACUUUAAAGCUGGCCAGCAGUUGUGGGGAGAAAGGAGGAACCAAAUUUAGGGGACACUGCACCCGGUUCUGCCUUAAAUAAGAUGCCUUCUAGAUUUAUUCCAAAUAUCUGCAACUUCUGUGGCAUAAAUUAGUUAUUAAUCAAAUAUCAUUAACAACAAAGAUUUAAGCGACAACUUGCUUUUCAGUAAAAAUGUACAGAUUCAUCUUGCAAAUUAUCGUGUAUUCUUGUGUCCUCAAAGUAAGCCCUGUCAGCUUGUUCCUAGGUAAAUGUGCAUAGGCUUGCAGUCUAAUUCUCCCUUUUCUGUCAUACAGCCUGUAAGGUAUUGGGAAGUUUUUAAUGUUUGAUGUUUUAUCAUGUUUUUGUAUUUUGCUGGAAGCCACCUGGAGUGGCUGGGGAAACCCAGACGGAUGGAUGGAGUAUAAAUAACAAUACAGUGGUACCUCGGUUUUUGAACGUAAUCUGUUCUGGAAGACCGUUCGACUUCCAAAAUGUUUGAAAACCAUUUCAAACAUGCACAUGGUACCUCUGGUUGCGAAAGGGAUCCGUUCCAGAGGCCCGUUCGCAACAUGAAAAGAGCGCAACCUGCAGCAGCGCGUCUGCGCACACGCGGGUUGCGAUUUGCCGCUUCUGCACAUGCGCGUGACAUCAUUUUGCGCGCCUGCACAAGCGGCAAAACUCGGACGUAACCCUUUCCGGUACUUCCGGGUUGCCACGGGACGUAACCUGAAAGAACAUAACAUGAAGCAAACGUAACAUGAGGUAUGACACUAUAUGCGCAGAAGCCGUUCAACUUCUGAGGUGCGUUUGAAAACGGAAGCAUUUACUUCCGGGUUUUUGGCAUUCAAAAACUGAAACAUUCAGCUUCCAAGAUGUUUAGAAACUGAGGUACCACUGUAACAAUAACAACAACAACAAGUUUGAUUAGUGUUUAACAUUGGAGUACAGUGGUACUUCAGGUUACAUACGCUUCAGAUUACAUAUGCUUCAGGUUACAGACUCCGCUAAGCCAGAAAUAGUGCUUCAGGUUAAGAACUUUGCUUCAGGAUGAGAACAGAAAUCAUGCUCCGGUGGCACGACUGCAGCAGGAGGCCCCAUUAGCUAAAGUGGUGUUUCAGGUUAAGAACAGUUUCAGGUUAAGAACGGACCUCCGGAACAAACUAAGUACUUAACCCGAGGUACCACUGUAGUCCAUCAUUUUCUAGCUUUCUACCUUCAGGGAGCCAUUCCCACAGUGUCUCGUCUUAUGAAAAACCUCUGUGUGCUGCCCCCAGGACUCUGCACAUUUCAGAAUAUUCUGGUCCAUGUUUUCAGGGUGUGCUCUUUGCUCAUGGAGAGCAUUGCCCAAGCCUGUUUCUCAGCACUCGCCUGGGGCUUUAUGUUGCAAAGUGAGAUCAGGAACUGUGGCCAAGAUGCCUUUCAGCAUUGCUCCUCUGCCACUAUUGAUCUCACGGAGGAAUCCCAGAUUUCCCUGGCACACGGCAUGAGAGCCAGAGGCAAAAAACAAACACCGUUGAUAAUCAAAAUAACUUUUUAGUUAUUCCAAAUUUCUGAACGAUUUCUCAAACCCUCAUGUUAAAUAUUUUCCACUACACAGCUUUUUAUAUUAGGAAAUAAAUAGGUUUGCUAGCUUGUUACAGAAGAGGCGCAGCGCAAUUCUAUGGGUGUCUACUUGGAAGUAAACUCCAUUGAGUUUAAUUGGGCUCAUUCCCAGAUCCGAGUGCAGAGGAUUAUAUUGUGCAGAUUUUAGUGCGUUAAUCGGUCAGUUUGAAUACAUAUAAGUAAAAACAGAAUUUUUGCAGCAAGAAAAAAAAUAUUUACUUUUAUUUGCACGUUGCUAUAACAGGCAUUAUCAGAAAAAGCAUUCCUUCUGUGUGGAGGAUAACCAGUUGCAAUGGAGGAAAAAGCUCCUGCAGCUUUAAUAAUGGUGUAGAAGCAAGAAUUUGAGCAGUUGCAGUUUGUCAAGCAGCUACGAAAAGUGCACAUAUGCUUUCUCCCUUUGCAUCUGACCAACCUUUUGUGUGGAAGGAGAGAGGAAACAGUUUGUAAGAUGGUACUUGCCACCUUCAGUUUAUAUAAGCAGAAUGAUUUAUUUAUAUAGUAAUCAGCAACUCAAAUAAUCAGGACAAUUGGAUUUUUGUCAAGUGCCUUACGUAUGUGUUUAUUCCAAAAUCCAAGGGGGCUUACUCCUAGGUAAAUGUGCAUUGGAUCGAUGCCUUAAUUGAUUAACCAGCGAAUCAAGUGAACGCUACACCCCUAAGCGUAAAUGUCGGAGUGACCUGAAUUUUCUUUUCCAAAACAACUCUUACAUCAACAAGUUCGCCCCAGCCUGCAAGAUGACUCUGGUAAAAUAAUUCCAUUGAUGAUAUUUAUACUGCAACUGUGCCUAUCUUUAGUUGCUGCUGCUGCUGCUGCUUAAAGUCCUAUUUAGAGCCACAAGAUGAGCUGACACUCGACACCCCAGCUCUAUCACCCUAAUACUUGUUCUUUUAAAAAAAAGUAGGCCAGAAAUGCAGACUUCCAAGUAGCCGAUUUGCUUUAAUUAGAAAUGGCCAUGCAUGAGUUAGCUUGCUGAAAACAGAGUCCGCAGCUCAGCACUAGAAGUUAUUCCAUUUGUGUGUCCCUUUUACAGUGGUACCCCGGGUUACAUACGCUUCAGGUUACAGACUCCACUAACCCAGAAAUAGUGCUUCAGGUUAAGAACUUUGCUUCAGGAUGAGAACAGAAAUCAGGCUCUGGCGGCACAGCAGCAGCUGGAGGCCCCAUUAGCUAAAGUGGUGCUUCAGGUUAAGAACAGUUUCAGGUUUAGAACGGACCUCUGGAACGAAUUAAGUACUUAACCUGAGGUACCACUGUAUUAAGUGUCUGUAUCCCUUUCCACACCACUUAAAGGUACAGUUUUCUCCAUGUCUGUAGGGAGCCUAAUAUAUAGUGUCUGGUUAAAAGAAGGAAAACGGGCCCCUCGUGGUACCUUUGGCAGUGUGGAAAAGAGGGAAUUUCAGCAAGGGUACAUCUCACGACAAUUGCAUCUUGCCCUCUUUUCCGUGUGGCCAGCCUAGAUUCCCCCUCUCCCUGUAGAUCAGAUGUGGGGAACCAACCCUUGGCUCUCUUGAUGUUGCUGAAAUACAAACUCUAUCAUUCCUAGCCAUUGGCCAUGCUUGUUGGGGCUGUUGGGAGUUGCAGUUCAGCAUCUGGAGGGUCAAAGAUCCCCUGACCACUGGUCCUGCCAGCUAGGGAUGAUGGGAGUUGUAGUCCAACAACAGCUGGAGACCCAAGUUUGGGAAACCCUGGUCUAGGCCCAGUGUUUGUAAAAUCCACUGGUUGGCCUAUCUGCUUCCCUGAUCGUUUGACCCAGAUCUUUGCUAUUGGGAUUCCUUCUUGGUAGUCCUUGCGAAAUGUUUGAAAUGGUACUCCCCUCCGCGAUUGAAUUAUGUGCCUCUGAUGACAUCUCUAUACAUAAAUCAGCUUCCAUUACACUCUUCCACCUGGUCUUUCUCAAGUGACUUACAUACUAGAGUACGAAUUACGUACGCCUGCUGCUUCUGAGCUUUUUGAAAAGAGCCAUGCCGUUGCAAAAUAAAGCAGGAUGCCAAUAAAAAUGUCCAUAUCAUGAGACUACGUGGAAGGCAUGUCCACACAUGGAACAAUCUGAAAUGCUCUUGGACAAAGUAUGCACGUCUUUUGAUGACAUUGCCUGAUGUAGCUGUUCAUGUAUAUCUAGUGUAUUGUUAUUUGUUUUGUUAACAAAAAUGUUCGCAAUAAAAAAGUGUUUUCUAAGAGGCACGCCCUUCGUUCUGCAAGCAGGUGCCCUCCUGUUUCAGAAACUGGAUUUCUUCCAACCUUAACUUGAGUGAGUAAGGAUUUGAACUUACGUCUCUAUAAUUUAGUCUUUUGUUCUGAGCUAGUUUGGUGGUGGUGGUUGUUUUUAGAUUUAAGAAUAAUAAUAAUAAUGUAUUAUUUAUUUAUUAUUUAUACCCCGCCCAUCUGUCUGGGUUUCCCUAGCCACUCUGGGCAGCUUCCAACAAAAUAUUAAAAUACAAUAGUCUAUGAAACAUUAAAAGCUUUCCUAAACAGGGCUGCCUUCAGAUGUCUUCUAAAAGUCUGGUAGUUGUUGUUCUCUUUGACAUCUGGUGGGAGGGCGUUCCACAGGGCGGGUGCCACUACCAAGAAGGCCCUCUGCCUACUUCCCUGUAACUUGGCUUCUCGCAGUGAGGGAACCGCCAGAAGGCCCUUGGCGUUGGACCUCAGUGCCUGGGCAGAACGAUGGGGGUGGAGAUGCUCCUUCAGGUAUCCUGGACCGAGGCUGUUUAGGGCUUUAAAGGUCAGCACCAACACUUUGAAUUGUGCUUGGAAACGCACUGGGAGCCAAUGUAGGUCUUUCAUGUUAUGUAAAAGAUACUUCUAGUGGUGAAUGAUACCCCACAAUUUGGAGUGGCACAUCUUGAACUGAUAAAGCAAGUGGAUACGCAGUGGUGCAAAAACAGGGAGGAAAGCUGUGAUAGCUUGCAGACUGUGUAGGAUCAACCUUGCUUUGAGGGACAACUGAAAGUCAUGGUGAUGUAAUGGGAUUUAAUGGGCCCAUUGGGAUUAAGAAUUAACUUUCUCUUGGCAGUACUAAUUAAGUCAAUGAUUGGCAUGUAGAAACAAUAGUGUGAAGAACAGAGGGCUUCUGUAUUUCAAGGAUCCAGGCAGGAUACGAUGUGCAGUGUUGUAGCCCUGGAUAGACUGUGUAUUUUAGGAGGGGGAAACCAAUGUGGGAUCUGUUUUUAAAAGGUGGAAAUACACUGUCCAACUUUACAGCAAAGCUGCUCUGCCAUAUAUUUGAAGCCAAAAAAUAAAAUGGUGAUUAAUUGUGGAACGCCUGCAAGUCAGGUUAAGAAUUCAGUGGUUUAUGUGCGUGUUUGGUUCUGUUUAGGAUGUAGUCAACUUCAUUUGCUGAAAAAGAAAAUGCAGUCCUCGGCACACAUACUCGCGAGUAAGUCCUGCUGAACUCAUUGGGAGUUUCUUUUGAUUCAACAUGCAUAAGGCUGAGCUGCCAGAGUGGGAGCGGGUUAAUAGAAUUAGCUGAUUCUUUCCGUUAUUUGUGGCUGUGACUUCAACAACAGCUUGAUGUGCAGAAAUUAUUUGGUGAUGACGUUGACCUGCUGAUUUCUGGACAUCUCAUUGCUUGCAGAAGCACUUGAGCAGCUGGCCUUGUUUACUGAAUCAUUUGGCCACCCCUGUAUGUAGGGUAGCUUAAUUGCUUCCGUCAUCUUGCUGCUUAAGAGCUGAACUAGAAAACUUCCCAUAUGGUUUAAAUACUUUUUUCUGUCUGUAGUCUCCAUCCUAUAGUAGUAUCCUUAAAAUAGCAACUCUGAGAAUGUGUUCUGCCUUACUCUUCUUCGGAUACAACAUCCUUUGCUUUCUGGCUUUUUUACCAUGGAAGCUUGUGCUGUAUUUGAAUUUGUAACCAGAUACAGAAUAAAACGUUUAGCUAAAGUAAGUACUCAUAGCUCUGGUUCUUUUUCUGCAGCCUUGGAAUGAUUUAUCAUAAAUAAAUCUAAAUAAGUCUAACCGAGGGCACAUUUAAAGAGGCAAAUGCAACUUUCCACAUUUCUGGAAACUUGUAGUUAGAUAUCCUUGUUUGUAAUAAAUAUAGAAAAGGGGCCUUGUACGUUUUCUUUUAUGUGAUUGGGAGUAAUGUCAAGGUUUGGGUCUCAAUUCUGGCAAAAUUUAACUAGUACUGGCUUUUCAGGAAGUAACAUUAGUAUGAACAAACCUGAAAGGAAAUAAAAUAAACCUAAGCUUUUCUCUUUUCCUUGAGUAAAUGGGUGAAAUCAAAGCAAGUUUUGCAAUGAUUAGUUUCUUCCUUUUUAGUGAUAGAAAUAUAGCUGCUUCAAUGGCAACUCUUUCUCACUCUGAGAGUACAUAACUGCAUCUUUCUUACAAUUGGAGUUGGUGUCAUUGCAAGUGCCAUGUUUAAUGCUGUUACGACCCCUGUUAAUGGCAGGUAAAGGAAAAACAUUUAAAUUUAGCCAUCCCUUUUAUAUGGUGCUCUUCUUUUGGAGUGGUGCUGGCUUCGGAAACUUUUGGGGAACCCUUCGUAUAUAAACUUGUCUCACGAGGAACCUGGCCCCAGUGACCCAGCUUGCACAUCUUGCUUUGGAUUCUAGGAAGUGUUUGAAGUCAGGUUACCAGAUUUUUUUUCAAAGAAUCUGGGAACCCUUUUUUUUUUUUAAAAAAAAGAGAGAGAGGAAAAAAGGUAUUAAAAAAAGAAGCCACGUGUCCUUGCCUUCCCGGUGCUCUCCUGCCUCUCCUCCUCAGUGGUUGUGACACGACAAGUUUGGGGCUCCCCUCUUUUUUCUUCUUUCUCUCUCUUCCUUCUCCUUCUCCACUCCUCCUUCUGCCUGAGUCGGCUCCAGGGUUUUCCUGGCGCUGGAGCGCCGCUGGCAGUCGGCUGGGUGCUCUCACUCCCGGCUCGAUUUGGGUCGCGCGGGGGGGGCUGCCAGCGGUUCCCCCAGUUGACGCACCAGGCACCCCCGGUUUCCCCUCAGCAGUGGUGGCAGCAGUGCCAGCAGUCUCAGCAGCCCGGAAUCAUCCUGGUAGCGCAGUUGCCUCUAGCUAGCUUCAGGAGCUGCUCGCUGCCGUGGCGCCCGCCAUUUUGCCUCGCUGGAAGUCCCCAUAUGAUGUGUCUUGUGCCGUUGAACCAAUCACGCAACAUUCAUUCCCUACUAAUAUAUCUACAUCUGUAACACUUAAAAUAUAAAUCCAGGGACAUUCCAGGGAUUGGUUUUGUCUGGGGACAGAUUUGUAAAUCUGGGGACGUCUGCUAACCAUAGUUUGAAGUGCACACUCAGUUUAUUCAGUGCAUUGCCCUGGCUUGUUGGGGCUGUCUAUCACAUUGCAUAACCUGUGGGAGGGACGCGUUGUAGGGGGAAGAUCUGUAACAAAGCUGUGCCUUGCAGAACUUUAUCUGGUGCUCUUGGUCCUAUCCGAGGCUUCUCAAUGAAAAUCUUCCUCUGAAUAUGCCUUGAGCUGUUCUAAACUUCAAUCUUCAAACAUUUACUAAUAUGGUAAACAAGAUUUUGCGAGCCACCAAGUCUCCAAACACCAGAGAUCUAGGAUUUAUCAAAGCAUGCAGUAGCUGUUCAUCAUUCUUCUCCCUGUUUAGUUACUGGGGAAGGGAAGAAAUGUGAAUACAGGCAGCUUAAUGGGCUUCUGCUGACACUUUCAUGUCAGUAGCAUUACUCUAGGGUAACGUGCAAGUGUUAAUGGAUUUUAUGCCUUAUCGUUGCAGGCAGCAUGUUCAAGUCUGCGGUGUAGCCCAGUGUUUGUUCUAUAGCUGUAGCACUAAUUGGAAUCUGUAUGCCACCUUGAUGGGCACUCCUUGAAUUACGUGUUCUGUACCCUGGCAAUAACCCCUUCAUGCAAAAGGUCUAAGUUUUGUAAGUAGCUAAAGCCUGCAGACCUCUUGAGUUCAAUGGAAUUCUGUGUGUAUAAUAAGUUUUAUGUUGAUGCUUCAGCCAAGGACCAAGCUAAAAUUGAUAAGGGGUGUGUAGAUGGAGGAAAUAAACCUAGUGUGUAGCUGCAAGUAGGUAAAUCAGUGGUGAGAUUGUGUAUUGUGUAAUUACUGUCAUGGCACCCUUGGCUCCAUCAGGAUCUAUGACCAGACAUGGUUUAGCAGCCACAGUUGGAAGAGGAGGAGAAGCAGAUUUGGAAGGCUUGAAGCAGAUGGGAAGACUUGGGUAGAAGCAGAUUGGCACCAUACGCACCAACUCUGUGGGACUGAGGGCAGCUUACCCCCCCCCCCCAAGUAUGUGAGGAAGGGGCAGAGUCCCUCCCCCAAUCUUGAGGAGGCUCGCCUUAAGAAACUUUAGUAUAAUCAGUCGGGUGGCUUCAGACAGAGCAGACUGGAUAUUUUUUCCCCUAACAAAAACAGAUUUGAGGUCAAAGCUUAACAAAUAUACCAUGGCAUAAAUCAGGCACUGAAAAUAUUUGAAAGCAGUAGGGGAGCAUUUCAGUAUCCCAGGCCACUUCUGUAGCAGACUUUAAAAUUGCCAAAAGUUUCUAAAGUUACUAAGUCGGACUUCUUCAGCGGAUAGGCCCUGUGGUUCUUGGUUUGAACAGAGACUAGAAAUGGCCUCUACUGAAAGUAAUCGUGACUCUUAAAGCAUAUUAAACUAUUCACUUUGCAAUGCUUAUUUCCCACUAGUGGAUCUGGAAUGGGUCACCCACACUGACCGAAUCUUGGAUACAUCUUGGUUUGAACCUGUUUUUGUUUGUGUUUAGUAGUAGGCAUGUCACAUUACGAUAUGAUCUGUUGAAUUGCUUGGCCUUGCUGGUUUCUUUAUUUCACAAAUGUGAUUUUUUUAAAAUAAAAAAAUCUGCAAUCAAUAUGGAUACUCUCUGUCCUAUCAAUGUGAGAGGACUGACCCACCGAAGCCAACGCCCCUACAAUCUUGAAGAUCCAUCAAAACUGUUCUAGAAAUAAAGAAGCUGAUGUUCUUCUUGGCACCUAAGGCAGUGGAUCGCAGCCCAUAAUACACUUGCUUAGUCUUGAGCUGCUGCAACACUUUGUUAUUCCUGGCAUGGGCAAAUGCCAGGAUCCAAGGAGUGUGCCAAGGAACUCUGCCUGCCUCAGGAGGUUUGGGAUGACUUAUUCUCAAGCAACCUCCUGUUCUCCACCCCUACCCCACUCCCAAUCCUAUGCAGCAUGGACCACUUAUGGGACUCAAGAGAAUUAAUAGAAGCACUUCCCUCUGUAAACUGGGGAACCAUCUAUUCAGAUUGGCGGACGUUAGGUAAAGCUGAGGAGUGUCUCAAGUAGCUCUUCGAUCAAGACCAAAGUACUAACAAAAAGUUUUGCUUGCUUAAUUCUGUACACCAGGCUGCUGUUAAAGACCAAUGAUUUUCACAAAUUUAACACAAGCCCUGUGUACUUGAUAGAGCGUCCAUUCUCUGCAAGGACCAAUUUUCUUGAAAAUAAAUAGUUCACCCCGUCUAAACUAAAUAAUACUACUUUGAUGCAGAUGAGAAUGUUCUGAAAUAAACGUUGACACUUUGCUGUAGCCGCAGUCCAAAGCUGGUCAGAUCGGUUUUAUCCUCGUCUUCUCCUCUUCCAUUUUACUGCCAUAUAUGAAAAUAUACGUUCAGUUAUUAUGUAAACCUGAGUGUUUUAUUGCUUGUGGUCCAGAUGAGGAAGGAAAGUAGACCGCAUAAUUGCAAAACGCUGUUGGUUUAUUAAGCCUCGUAACUUUACUUGGGAAGGAACGCUUUUCUUCAGGGAAUGAACGGACUUACAGUGUUUACAGUGCAGUUUCUUGCAAUAUGUUAAUUUCCAAGAAUAACUCGUUUUGACGUGUGGCAAAAUAGCGGCUCCUCAGCACUGACAUUGGAGUGACCUUAAGGAAAGGCACUAAUAAGCUCUUAAGCUUUACUGAAAAUGGUGGGAUAUAAUUAUCAAAACAUCUCUUUUGUACAAGGGUGAGGAAGCCACAACCCGCAGGCGUAAGUUGGCCCAGCAGACGUCCCCGUUUGACCUGUGGGUCUGUUUCUUCCCAACCGUGGCUCCAUACCGCAUCCUUGACAUCGCAUAAGACAUCGGGUGGGAGGCAGGUAUAGGUGCAGCCUUCACUUUGAAGAGCGUUUCCUAGUGGUUUCAAGAGAAACUUCCUGGAAGUGCAUUUCAAAGGCGAUGUCUCUCAGCCAGUGCUAGAAAUUCCCCAGGCAUUAGGCCUGUUUUACAACUGGUGCUGGUCCAGUUUCAACCACAUGGAGAUCUCUGGAUGCCAAGAUUGCAAUGAGAUCUCUACCUGGCUGGCCCCUCCAGCUUUCUUAAGCAGAAGAGCUCAUUUUUUGCAUUUAAAUCCCAACUUUUCCUCCAGGAGCUACAUGGUUCAUCCCCUCCUCAGUUUCUCCCUACAGUGACCCUGUCAGGGAGGUUAAGAGGCUGUGACUGACUCCAUCUGAAAUAUUUUCCUUGAAGCUUGAAUUUGUUUUAUUCUGGAUUGUUUUACUUGAUGUUUUAAUGUGUUGUAAAACACGGAGAGAUCCCCCCCCUUUAAAAUAUAAAGUGGUAUAGGAAUGAAAGUAAUAAUAAUACAGUGGUACCUUGGUUUUUGAACGUAAUCCGUUUCAGAAGACCUUUUGAAUUCCGAAAUGUUCGAAAACCGAGGUGCAAAGGGCGGCCUGGAAAAAAUAACAGGUACAUGCAGCAAAAGCCGUUCGACUUCCAAGGCGCAUUGGAAAAUGGAAGCAUUUACUUCUGGGCUUUCGGCGUUUGAAAACCAAAACAUCCAGCUUCCAAGACGUUCAAAAACCAAGGUACCACUGUAAUAAGAAUAAAUUUCAUGAUUACAACAAUGCCACCUAGACAUUCCUUUGUGGCAACCGUAACCAAGGUUUAAGAUGCCAUUUGGCGAUUAGCUUCUAUAUCUGAGUUUCUAACACAGCUUUGAAGUGUGUUUUCAAGUAGUUUCUCUUGAAACUGCUUUGAAACACACUUCAGAUUAUUAGAUUGUUAAUGCAGGGAUUACGGAGAUGACAUUGUCGUUUUAAGGACUUCAUGACGACAAAGUACUGUAUAUGACAAUAGAUGUGUUUUUAUAGCUUGACAUUUUUCUGACUUACUAGAUUUAUCCUUUUGGUAAGUUUUUUUGGUGGCGUUAACAGCUUAUUUUGCUUAUGUUUAAUAUAUUCCUUGUUAACGCUGUAACGAUGUGUGAAAGAAAGAAAAAACUGGCGUGUGUUUUUAUAUUCCUUGCUAAGGAAAGGAACAUUUUGAUCUUCCCUUUCCCUUUCACUCAAUCGACUUCAUUCGCCUCCGUGAUGUAAUCCAUGUAAAUUUAAUUAUACAUUUGUGUGAUCCCCAUUUGGCUGAAAUCACUCUGUGAUUAAUUCAGCACUUUGUGUUGAAAACUCAUGAUAUCAUAUCUACCACCGGUAGAAGCAAUGGCACCAAACAAGACUGAAAAAAAGCUGUGCUUAAGGAAAUAGUUCUAUCAAGUGCUAUUUUUCUAGAAAAAAGAGGGGCCGGAACAAACCCUUGUUCUCUUAUAAUGGUAAUGGCGCCCACCUGAGAGGUGCCAAAACUGAGUCCCGGUCAGAAAAAAAGCCCCAGUUCUACCCUACCAGAUUGCUAUUGAAUAAAAUUGAAACUAGAUGUCAUUGGUUUUUUGUACAGCCCUGGUUGAGAGCAGGAUGUUUCAAAAGCAAAAUCUGGAUGAUGGUUUAAGCAUAGCAGCUAGUGUUGAAGUGGGAUGUGUUAUUAUGAAAUGUUGUGCACAAGCAACGAAACUUAUAUCCUGGUUUCUGUUCUGACAAAGAAAAUACUUGAGGAAUAUUUGGCCAUCAGAGUUUAACGGUCAGUUUUCCACUUGGUCAUUCAAAAAUGUCAGGAUUCCGUUGCCUUUUGCCCUAGAAGUUGUUGUCUUUUACAGUUCUUUUCCCAGAAGUGAUGUUGCUUUAAAAAAAAGGGGGGGAAGUGAUUGAUGAAAGUUAAAAGGCUGUUGAUGGGAAAACUAAUUAACCUUAUAUAGUUCAGUUCUUGUUAGUAGGAGAAAACGUUAAGACUCUGAAGAGCAAUAAAUCAGAUUAAUUAUCCUGCUGGAUGCAAACAUUUGAGGCCAAGAACCAAAUCAUCUUGAUGUGGGAAUUGUAUGAGUAACUUGGUUGAAAGUUGGCUUCAUAAGUUAUGAAGCAGGGUGCUUUGUAUAUUUGCAAGAUGGAUUAAAUGUAAUGGCUGGGAUCCAAACAGUUGCAUUAGGCGUGCCCAAGAGCUUUGACAUGCGCAGUAGGAUUUUGCAUUGUUUUUUCGCAGUAACCUGCAAUCCCAUUUUGCAAAUGCCUUCAAAACUUGCCUUGGUUCUUAAAGCAGUUUGUUCAGUGGCAAAGAGGACCAAAAUAAAAAAAAAAAAAAAAUAAUGGCCAAAUUCAAGCCUUGAGCCCUAUUAGGCACUCAGAAUAGUUCUCUUGCUUUCAGACAGUAUUAGGCAGCAGAGCAAUAGGUGCCGCUGGUCGUUUUAGUCAGUUCCAUGUUCCGAUUUAGGUUCUUUCCUCUUCAAGCCUCAGAAAGCUUGAAAACAUUAACUUAUUAAAUGCACAACCCAUGUUACAUGGAUGCAAAAAGGAGGAGGAGGUUUCACCGUUCCAUAAAUGUGCAAACUUGGAAGAUUCAUGUCCGAGGAUAAUUGCCACGAGAAAAUGAGCAGCAGAAAAACACACACCUCUGAUUCACUGCUCACUAAUGCUUGAAUUAGACCUUUUGGGAUGUACAGUGGUCCCUUGGUUCUGAAACGCCUUGGUACUCAAACAACUUGGAACCCAAACACUGCAAACCUGGAAGUAAGUGUUCCAGUUUGCGAACUUUUUUCAGAAGCUGAACAUGCUCCGUUUUGAGUCUUACGCUUCCGUUUUGAGUGCCACACUUCCGUUUUGAGUGUUACACUGAGGUCUGUCUGUCUUUGCUAUUUAUUUUGCAUUGGUUUUUUUUUUGUUUUGUUUUGUUUGUUUUUUUUGCGGCUCUUUUUGUUGUUGUUUUUGUGACUGUGUGGAACCCAGUUCAGCUACUGAUUGAUUGAUUGAUAGAUUGUGUGACUGCAGUCCAUUGUUUAUUGCUUUCAUUUUAUGGAUUAAUUGUCUCGUCAGAUAGUAAUAUUCAUAUUAAAUUGCUGUUUUAGGGGUUGUUUUUAAAAGUCUGGAUCAGAUUAAUCCAUUUUGCAUUACUUUAUAUGGGAAAGUGCACCUUGGUUUUGGAACGCUUUGAUUUUGGAACAGACUUCCGGAACGGAUUACGUUUGAGAACCAAGGUACCACUAUAUAGCUGCAGCAGAAAACGGCAGCUUUAUGUCUCUUUUGUUCUGUCUUACUCUAAUAAUAAAAGGGACGCGGGUGGCACUGUGGGUUAAACACAGAACCUAGGACUUGCCGAUCAGAAGGUCGGUGGUUCGAAUCCCCGCGACGGGGUGAGCUCCCGUUGCUCGGUCCCUGCUCCUGCCAACCUAGCAGUUCGAAAGCACGUCAAAGUGCAAGUAGAUAAAUAGGUACUGCUCCGGCGAGAAGGCAAACGGCGUUUCCGUGCACUGCUCUGGUUCGCCAGAAGUGGCUUAGUCAUACUGGCCACUCCCUCGGCCAAUAAAGCGAGAGUCGGUCACAACUGGACCUAAUGGUCAGGGGUCCCUUUACCUUUACUCUAAUAAUAUGUCUUGACUAGUUUCCUGUUCUUAUAAGUGAUGAGCAGUGACACCUUGCAGCAUGGAGAUGUCUCUCUCUCUCUCUCUCUCUCUCUCUCUCUCUCUCACACACACACACACACACACAGAGAGAGAGAGAGAGAGAGAUGCUGUUUUGCUGUGGUGUUUGGUUCUGACUUAAAUUGCAGCAUGCAGCUGUGAUAAUGAUUUCUUCAUAAUACCUUCUGUAAGUGCUACACGGGCUGUUGGUAAAAUGCAUUUUUUCACUUGCAGAAUUAUCUUUUUUAUUUUCUUAAGGACCCUCCUGUUCCUUUGGGAGCACUCAGUUCACUAAAGUUCUUAGUGAGGUUUUGGAUCAGGCCCAAUCCUGCAGAUGGAAGAGAGCACCCAUCUCUGAUCCAGGUAGUGCAGAGAGCAAGUACUUGGCCUAGUUUUCCCCAUGAUAAUAAACCCAUGCCCAGUGUGUACCACUUCUGACUUCAAGCCCUGCUUGGAGUCCCUUUAAUAAUUUAAUUUUAAAAAAUGUUUAUUUUUACCUCGCCCAUCUGACCGGGUUGCCCCAGCCACUCCCAAAUUCUCAAUCUGAAAAUCAGUUCUAAGCAUUACUACAGGAAAUCUGCCUUAAAAAAUUAAAAACCUGAUGCAAACUUGUGCCUUUCAGUGUGAAUUUCUCCUGAUGAACACAUUAUUUGUUGUUUUUCUUAAUAGAGUCAUUUUUAGAAUUCUGUUUUCCUAACAUAAUGCAUUUUCUUGUGAUUUUUCACAUUUCACCAAUAUAUGCAAUCUUAUGUACACUCAUACAAGGGUACCCGACAUGGUGGCUGUCGUGGACUACAACUCCUAUCACUCCCAGCCAGCUUGACCACUGAUUGGGGAUGAUGGGAUUUGUAGUCCCAUACAUCUGGAGGGCACCAUGCUGGAUACCACUGCCCAAGUAUAUGCCUUUUCGUACAUAUUACGUGACUGGAGAACUGCAUUGCAAAAUUCAGAGAAGUGCAUAUUUAUAAAGAUGUGACUGUGCUUCAGUUCACAAUUUUUUUUUGGAAAGUGCAAAUCUGCUAGGUUUGUCUUUAAAUGUGAACUUACUAUCCCCAGUCGCUACAUGCUAGUUUCUCUGCAAAACCUUUUCUACUUUUCCUGAAAAUGCAUCUCUGUAGAACUGAAUGGGCCUAAGUUAUGCUCUGGUGGGGCUUAAAUGUAUGAGAUUCCUGAUCAUUCUUCAGCUGGGAAGUGAUUGUUCCAUAUAGUUAGUAAACCUUCUUCAAUUGGUCAGUGGCCGUAUCUCACAAUUGAAUUGCUUGAGGCAGCAGUUGGUGGAAAAAUUUGGGGUUCACUGAAGGACACCACGAGCUGCCAGGGGGUUUAUGCAGGAAAAACCUUUUGGAGGCAGGAACCUCUUGGAACUGGAAACAACCUGUAUUCCUGUAGUAUCCAUUAAUUGAAGCUCCACUGCACAUACCUGUAUUUUUUUUUAAAUCUGGAGACGAGCCAGAACAGCCAGUCUUUCAAGGCCACAGAUAAAAUCACCUUGAUUAAAAUGUGUGCAAGACAAGUUCUUGCAGACCUAACUCUGUAGACAGCUAUGCCCACAUUCCUACUUUGGGUUAUGCAGAGGGCAGCGUUUUAAAGUACGUCAGACACAAAUUGCUAGGUAAACAGAAAUGCUUUGCCCAACGGUUCAAGAGUAGCUUUCAUAUUGCUAGGACUGGGUUCGGAAAUAAAGCUGAAAUAAACAGGAAACUGUACCAGGGACUGCGCUUGCCUGGAGGGCUUGUGUGUGUGUUAACUCUGGCCUGCUUGUUUAUUGAACUUAAGAUGAAGAAAUCUACCUUUACCUCUAUUAGGCUGAAGCCUAAAAUGCACCAGUUGUGUUUUGUGGAGUCCUCUUUAAAAAUGAGUGAAUAGGAUGACAGUAUCAGGGGUUGGUGUGGAAGCAAAAGAAGUUAUAUGCCCAUAAAGGAAGCAAAUGUGUUGGACAUCUUGGUUUCGUGAGGGUUAUUCUUCGUCACUCAGUUAUAUUUUGGGCAUGAAGUUCUUCUGCCUUUACUUCUUACGUCUUGUCUUCAAUAAUUGCUGCCAACACAAGUAUAAUUUUAAUGGAUUUCUAGCAGGUGUUCAGGGUUGUGUGUUGUAAUAUAGCAGCCUCUUCAAAAGAUCAUUACGAGGGAGGAAGUCUGUGUUGAUGUGGUAGUGGAACAUUAAGUUUUCAAAUAUAGAUGCAGAGCUCAGAAAAUGAGAAGUAAUAUUGAUUGCAAAAGCUGAGGCUGGCCUAUUUUCCUCCUAAACAGAAGCAGAAAUGUUUUCAGCAUAGACAUUCUGGAUUGUGGUUUUGUGGAGAAUAACGGCUGAUAGAGAAUCUGUGCUAGAGAUGUGUAGUUCAUUUGUUAAUGAUGAAGGAUAAGCUUGCUAUUUAUCAGGAUAAGGCUACAUGGGGACGGGACCUUUGCACAUGGUGCCACAAACAUUCACACUUCAAGAAAGAUCUUGAGGUUGGGGGUGAUAUCCUUAUGUAAUUGUAUAUACUUGUACUGUUAUGAGUUUGUGGGUGUUUCUGUGUUUCACAUGAUUCCAGAUAUUUAUUGAAGCUUAACUGAGUAAAUACAGGCAUGGCAAUUCUUAUCUCUGACCUAGAUUCCUGCUCUGGGGAUAUUUCACUUCCCAGUAUACCAUAUUUUUCGGCCCAUAGGGCACACCGGCCCAUAGGGCGCACCUAGUUUUUCGGGAGGGAAAUAAAGAAAAAAAAUUUAUUUCCCCCCCCCCCCAGGCGUGGGGCUGGGGUGGGGGAAGCCCGAGCUUCCCCCGACCCAGCCCCCAGAACAGGCAGCUCUCCACAAGCCGUGGGAGACCUGCGCGACUUCACACAGCCCUCCCACGGCUUGCAGAGAGCUGCACGAAGCCUGGAGAGCGAGAGGGGUCGGUGUGCAGCUACCCCUCUCGCUCUCCAGGCUUCAGCGAAAGCCUGCAUUCGGCCCAUAGGACGCACACACAUUUCCCCUUCAUUUUUGGAGGGGAAAAAGUGCGUCCUAUAGGGUGAAAAAUACGGUAUGUUGCUCGCCUGUUCUGACAUAUCUUGAAAAGAGCCUGCUUGCCUGGAGGUGCAGUCUGAGGCACCUGGGAGAGUUACAUGCAAGUUAAUAUUAUUCUUAUUAUCCACAAUAUAUCCACCCCACUAAAACCACACUGCACCCCAUAAAACUACCUCUGGAGCAAUUCCCUGCACGUGGUUAUUAAGCAUGUCAGGAGGAAGGCUAGGCUAAAUCCCUUUUCCCUGACACUGAAAUAGUAUGCACAGGGAAUUUUUUAUUUUUGUUAAGUACUCAGCCGCUGUCAUAUGUGGUCCAUCCUAGAGUGGUUUAGUACUUCAUCGAGAGUUGGGGCUUUAUGUUGCCGAAGUAAACUUGAAAAUACUUGCCACAGGUGCAGUAAAUAAAUAAAAAAGCUAGGAUUUGAUUUGGUGCAAGAAAUACAUGCGAGGAUGGUUAUUAUGGCAGUAUCCGACAACAAGAUUUAGUUGGUUGCAAUGAUCUCAUUACUUCAGGUUGGUAUAGUAUUGUGCAUCAACAUUGCAGCUGGAGUUACAAAGAUGCCAUAUUGAUAGUCAUUUCCGUCUGGAUUCCAUCCUUUGAUGGGAAGAAUGAAGGGUGGAAAUCCAUCAAAGCUGCAACAAGUCCCAAACUGACUAUAAGAGUUAUAUUAUCUGCUUCACUUGUAAUGUUGGCAGACAAGUUAGAAUAAAACUGCAGGAGAGUUUUGUAAUAUUGCCCCCUUUCCACCUUCUCCUUCAUUUUAAUGUUUGAUUAUAUUUCUCUCCUUUUUUUCUUCCAUGUUUAUGUGUAUCAUUCCUUUCAUAUAUAUAUUUUGGAUGAGCACUUUAGGUCCUCUUUCACUGCUCUUUUUUAUUUGGUUUUAAGGGGUAUUUUGUUGUUGUUGUUGUUUCUGGUUCUGUUACGUAAAUUGCUUCGAAACACUUUGGCGUGAAAACGGAUUGACAGAAUAAAGUUGUUGAGUGUUUUGUACACAGAUCAGGACAAACCUCAGUACUCAUGUAAUGGGAGAGGAGGGUUCAACACAAGAUGCUGUAAGCAAGACAAUUGUGAUUUACUCUAGCUAAAGCUGAUGAGAGGUUAAGAAGACCCAAAGGAGAAUAAUUGUUUGCCGCCACCCCAACCCCUAUAAAUAGGAAUGGAUGUGACUGGAAAUUUGGCAUAAAUUGAUGGAACUUGCACACUGUGCACUAAACAUACAAGGUCAAGAAUGUAUGUGCUCUGGGUCAUGAAUGUAUGUUCUGAACGCUUCCGCCAUGUUUGAGUGUUGCUUCUGUGUUCACAGUUUGCAGUUGGUCUGCAUGUGUCUGUUGUAAUUCCUGCUUCUUGGUUUGCGUCCCUCCAGCAACUGCCCCUCUCUUUUGAGAUCAGCUUGGCCAAGGAGACUGCUGGGAAGCCAGUGGAAAGAUUCCCCUCAUGUCUACAUCAUCCAAGUGAGUCAAGUUUGCCCUAGCAAAAGGAAGAGCCUUUAUCUAUGGAUCUUUCUUACUCUUUCUUCCCCGGUCUCCUAAGCAAAGCUGAUGUCGUACCAAAAAUCCAUUUGGUCCAAACCUGAUGCAUCAAUACCAUUGGUUUUUUGCUUCUCUCUCUCUCCAGCCUGCUAUCUCCUACAGGUUGUGCUCUCAAUAAAUAGAGGCUGCUAAACUAGCUCUGUGCCCCAAUAGCUUUGAAUUCAAAAUCUUCUAAAUUGCACCUGUCUCUUCAUAGAGCAAAGUAAUACAUCCCUUGGCAACUGCAGUCUUGAGCAAUCAAUAAACCUGCUCCUUUAGAUACAAAGCUUGUUUAUGCUUGCUCACAGAAAUAAGAAUAUGCUUUACCUACUUUAUGUGCAUCUUUAUGAUCAAUAUAAUAACACUUAAUGAGUAGAUGGCAGACUUUCCACUUUGAUCUUGGAAGCAGAGUCACGGUUGGAUAAUGCUUUUAAGCUGAAGUUUGAGUUAAUGUUUAUAAAAUCAUGUAAUCCGAAGUGAGGGCUCUUUGCAUCAGUUAGAACCAUUCUCCAGUGUUUACUUGAGUGUAAACAAAAAUAAAGUAAUAACACUUGGGUUUAUGUAUUUCAGAGAUGCUCCCAUGUGAACAAUUCAAGGGGAAUUUUAAACAUCUGUGUGCAUGAUACAAUAUAUUACCCAUAGUUUACAAUCCAUCCAUGUUUAUACCUGCAAAAUACUUAAACUUUAGUCUGCUUAUGUGAGUCAGACUCCUUUAGUUUAGUUUUAAUUAUAUAGUUUUAAGAAUGCAACUAAAAGGGCCUGUAGAUAGUUAAAUGCUUGACACAUAUGUGCUUCCUGUCUUUUAAAUAUCAGGAAACACUCUGCUUUUGAAUCUGUAAUGACUGUUCCUUGAAAAACCAUGCAACUGUUGCUGUGAACAGAGUGUCUAAGGAAAUGCCAUGAAAUAGCUGCCAAUUCUGUAGCAAGAGAGACUUUUUUUCCUUGCAGAGGAAGAAAGUCUUUCUAAAUAAAGUCCUCUUUCUGUUUCUGGGGUUCUGUAGAACUUUGAGAAUGCCUUCACUGUUCUGCUGAAAUGCCAAUAACAAGGUACCACUUUGUUACAUAUGGGAUAGGAGAAGCUUCUAGCUUACUAAAUCUUAAAGCACUUACCUAAAAAAUUCAUAAAGAAAAUAUUCAUGCAGCUAGUGUGUUAUGUGUAUAGCAUUUCAUCUUUCGGGGGAAAUUUACUAGCAGAAUAGCUUCAGCUUUUUAUAUGUGAGAUGUGUGGCAGAACUAAUACUAUUCACAGGCUUCUUCACUUGAAGUAUUGUAUUGCUAUGUAUUUCCCAUUUUCUGUAUCCAAAAUGGAUAUGGUGGUCAACAUAAGCUUGCAUCCAGUGGUGGUUUUGUGCUACUGUAAAGCGUCUCCCAUCAAAUGAAAAUUGGUUGCCCUACCUUGUCCAUUCCCACCACCACCUACCAUGGUCGCUUGAAUUCUCCAAAAAUUGUAUGUAUUCAAACUCCAAAUGGAUAAUUUUUAUACUAUGGGAGCAUGUCAUAUUUUCCUUUGAUAGGUCAACGCUCAAACUAAAUAAAUGAACUAUUGGGUUGUAUCUUUUCUAAACCUGUGAGAUCAAGCUGAUGUUGAAGUUCAAGUAGAAAGUCACCUUUAUAAUGAACAAAUUUCUUAUCCAUACUCGAGUCUUUGAAAUUUGAAAUUGUUGCACAAAUUCUACUGUCGUAAGAAAGGAUGCUUUUUAUGCUUAAUAGUCAUGAUGGAGAAUGUUUCUGAGGAUUCUAGGGCUCGAACACUUGUGAUUAGAAGUGUUGGUAGAAUUGCUUAAACCAGUUAGGCAUUUUUCUGCCUGUUGUAGCAAUUGUAAUGUGCUCUGCUAGGUGCUGUAUGGUUUUUAAUUAUAUUUCUAUAAUUAUAUAUUUAACUUUUAAUAUUUAAUAUAUUUUUAAUUAUAUUUCAUUACUUCUUUCAUUUCUUUUACUGUAGUUUAUUGUAUUUCAGUUUGCAUUCCAUCGAAUUCAAAUUGCAAGUCAAUAAAAUGUAAUAUAAGAAAUAAAAGAAGCAGUCAAAUACAAUUGUAAUCAAUGUAAACAUGCUGUAGACUACCAGAAUGAAGUUUGUGGAGUUCCAGUGGUCCAUGGACCACAGUUAGACAAUUUGUGCUCUUAACCCUCUUCUCCAAUCUUGCAGUACUGGCAAAUACUUCUCUAGUAGAUGUCAUUGUCCCCUGCCCCAACUGAAGUGUGUGUCUUUGUGGAGGGAGAGGUGAUAACAGAGAUGCACUCCCUGUCUUGGUUAUGCUUAGAUUUUUCAGUGUGUCCUGUUCAUGAAUUCAUGAAGCAAUUGAUAACUACAGAGGCAUAUCUGAAUUCUAUUUAGAAUCAAUGUAGAAACAGAGAGCCUACAGUCCCUAAUCCUCACGCUCUCCAGUCCAGGUAAUCAGGUCAUUUUAUAGGUAAUUGUUUGAAUCUUCCAUAAGAUCUUCCUUCUGUGUAAGGACUGGGUUACCCCUUUUUCUGGACACCCAUCCAAGGCAAGCAUAAGGCAAACCUCCACUCCAGAGACAGCACCCUUCUCUUAAAGGAAGCGCCUCUCUUUUUGUUAAAAAGUUUUCUGUUUUCAUUUUGUUAAUGAUGAUUCUCUUUCUCCUUUUCUAAAGGUUCCAGAUGUCAUCAGCAGCAUAAGACAGGUUUGCAAAGCAGCCCUGAAAGAGGACGCCAAGCCUAACAAAGACAGCGAAGAUGCCUUCUACAACUCUCAAAAAUUUGAGGUUCUGUACUGUGGCAAAGUGAUGGUGGCACACAAAAAGGCGCCUUCCAGCCUGAUUGAUGACUGCAUCGAGAAGUUCAACCUGCACGAGCGUCAGCGCCUGAAACUCUUGAGCGAGCAGAGGAAUGCGGAAUCGAUCACGGAUCUUAUGGAGUGCGAUGGAGAGCUUCCCUCUUCUCCCUUGGACAGUCCGUUUGAGGAGGUGGACGGCCUAAACGGUGGUAGCCCCGGGAUGUUCAUAGUUGGAAGCCAGCCCAACCUGGCCAGCUUGGCCAGCUCCCGCGUCUCUUUCCCCGAGCGCAUUUUGGAGGAUUCAGGGUUUGAUGAGCAGCAGGAGUUCCGAUCCCGCUGCAGCAGUGUUACGGGUGUCAUGCAAAGGAAGGUUCAUGACAAUAGUUUGAAAACACAAUCCCGGAGACGUCACGCAAGUGCCCCAAGCCACGUCCAGCCUUCUGACUCCGAAAAGAACAGGACAAUGCUGUUUCAGGUAUGAUCUGUGUGUAAUCCAGAAUAUUCGCAGCCGGGAGUGUGGCGUGAAUGGGAAUGGAUUGAGGUAGACAAAUUCACAUACUACUGUAUCUUUACUUCAUAUCUUUAAGUUGGAGUCCUUUUGUACAAACAUGCUUGGAAUCUGAUCACUAACAAACAACAAUUUAUUAUUUCUACCCCGCCCAUCUGGCGGGGUUUCCCCAGCCACUCUGGGCGGCUUCCAACAGAACACUAAAACACAAUAACCUAUUAAACAUUAAAAGCUUCCCUAAACAGGGCUGCCUUCAGAUGUCUUCUAAAAGUCUGGUACUUGUUUUUCUCUUUGACAUCUGGUGGGAGGGCGUUCCACAGGGCGGGCGCCACUACCGAGAAGGCCCUCUGCCUGGUUCCCUGUAACUUGGCUUCUUGCAGCGAGGGAACUGCCUGAGGGCCCUCGGCACUGGACCUCAGUGUCUGGGUUGAACAAUGGGGGUGAAGAUGCUCCUUCAGAUAUACUGGACCGAGGCCAUUUAGGGCUUUAAAGGUCAGCACCAACACUUUGAAUUGUGCUCGGAAACACACUGGGACCCAGUGUAGGUCUUACAAGACUGGUGUUAUAUGGUCUCGGCAGCCGCUUCCAGUCACCAGUCUAGCUGCCGCAUUCUGGAUUAGUUGUAGUUUCCGGGUCACCUUCAAAGGUAGCCCCACAUAGAGCGCAUUGCAGUAGUCCAAGCGAGAGAUAACUAGAGCAUGUACCACUCUGGCGAGACAGUCCGCAGGCAGGUAGGGUCUCAGCCUGCAUACCUGAUGGAGUUGGUAAACAGCUGCCCUGGACACAGAAUUGACCUGCGCCUCCAUAGACAGGUGUGAGUCCAGAAUGACUCCCAGGCUGCGCACCUGGUUCUUCAGGGGCACAGUUACCCCAUUCAGGACCAGGGAGUCCUCCACACCCGCCCGCAUCCUGUCCCCCUAAAACAGUACUUCUCUAUUGUCAGGAUUCAGCCUCAAUCAGUUAGCUGCCAUCCAUCCUCCAACUGCCUCCAGACACUCACACAGGACCUUCACCGCCUUCACUGGUUCUGAUUUGAAAGAGAGGUAGAGCUGGGUAUCAUCUGCAUAUUGAUGGACACCCAGCCCAAACCCCCUGAUGAUCUUUCUCAGCGGCUGCAUGUAGAUGUUGAAAAGCAUGGGGGAGAGGACUGAACAACACAAGUUAGCAGGGGAAGAUCCUUACACAGAUCACUUAUUAGUCCAAACAGACUCCCAGUCAGCGCAUCAGAGUUGGAGAGGUACUGUUGGUCGCAAAGCACCAGCGAUAGCUGCUCUAAACUUCUUGCAAGCUGCAGCGUGAACUUGCUCUCAGACAAUAAGCUCUCUUAUCAAAAUUGUAUUUGCACCUAAAGUUUCCUCAGUAGAACAAAAUGAAUCUUAACAUCAGUGUUUAGUGGUACAACUGUGGUUUUCAGUCAUAAGGCGAACAGAAUAAGAGGCUGAAAUUGUCCAAUAGGUUGAAAGACAAGGCUCCCAACUUCUGAUUAGUGGUCAGUGCUAUGUUAAGAGUUCUUCUGCUUUCAUUUUCUGUUAUUUGUCUCCCUGUGCACUUGUUUCCUUUCUGCAGCUGAACAGUGAAUAUAACAAUGGUUUCUCAAGUCAGACAUCAUGCCAAACUACGGUUUGCUAACCUACUUCAAAACGUAUUUUUCUCAGUCUGAUUUGCUGGCCAACUAUAGUUUAUAGCUUGGACAUUGCACCAAGCCAAUGCAAGAUAAUGUACAGUGGUGCCUCGCAAGACGAAAUUAAUCCGUUCCGCGAGAGUCUUCGUCUAGCGGUUUUUUCGUCUUGCGAAGCAAGCCCAUUGACGGAUUAGCGCUAUUAGCGCUAUUAGCGGUUUAGCGGCUAUUAAAGGCUUAAAGGCUUAGGGAUUAGCUGCUAAAAGGCUAUUAAAGGCUAUUAAAGGCUUAGCAGAUUAGAUAAAGGGGAAAAGCGAAAAAAAUCUCAAGACUCGCAAGGUAUUUUCGUCUUGCGAAGCAAGCCCAUAGGGGAAUUCGUCCUGCGAAGCAACUUCAAAACGGAAAACCCUUUCGUCUAGCGGUUUUUCCGUCUUGCGAGGCAUUCGUCUUGCGGGGCACCACUGUACCAUGGCAAUCGAAUACACACACACACACACACACACACACACACACACACACAUAUAUGUGUGUGUGUGUGUGUGUGUGUUGCAUUCCCAAAGCAAAUCCUGAACAAGCAAAUAAUUAUUUCUUGAUGUCCUAUCUGCCUUAGAAUUUAUGCCUAAAAUAACCUAAAAUAACCCAAAAAAGCAGGAGCCAAGAUAAGGCUGUCAUGCCAGUUCUAAGCAUUGCUACACUGCAUUGGGGAGAGUUCAGUCACCCAAUAGCUUGCCAGGCGCUCAUUGUUGAACACACAGUUAGCUAUGUAUAGUUUUAAUUUCCUAAUAAUACAACAUUAUCUUUUACAGUCUGUGGUGAUGCCAUACCUCUGUAUACCUUUCCUGUAGAGGCCUUAAAGGCUGUGCCAUCACUACUAAGUUUAGCAGGCAGGGUAAAACUAUUCUUUUUCCACAGGACUAUUAAAUUUUCUGCUGGCCAGGUAGAUUACCCUUUAGGUUUUGAUGCAGUUGUUGCCAGUAUCUGAUGCAGGAACUUUGCAGAAGCUAAACAGGUCUGGAUCUGUUUAGUGCACGGAUGGGAGACUGUCAGGGAACUCGAAUGACACAUGAUGGAACUUAAGGCGGUACCUAUAAAACAAACAAAGCUUUGUUUACAGUAUAGCCCUGUUCAUAUUUACUCAGAAACAAAUUUCCAAUGUGACUUCCUCCCCAGUUUAUGUUUCGGGCUGUAGCGUAUAAUUGUUCUUUUAAUGAAACAAUAUUUUUACAUAUCUAUAUCUGCACGUGUACAAACACAGAGAUAUUAAACAGCCCUGGCAACUAUUUUUGGCAGGCAGAUCUGUUAAGAGAUUUUAAAAUUAAAAAUUACACUUAACGUUGCAGACUGUAGUCCACAAAAACUUGUGCCAUCAGUUCACAAUCUUCAGAUGCUGCAAGGCUCCUUGUUUUUAUUACGAAACAGUGCAGUGCCUUACAGAAGUGAGCCCGGUUGAGUUAAAUGGAACUUUCCCCUAACAAGUGUGUAUAGGACUAUGGCCAACAUGAAUGCUAUUCCAGAAUUUGCAGGCAUUAUAAUAAUAAUAAUAAUAAUAAUAAUAAUAAUAAUAAUAAUAAUAUUUAUACCCCGCCCAUCUGGCUGGGCUUCCCCAGCCACUCUGGGCGGCUUCCAAAAAUAUUAAAAUAAUGUAAUACAUCAAACAUUAAAAGCUUCCCUAAAAAGGGCUGCCUUCAGAUGUCUUCUAAAAGUCUGGUAGUUGUUGUUCUCUUUGACAUCUGGUGGGAGGGCGUUCCACAGGGAGGGCGCCACUACCGAGAAGGCCCUCUACCUGGUUAAAGGCAAUAGUUUAUAUCAGGGGUUGGCAAAGUUUUUGUGGCUUGGGCCAGUUCACGGUCCCGCAGUGGGCCAGAGUGUGUGUGCGCACGCACACAUGCACAAACGCUAUUUCUGGCGCUCCUUCCAGCACAGAGGAGGUGUACGCAGCUUUCCAUUGGCUACAGGAGCUUCCUGCAGCCAAUGGGAAGCCAGCCAGCGUCGCAGAAGGCGGUCCCUGCUCUGUUCUGCGCCAGUUUAGCACGGGAGCCGACCAAGCUGGCAGCGGGGGUCCAUGGACCGGUUAAACAACCCCCAUGGGCCGCUUGUGGCCCGUGGGCCUUAGGUUGUCGACCCCUGGUUUAUAUGCUUACUAUGAAUACCCCAUUGAUUCUCACUCGUUAGAUUGUCGGGAACUUGGGCUUUUAUACCUGAAACUCAAUUUUACUACAGCUAACGAGGAGACCCAGGACAGGGUUGGGCAUUCGCAUGCAUGAGAGAGAGAGAGAGAGCGGAGACUGUAGUCAUCCACGCUGAUCCAUGCUGCUCAAAGCCAUUUCAGCCCUUCCUUUACUGCUUCUGUUCCUCCCCUAGAUAUUUUUUCAUCUUUCCUUACAAAUUACUUUCUCCUUCAUUUUACUCACAGGCCUCACCCUUUUGUUACCUUAUUACUAAGGAUUCAUCUACAGUGGUCACUUAAAACGUUAAAAAUGCGUUAUAAACCUGUGACAUCAGAGGGCGCUAUAGAGCAGUGAUCCACUGCCAAUGGAAAAUUGCAUUGAGAGUUAUAUUACUUUUUUAAAGCAUUUUUACAGGUCAGUGUAGAUCUAGCCUAGGUCUGGGGCUAGCAUUGCUAAAGGUUGCUGGAAAUCAGAGAGUUGUCUGUAACAUAUGCUGUAUGCUUUCUCCUGGCCCAGUAUGCAGGUUAUAAAUGGUAAAAAAAAGAAAUAAUAUGUUCAGCAAAUGGAGCGAGAGGAGAAAACUUCACAAAAUGAAAUAUAAAUUUUGAUAGGAAUAUGUGAUGGUUGGUAGGUUUUAACCUGUGAGUCCAGGAUUGUAGUUUGUAGCACUGAGGAAGCAAUGGCUCUAAAUAAUGGAGCAGUGUCUCUAAAUUACGUUUUUGUUUGGUUGACCACCACCUUAAAAGCAUACCAAAGCUAAUUAUAUACUGAAAAAGAUACUGUAUAUGUUCAUCUGAUAACACAGCCAGCAAUUUGAUGUACAGUACUGCUGAUAAAAUUCCUUGUCCUGUUCACACUUACUUUCUGCUUUUGGUGUUUGUUAAAUCUGUAAACAUGUGAGAUUAGCUUCUGGAUGACUGGUUAAGAUGAUCUUCAAGAUCCCUUAAAUUGAAAAUAUUUGCAGGCAAGGUUAUUACUGUAGCAUUUAGAGCAAAUUCAUCAAUGUCUAUUCUUAAACUGCAUGCUGAUGCUCUUCCUGGUUCCUCUUGACUAUUUCUCUGUACCUCGUAAUUCCCAUUAUUCAUCUUCUGUCACCUAGUUUUAUUCUGAAUAUUUCCAGUUGCCUUGACUUUUUGGAACAUUUGAGAGGCUUGUUGUUACGGAGACUUCAAGCCUGUGUCUUCUGCGGGAGCUUGCAUGACUGACUACUCAUCCCACAGAUAAAAUGGAAUCCUGAAUAAAACAAAAGCAAUGCACUUGUGAGGCUGAAUAUAUUAUAUGCCUGUUCCUCUUUCUCUAUUCCAAUUGUUUUCAGGUGGCUUAGCAGAACUGUCACCCUGUCUUUAAUCAUUACUGUUGGCAUAACAUCAGUUUUUGAUACGCUUCCCUUUGAUAAACAGGCACGAGUAAAAAUUUCUGGCGCCUCAAGUCUCAAGGAUAGCUAUUUGUCCAUGAUGUUCUGAUUGCCUUAACAUGGUGUUGUUGUUUUCUCUCUUUUCAAGGUUGGUCGAUUUGAAAUUAACCUCAUCAGUCCAGAUACGAAAUCGGUUGUGUUUGAGAAGAACUUUAAAGAUAUCUCCUCAUGUUCUCAGGUGGGUAUCCAAGCUAGGUUAAUAGUGUUUGGAUAAAACAAGCUGGGCAUCUUCAGAAUAAAAACAGGUUUGGAAAAUUAAGUGUAAGCAGAAGGACUGAGGUUGGAGGAACUAUUUCUUAACAUCUGCUUAGUUGUUCCUGCUUUUUACUGUAGAAUUAAGGGAAUGCCAGAGAAUUAUCCUGAAGUAUCAACAACAGAGACAUCUGUUAAGUUUCAUGGUGUUUGCUGCUGAUUUCUCAUUUCCACUCCUCCUUGUGGUAAUCACUUUUUCUUAGGUUAUCAUUUAGAACAACAAUUUGAAAUUAAAAAUAAAAUAAAAUUGAAUGAUCAGUGGGUACUUUUAACAUGCUUUGCCUACUUAUUGAAAGAGAAGUUUCAGUUCAUUCUCUUUAUUAAGGUAAUUGCAGGUGAAAAUCUUAACUGUUCUUCACAUCUAAAAUUAAAAGUAUCAAAGAGACAAAUGAUGAAAUAGCGCGCUGGGGUAUUUCUUGAUCAUUCCUCUGCCCCCCCCCAUGGGGUCUCGUCGUGACAGCUAAUCCUGUUACAUGUGCAAAACAGAUGGACCUGACCAGUGAAUGUGCUUUGUGAUAGAGAUAGUGAGAUACACGCUUCUGUGGGCUUUGUGUAUGGAAGGCAGUUUCUGCUUGCAAUUCUCAGUUGCUCGAUUGCAGCCACUAUUUUCCAACAAGACUUGCAGGCAAAUACCUUCAUCACGUCAUCAUCUUUCAAGGCGGUUGCUGCGUUCUUAGUUUCCUCAUCACCGGUUUUAGAGUUCUCAAGCAUGCAUUCUCUUGGACUAAAAUAGCAACGUCACUUCCAACCAGCUGUUUUCUAGUGACUGACACUUUUGCAGGAAGAUUGCAUGCAUUGAAUUUGUACAAGCAGAUCACAAAUAUCAAAACAUAUCAGUAUGGCGUUGCGUGUCAGAAGCAGCUGUGAGAGUUUCCCUGUACUGAGAACGAUAAAACAAACUCACCUGUUGUUCUUGGGAUGUUGAAAAACCUUCCCAGGGAAGACCUAAGAGGAGAGAACCUAACUGACAGGCACACCAGUUUUAAGUUUUAGGGUUUUUCCCCUUACACACAGUUGUCUCACUUACUGUGUUGUGGUAAGAAGCAACCCUGUGGUUACUUUCACUCCCUUAGUGCUGGUGAAGGAAAGAGAAUCGUCUGCUUGCUUUUGAUUCAGUACGAAUUUCUGCUCCAUUUCUGUUGUUGUCUGAAGUCCGUGCACUUCUCUUCUGCAAGGACUUUAUGAUAUAACUGAGGGGAUCCACGAGAUGAUGUUGGACUAGAACUCCCAUCUGUUCUGGUCAGCAUGACCAGUGAUAAUGUAUGGGGAAAGCUAUAGACCAGCAGCACGUGGAGGGUUGUAAACUGCUGGCAAAACCCCAUAACCCCCACUGAGUUCAGUAGGACUUAACGCACAGAUAGGCAUGCAUAGGAUUGCAGAAUGAAUACCUUCCUCCUUUAAACUGUUUAGUGUGGUCAGUGCUGUUCUUGGCUUCUUAAAAUCACUUUAUUUUUCAUGUUUUCCAUUUUACUGCAAAACUACUUGAAACAUAAUCAUCAUUAUUUUAUUAUUUAUACCCCACCAUCUGGCUGGAUUUCUGGGUGGCUUACAGCAUAUAUAAAACAUAGUAAAACAUCAAACAUUAAAAACUUCCUGAAACAGAGCUGCCUUCAGAUGUCUUCUAAAAGUUAUGUAGUUCUUUAUCUCCUUGACAUCUGAUGGGACGGUGUUCCACAGGGUGGGCACCACUACCAAGAAGGCCUUCUGCCUGGUUUCCUGUAACCUCACUUCUUGCAGUGAGGGAACCACCAGAAGACCCUCGGAGCUGGACCUCAGUGUCCUUGCUGAACAAUGGGGGUGGAGACGCUCCUUCAGGUAUGCAGGGCCAAGGCCGUUUAGAGCAGGCAUCCCCAACCUUUGGCCCUCCAGAUGUUUUGGACUACAAUUCCCAUCAUCCCUGACCCCUGGUCCUGUUAGCUAGGGAUCAUGGGAGUUGUAGGCCAAAACAUCUAGAGGGCCAAAGGUUUGGGGUGCCUGGUUUAGAGCUUUAAAGGUCAGUACCAACAUUGGACCAUAAAGAAGGCUGAUCACCGAAGAAUUGAUGCUUUUGAAUUAUGGUGCUGGAGGAGACUCUUGAGAGUCCCAUGGACUGCAAGAAGAUCAAACCUCUCCAUUAUUAAGGAAAUCAGCCCUGAGUACUCAUUGGAAGGACAGAUCCUGAAGCUGAGGCUCCAAUACUUUGGCCACCUCAUGAGAAGAGAAGACUCCCUGGAAAAGACCCUGAUGUUGGGUAAGAUUGAGUGCACAAGGUGAAGGGGACGACAGAGGACGAGAUGGUUGGACAGUGUUCUUGAAGCUACCAGCAUGAGUUUGACCAAACUGCGGGAGGCAGUGGAAGACAGGAGUGCCUGGUGUGUUCUGGUCCAUGGGGUCACGAAGAGUUGGACACGACUAAACGACUAAACAAUAACCAACACUUUCAAUUGGAAACAUACUGGGAGCCAAUGUACCAAGACCAGUGUUAUGUGGUCUUGGCAGCCGCUCCCAGUCAUCAGUCUAGCUGCCACAUUCUGGAUUAGUUGUAGCUUCUGAGUGACCUUCAAUGGUAGCCCCGGGUAGAGCGCCUUGCAGUCUCGGCCGGCGUACCAGAUGAGCAUACAAAUUUUAUACACGUACUAGUGUAUACAAAUAAACACUGCAUGUGACCCAUUUCAACUCCAGCUGAGGCUGCCGCCAUUUUCAUUUUGUAUGCUGGGGCCUAGAAGUCAGAGCUAUGCCAAGUAGAGACUUAACCAUAUUGGAUCUUUUCAUGCUCCCCUCAGAAAGAAAAGACACACAUUAUUUUGGGGUCCUUCUUGACUCACAGGGCUUUGGGGGAAUGUCAUAAAUGUAUACUGAGAGGAGGAAUAGACAGUGGAAGCAGAAACAAAAGUCAGAAAAAUGAUCCUGACUCUUAAGUGUAGUAAUUCAAAAUAGGGAUCUGUUUGCUUUGUUUCGUUUUUGGAGAUUGUGUUGGAGCAAGGAGCAUCACAUAUUCAGAAAUGUUUGUAUAUAUUUAUACGCUUUCUUUAAAACCACAAAAGGAUCAUGGUUUUUAUAUCUAUGUGAUUGGGAAGCACUAUACAGGAAAAGUAGGUUUAGUUACUCCUGAUUUUUUAAAAAAAUGCUAGAGUCCUAAUGAUCAGUAGUUGAUGAGCAUCAAUUAAUUUUUUACUGUAUGUUUAGCUUUUCUUUUUAUUUCUCUCCAGGGCAUAAGACACAUAGAUCACUUUGGUUUUAUUUGUCGGGAAUCUGCGGAACCUGGGAUCAAUCAGUAUGUUUGCUAUGUAUUCCAGUGUGCAAGCGAAUCUCUGGUAAGUCACUACUGUUUACUGUAUUCUUCCGUUCAUCUAGUGAUAUGUAUCUCAAGAGCUAUAAAACUUCAAAAAUGUGGUAAGAUAUUUGUGUUCCCUUUUUUUGGACAAAGGCCAAAUCCAUAGCGUGAUCUCCUUGUGACUCUUAGUUCUGGACAGUGGGGGGGAAAGCAACACACGCUUCUAGUCUUUGUUUUCCUUCCCACAUCCUAUGGCAGUAAUUUCAUGUGCCAGGGCACAUUCGGCAGAUAUUUCAUACCCAUUUUGAGCAGGGUAAUGAUCUUCACCAAGAUAUGGGCAGUGACAUCAUCACAAGGCCAGGAGGGAAGAGACUCUGGGAUUCAAGAGUCUAUGAUGCUGCAGUAGCAGGGGAAAUCCCAGGAAAAAACCCAACAGUACCCACCCAAAGUACUAUAAUCCUAAAAGAUUAUAAUAGCUGCCUUCCCCACACGACCAUAGUUGCAAAAAGGGUAUCACUUGUUCCGAUGCCUGAUUGACAUUACUUCCUACAUGUCUCACAAAUAACUUAAUACACUAGUUUAUGCAUGCACAACUGCCUUCGGAGCUUCUAUAUCGGCAGGACAGAAUUUUAUUCUGUAAUUUCAGGUGGUGAGAAUGGCGCCAAUUGUAACUAAAAGCUGUUUUGACAGAAGAGUCAAAACAGAAAUCUGUGUUUAGGCUCCUGUGCCAUUUAAGGCUUCGAACAGUUAGGAUCUAAAUGAUAAAGAUGAUGUGAUCUUUGGAAAGAGAAAAUUGCACAGCCACCAAACCCUCUGCUAAGCAACAGUCCAUAGACGAGGGCCUCACUUUCCUUGCAUGGCAAAUAUUCUUCACAAGAAAGCUGUGGAACUGUGUCCAAAUGCAAAAAAGAAGUUCAAAGCAAACUAGAAGCUACUGUAAAAAGCGAAUCUUGUUCCAGAUUUUUCCAGACUCGAGGUCUGGCUUUCUUAAACGGCACAACAUAAAAUAUAGGAAGGGAAAGGAGAUACUGAAAAGCUUCUUUGCAGGGGAUGAAAAUGGAUUUGAAUCUCUAUACCACUUGAGGGGAAGCCUUGUAACCUCUGACCCUUUUCCUGACAGAGAAUGCAAAGUUUGCCCCCCUCUAACGUGGGAGAGUGUGGGAAUUUUGCCUGCCUCUAUUUGCGAUUGUGUCGGGGGGGGGGGGAGCACGGCCCAGACUGCCGUCUGGAAACAAUAAAAGCUGGCGAGAUGUUCAGUUGGUUACUAAUAAGUUGGUAGCUUGUCUUCAGCUCCUUUUAGUCCCACUACAUAAAGGCCCAGUUCUCUAAAUUAAAUUCUAUCCAGGAGUAGGAUUUAAUAACUUCAUUAUACUUAUUGGAAAAGUUAAGUUUCCGAUCCCUAUUAUCAAACAAUUCAGCUGUGUUAAAAAACAAAACAAAACACAAGAAAAACGGCACUUGUUUUUUUAAAAAAAACCAACAGCAAGCCAAAUGUGAAACAGAGCCUGCAAAAUCAGUCUAAUUUUAACAACCCAUUUAAAUGAAAAUAGGACACAGGACACUGGCAGAUUCUUCCACAGACGCUGUAGUGAAAUGAAAGGGUUCUUAGCCAUUGUGUAACUCCUGUUCAUUUCUGUAGGAGCAUCACCUCAGUUUGCUGUGCUUUUUUAUUUCUAAUGGUAACUCAGUGGUUUGCUAGCUAGAUUGAAAAUCUAGUGUCUGGUUUUAAAUAUGUAUGUAUGUAUGUAUGUAUGUAUGUAUUUUUAUGUAACUGGUAUUAAAAUGCACGCAUAGGAUUCAUUGGAUUUAAUCCUCCCUUUUCAGGUGGAUGAAGUAAUGCUCACUCUCAAACAAGCGUUCACCACGGCUGCAGCCCUCCAGAGUGCCAAGACUCAGAUUAAGCUGUGCGAGGCCUGCCCAAUGCACUCGCUGCACAAGCUCUGCGAAAGGAUUGAAGGUAGUUGUGAGCCCUUGCUUGCUUUCUGAAUCUGGAGCAUUGUGCUUUGCACACAAAAGUGCCACGGGGCUUUGUUUUGCAGUAAGUCAAGCUUGUUUGCUUAGGGUGCCAUGCUAAGUCUUCCAGUGUCCAUAUACACCUGAUUAAGGCUGUAAUUUACGUUAGAUUGCCUUGCGUAUACCAUAACUGUGAGGGAAUAUAACUUAACUACCCGGACUCUGAGAUCAUCAUCUGAGGCCCUUCUUCGUGUGCCUCCUCCUCAAGAGGUCCAGAGGGUGGCAACACGAGAACGGGCCUUCUCUGCAGUGGCUCCCCAUCUGUGGAGUGCUCUCCCCAGGGAAGUUUGCCUGGCGCCUUCAUUACACACCUUUAGGCGCCAGGCACAAACCUUCCUUUUUAACCAGGCUUUGGAUGAUCCGAUUUACAUCCUAUGCCCUUUUAAAAUGUGUUUUUUUGGGGGGGGGGCUCUUGAGUUGUUGUUUUUAUUUUUAUUAUGUAUUUUGUGGUUUUAUGUCUAGAUUUUAUUCUGUGAACCACCCUGAGACCCCCGGGUAUAGGGUGUUAUAUAAAUUCAACAACAACAACAACAACUGCUUCUUGUGGAUGUUUGGUUCUGUAUCAAGAAGGCCCGCCCACCUAUUAUAGGCCCCCUUCCUGUUAUAAGGUUAUAGGAUUCCUGUCACAGCCAUAAAUAGGGCAUGUGCCAGAUUGUCGCCUUUUAAAGGAAAGGAAAGGAAGAGGGGCUACCUUGAACUAUUUGAACCCUAUCCAGAAGAAGAGCUCUGCAAAAUCAGACCAAGGUCUAGCUAAUCCGUUCAGUUAACUGUGUUUCCAGUGGUGGCUAGAGAGGUUAUUUUGCAAAACCUACACAACAGUUCAUGAAGGCAACAGCUUGUUCCCUACAGACCAGUGGUGCCUCAGAAGUCAAACGGAAUCCGUUCUGGAAGUCCGUUCAACUUCCAAAACGUUUGGAAACCAAGGCAUGGCUUCCAACUGGAAUGUUCGAAACCAGAACACUCACUUCCGGGUUUGUGGCAUUUGGGAUCCAAAACAUUAGACUCGCAAGGCAUUCGGGAUCCAAGGUACAACUGUAUUUGGUAUUCUGAAAUAUAUGGAGGGGUCCAUUUGGUUCCUACCCUGGCUGGUCACUCCACCUGAACAGUGCUAUUUUCCUAUAUAUUUGUUUGAUGUCUAUAAAGGCUCAUCCAUACUUCCUUUUGUGCUGUGUUCCUAGGCACGGGUCUAGUAUUGUUGUUUUUUGUCUUUGUGCUUUCACCAGGAAAACCCGCAUCUUAGCAAUGAGAGAAGAAACACCCUGGUGCACCCAUAGCAGUAAAACCGGGCACCUUCCUCAGCCCCACCUGCAACAAAACCUGUCUCUCCCCUAUCGGUCUCUACAGUGCUGUAACUCCAAUGGUUUGACCACCCCCAAAGGCGCACUUAUAUAUGGUCUCGUGAACAGGUGGAUGCCAGCAUACAUACCACCGAAUCAAGGCAAAUGGCAGUCAGUGGGAAACACGAUUGCCAUUUGCUCUGAUUCAGCAGCGAAACACGGGUUUUCCCGGGGGAAGCACAACAUGGACCCUGUGCCUGGAAAGUGCAGAGCAAAAGGAAGUCUAAAUGAGCCUUAACUCAUCCUGGGCAACAAUUUCCAUCAAAAGGAUGACUCACGCAUUUUAAGAACGCGAUAUAGAAACCUUAUUCAAAAUGGAGGCCGUUGGAAGCUAGUCACUGUACUGACAGCAUGACAAGGCUACCCACAUGGUACUCCCCCCUCCCCCAGCCCAAAAUAAAGCUUACUUUCUUCUAUGCUGGCAUGUGUUUAUAGCAGAAGUACAUAUUUAGUUGUCGGCUCCCUCUGGUGGGCAGAGAAGUGUGCCAAGUCUGCGCAAGUGCAGCCCGUGACUUAAGCUGAUGCUUUCUUCAAGAAAAGAAAGAGCUUUGUCUGGGGCGGGGAGCGGGUUGGCAGGUUCUGGAAGAGUGUAUGUAGGACCUAUAAUCACCUCUCUCGAGAAUGACUGACUGAUUGAACGCUCAAACUGAAAUCCUGCGGGACGCCUGGGUUUUGAAAGGGGUACGUCCUUGGCCUUAAGAGAGAAGAGGGGGGAAAACCCCACGGCUGAGUUACGAUUCUGCCCUUGAGCAAGAAGAACGCACGCAAAACAACAACAACUUUGCAUUGAUUUAGCUACGCCAACAGCUUAAAGAAGAUUUCUGUCACAUGUGGUGGGUGGGUAUUUAUUUAUUAAAAAAAAGAACUGCUAUAUCUUCUCUUGCAUCUGAAAAGGAGGGCCCCCACAAGAUCUUUAAGUCCAGUGCCCAAAACCACAUAAUCACAUCACUGGUGGUAGUUCUCUUUACCCGCUUGCUUGUUUGAGACCCCCCCUUUCCCCUUCCAUAAAUUAAGAAUGUAAUAAGACUGAAUUUGUAAAAGUUGUGGAGCGGAAACUUACAAACUGGUUUGAAUUUUGUUUUUAGCAUUAAAUCUGGGUUUUCUUGACAUUGUCAUGACUUAAUAUACUGCACAUUAUUCAGUGUUAAUGUUCUACAACAAGUAUGGUGAGAUGGUUUGUCACAUAAAUAUAACUUACCUCAUCAAUGUCUGCCUGCCUCUCUGUUGUUUUUUAAGGUCUUUAUCCACCAAGAGCUAAACUUGUGAUUCAGAAACAUCUGUCCUCUCUCAGUGACAAUGAGCAAGCUGACAUCUUUGAGCGUGUGCAGGUAAUAAACCGAACCGGUUGGCAUUCAUUCUCUGGAACAGGACUACAGGAUCAAGUUGUUAGCUCAGAGACACCAAAAAUCAAAAGCACAUUCACAAAUGUAUACUCAGAAGACUAUUGUUAAACUGCUGUAAGCUGCCCAGAAUGAGUGGGAAAACCCAGCCAGAUGGGCGGGAUAUAAUUAUUAUUAUUAUUAUUAUUAUUAUUAUUAUUAUUUAAUGAAAUGAAUUUAUUUUGAUACUUUAUUUGUAGAAGAAUGAAUUGCCUAUUGUUUUAUAAAAAUCAAGUUGAACCAGAAUUGCAGGUAUCAAAUUUCCAAAAAUAUAUUGCUUAUUUCCCACCUAACAGAAAAUGAAGCCCGUUACUGACCAGGAAGACAAUGAGCUUGUGAUCUUACACUUGCGACAACUGUGCGAAGCUAAACAAAAGGCUCACGUGCAUAUUGGAGAGGCCCCAAUGGUAAGGCUCUUUAUCCUGUUUUGUCGUUUAGUGAUGGCGGAAGACAUCUUAGAAUAUGAACUCAAGUGCUUCUGUUGGAUGGUUUCCCAUCACCAUCUUAAUACCUUCUCUGAGGCUGCAGCAUACAUCUGAGCAUACAUUUAGCUUUGUCCCAGUGAAAUCCCUCUGAGUUAAUGUAUGGUCAGUGGUUUCCAAAGGGCAAUUAUGUGUUGUGCCAAUCAGUUUCAUUGGGUGACCCUAAGCUCUAGCCUUGUGAGAGAGGUGGGAAACUCUAGCCUUGGGGUGGGAGUUGCAAGUUGAUUUCGUUUUCAGAAUAAGGAAGACGGUGAAUGAUAAGUACCUUAGUGUAGAAAUUAUUGAGAGACCAUCUUGAGCAUUACAAGAAUAGCUUCCUUUAAUGAUAAACCGCCUCUUGAUGGAAAUUUUGCUAAGGCAGCAGUUAAGUUAAAAACUACUAUGAAACAAAACUUGGCUAUAAAACCCAGCAAAAGUUAACUAUGCCAGAGCAGUUAAACCAGGCUUCCUCAACCUUGGUCCUCUAGAUGUUUUGAGACUACAGUUCCCAUCAUCCCUGACCACUGGUCCUGCUAGCUAGAGAUCAUGGGAGUUGUAGGCCAAAAACAUCUGGAGGGCCGGGGUUGAGGAAGUCUAAGUUAAACUAAAGCCCUAUUCAGUAUUCUUUGCUCCUGUGUUGACAAGUCCCACCUACAACUUCCCAAAAAAAUGUUUUUAAUGUGAACGCCUGUAGCAAGGGAGCAUGAGCCUUCAUAUUCAUGCAUGGAGACUUCCUGGUAUCUGAAACCCUGGCUUUGCUUUUAGCAAAUGAAUGGCCAAUGGGACCUUUUGAUUUGCUUUGGGGUUGCAGUACACAAAAAAGGGGUCACUACUCCCCUGUGGCCCAGCCACAAUCCAAAUAGUUUACAGCAACAACAUCAAGAAGUCAGUGACGAAUUUUGCACCUCUGGUGUUGCAACUAGUUUGACCUGGUUUCCUUGAAGGUAAAGGGACCCCUGAUCAUUAGGUCCAGUCGUGGACGACUCUGGGGUUGCGGCGCUCAUCUCGCUUUACUGGCCGAGGGAGCUGGCGUACAGCUUCCGGGUCAUGUGGCCAGCAUGACUAAGCCGCUUCUGGCGAAACAGAGCAGUGCGCGGAAACGCCAUUUACCUUCCCGCCGGAGCAGUACCUAUUUAUCUACUUGCACUGGCGUGCUUUCGAACUGCUAGGUUGGCAGGAGCAGGGACCGAGCAACGGGAGCUCACCCCGUCGCGGGGAUUCAAACCGCCAACCUUCCGAUCGGCAAGCCCUAGGCUCAGUGGUUUAGACCACAGCGCCACCCGCGUCCCUACCCGCGUUUCCUUACGUUGCACUAAAAGCCAAAGUGUAGCAUGUAGAAAAACUUAAUGCAACGACCCUCUGCAAAUUUUAAAAGGCAACAUGAGAUAAGUGCACUUUUUUCUGUUUUGCACUUUGUAUAUCUGUCGGUCAGUUUGACAGGGGUACAUUUGGGUUGUCUUCUGUAGGCAACAUCAGUGACAAAGCUUGCCUUUUUGUUUCAGCAGAAUGCCUCCAACACGACAGUUCCAGAGAACGCAGCUAGUGGUGGCAGAUUCAAACUUGACAUUCUGAAAAACAAGGCCAAGAAAUCUUUGACCAGCUCUCUGGAAAACAUUUUCUCAAGGGUAAGUUGCUCAGGAGCGAGGACUCCUGGGAUGUAAUUGUCCAUAAGACCAUUGCAACCUUUUAGAUAUUUGAUUAGAUUCUUCCUUGACAAAUUCUACCUAUUAGGGCCUAUUCUAUUUUGCACCCCUCUCUUGAAAACUGAAAUUUGUGUUGAAUUGUACAGAUCACCAAUAAUUCAUUAAGUUGUCUUUGCAACAACUACUACAGAAAUAAGAAUUAAUUUCAGUAUGGCAAAUGGUGGUCUGUUGCGAGUGCUGGUAUUUUGCCUGUUGUGAAUGUAUUGUGCCCUACAGGAAUGUGCUUCUUUCUUUCUUUCUUUCUUUCUUUCUUUCUUUCUUUCUUUCUUUAUAUCACAAAAUUUAUACAUUACUUGGUAGUUGUUGUUUUUUUAAAGUGUUUUACGAAAAGAUAAAACCAAUAAACCAGAUUUUUUUUUUUUUACUGUACAUUAAAACUUGCAAGAAGUUUAAACACUAAAACAGAUUACAAUUCACACCAGCUUUUCUAAGCAUCUGGAUAGACUUGACUAAACUUCCAAGUUAUAAAAAGGUUGAUAAAAUAAUUGGCUUGGCACAAGUUAAUACCAAUUAAAACUUGGUUAAAAUCAUGUGAUCUGCAGAGCUCUGGAGCCAACUUUCUGAGCUGACGCCAUCUUAACUAGAGAUUCGACUUGACUAAACAAGAAUGUUUUUAGUGGAUUCAGAAAAGAGUUCAGUGAAGGCGCCUGCUUGAAAUCAAUAGGCAGGGAGUUCCAAAGUGUAGGAUUGGGUUCUAACAAAUGUGGAAUGGGUGUUAUGGGGCACUUGUAGCAGUGCUAAUUCUGCCAGUCGAAGCGAUCGAGUAGGGCACAUAAGGGGUAAGGCAAUCUCAUAGGUACACUGGUCCAAAGUUGUUAAUGGCUUUAAAUGCUAACUUUAAAUACUAACUGGGCCUUGAACAUGGGUAUUCUAUGCAAAGGGACGCAGGUGGCGCUGUGGGUUAAACCACAGAGCCUAGGGCUUGCCGAUCGGAAGGUCGUCAGUUUGAAUCCCUGCGACGGGGUGAGUGCCCAUUGUUCGGUCCCAGCUCCUGCCAACCUAGCAGUUCAAAAGCACGUCAAGUGCAAGUAGAUAAAUAGGUACCACUCCGGCGGGAAGGUAAAGGGCGUUUCGCCAGAAGCAGCUUAGUCAUGCUGGCCAUAUGACCCGGAAAAACUGUUUGCGGGCAAACGCCAGCUCCCUUGGCCUAUAGAGCGAGAGGAGCACACAACCCCAGAGUCGUCCGCGACUGGACCUAACAGUUAGGGGUACCUUUACCUUUACCUUUAUUCUAUGCAAACAAGGGCUCACUCCUGUCAGCAGUCAGCACCAUGCUCUAACUAAUUGAGUUAUACAGAGGCAGCACUCUGGUUUAACUACAUCUUCUGGAUCAAGCACAAGGAAGUCCCUCAUAGAGCACAUAUUGAGUGUGUCAUAUAAUAUCUGCAUGUUUUGAUAUUAUUAUCAAAUAGGUAUUAAUAAUUUUUAGGAGGUUUAGUGGCAUAAAUUGUAUAAUGCAUGGCUUGAAGCUGCAUAUUUUAACAUGAGUAGCUUGAACGGUGAAUCACUUUGUAUGUAGGUCAGAUUUGAAAGUUAAAAUUAACUCAGCACAGUGCCUUCUGGAAUUCCGUUGCUUCCGAAUGUGGUUGCUGAUGGGUCACAUAGUCUUAGAGGCUUGCAUCCAGUUUCCCUCUCUUGCUUACUUAAUUAGGCAUCAUGGGAGAAGAUAGCAUGGCAUCGAAAGCAACAAAUGUGAGGAAAACCUCAAGAGCAGAAAUUGGGGGUGCAUUUUGAUUGGCGAAGGACAAUCUCACUCAAACUAGAACGUUUGAUUGAUUGAUGGCAAGCAUAUACGUUGCAGUUCAGUAAAUAUAACAUGGAAUCCAAACCGAAAGGCAAGGUUGACCCUGAAUUAUAGAAUAUUACUCCUAAACUGGUAUCUUCCCCAAUAUAAUAUUGGAAACUUUGUCUGCCCAGGAUGCUAGAUUUGUUGUUUAAUAAGCAAUAUAUGGCCCUGGGCAGCAACUAGGUUUGCAGAAGUGCCAUUUGUGAAGAGAUUAAAAGUGGUAGAAGAUGAACAACAGGCAAAGCCUACCAUGCAACGAGACACCCAAAAUGUAUUUAGUUUCAAAAAUAAACAAAAGUUGAGGCUUCCACAGUUGCAAGCUCUUAUCUCAAGUGCUGAGAUAUGAGAGGGAAGGGGUUGUCUGGCAAAAAUUGUUUCCAGUUGACUGAAUAAAUACAACCUAUUAAACUCCAGGUUUCAUAAGUAUAGCAUAUUUCUCUUGUCUUCAAAGCAUGCCAUACUCUGUUUAGGGUAGCUUAUGAACAGUCAGCACAUUUUUUUGAACAUUGAAAGGAAAUCUUGAUGCUUUCCUGAAGCAAAAUCCUGAGCCUCUUAAGAAUUUCAUUUAUAUCUCCUGCUGUUUUGCUGCCAGAUAAAUAUUUGCUUCCCUUAACAAGAGUUCUGUUCAACAGGCCUUAGUAGGUAUAGCACCAAUGCUCAGUUACCUUGCAAGGUUAAUGACAAAUGGAGUUGUCGUUAAGGGCCACUUCUGAUAUGUCUAUCAAUCAAACUCAAUUUUGGGAUGAAAGCACAAUGGCCUCCAAGUUCGCACACAUGGCUGUGGAGGGUGGGAUUUGCAUGUGUCCCAGAUGUUCCUACCAUUCCUACCCAGAUGUUCCUGGCUGCCUACUGAAGUUCACGCAGCCCUCUGUACUAAGCCCCAUGGCUUGGAUCCUGUGCUUCACUCCCAUUCACAGAAGGGCUUUUGAGGCAACAGGAUCCCGCUGGCAAAAAGAGAGAAGGCAGUUUCAUUAAUUACUCUUCCUGCACCAUCUAUGCUGUUCUGGGUGUAGUGUUAGAAACUCAGAUCUAUUAACUAGGCACCAAAUAAUAAUAAUAAUAAUAAUAAUAAUAAUAAUAAUAUACACACACACACACACACACACACACACACACAUACCCCGCCCAUCUGGCUAGGUUUCCCCAGCCACUCUGGGCAGCUUCCAACAAAUAUUAAAAUACAAUGGUCUGUUAAACAUUAAAAGCUUCCCUAAACAGGGCCGCCUUCAGAUGUCUUCUAAAAGUCUGGUAGUUGUUGUUCUCUUUGACAUCUGGUGGGAGGGCAUUCCACAGGGAGGGCGCCACUACCGAGAAGGCCCUCUGCCUGGUUCCCUGUAGCUUUGCUUCUCGCAAUGAGGGAACCGCCAGAAGGCCCUCGGCGCUGGACCUCAGCGUCCGGGCAGAAUGAUGGGGGUGGAGACGCUCCUUCAGGUAUACUGGGCCGAGGCCGUUGAGGGCUUUAAAGGUCAACACCAGCACUUUGAAUUGUGCUCGGAAACGUACUGGGAGCCAAUGUAGCUCUUUCAAGAUCGGUGUUAUGUGGUCCCGGCAGCCACUCCCAGUCACCAGUCUAGCUGCCGCAUUCUGGAUUAAUUGCAGUUUCCGGGUCACCUUCAAAGGUAGCCCCACAUAGAGCACAUUGCAGUAGUCCAAGUGAGAGAUAACUAGAGCAUGUACCACGCUGGCGAGGCAGUCAACGGGCACGUUGUGUCUCAGUUUCCGUACCAGAUGGAGCUGAUAAACAGCUGCCCUGGGCACAAAACUGACCUGUGCCUCCAUGGACAGCUGUGAGUCCAAAAUGACUCCCAGGCUGCACCCCUGGUCCUUCAUGGGCACAGUUACCCCAUUCAGGACCAGGGAGUCCUCCACACCUGCUCCUUAAGCCAGGGUUGCAGUCACCAAAAUGGAAUGUCUACUUGCCAUUUGGGGGCAAAGCGGCUCUGAAGUCUUAGCUUUCAAAUGAUGGGCUUGACUAUGAUUAAUUCUCAUUUAAACAUCUGGCAAGAGCAGAUGGGUUCUGAGAACUUGGGUUCUGAGAACUUAAAGAAGAAAAGUCACUUGAUCCAGGGACAGUCUAUAUAUAUUCUCCAGCCUCUUUUUCUUAACAUUUUGGUUCCUGAGAUUCAUUCCGAUUGUACAGAUAAAAUAUAACUGAUAGAAUUCUAUAAGAUGGGGUAUUUGUGCGUGAAAACAGUCCAGAUCCAAUGAUCCCCAGGUGGUGGAGAUACCGGGCACAAUCCUGGUGCAAGUGGUUAAAAGCCAGGUGCAAAAUGUGCCUGGUGCCUAGCUAAUUUUGAACACUGUCUGGAUGGCUCCCUGACCCUGUGACAUAGAAUUUCAGGGGUUUAGUGACAGGAAAGGGGGAGUCAAUGAAAAUUGCCUUCCUAUCUGUUCUCCAGCGGGAGAAUCCCAUGAACAGAUUUCUGCUUAUGGUAUCAGAGGAUUCGAGACUGUAUCCUUUUUUGACACAUGAAUGCGCUAGAGCGCAUGUAAGUUGCACAGGAUUUCAGUUUUCAAGUAAGUGUGCCAAUUUGGGGUUGGUCACAGCACGUUCCAACUUGGAUUUGUUUAUCAAGGAUAUUUCUUCAGCAUGGAAUUAAAUGGCUUGCCUUUCAGCACUUGACAGCUAUAUUGGUACAGAUAGUGCUAGAAGCACAUUCAAGCACCACAGCACAUUCAAGCACUCUGGCCUAUUCUUGCCAGCUUCUCCAAGGGAACUACAAAAUGGGAAAGUUCCCAAUUUCAGAGGGGUCCACAGGCUGCUUCCGGCCUCUGCAGGCUGUCGCUGAGCCGUUAACGCUCCAGGCGAAAUCCUUUUGUGAAUUGUUUUCCUGGCUUUGUUCCCUUGUAGCCGAAAGUAAGCUGCUGUUUGUGAAUUGCAGAGAGUGGGGAAUGGGAUCUUAACAGGUGGAAUGCUUUAUUGUUAUUCCGUAGGGAGCUAACCGAAUGCGCGGCCGGUUGGGGAGCAUGGACAGCUUUGAAAGGUGCAACAACCUCACUUCUGACAAAGUAAGUAACAGGCUUUGCAUGCGUAGGGGGUGGGGAAUAAAGUGCAAAAUUAUGCUGGAUAUAGGAGCUUAUUCAGAUUUUCCUUUAAAAAAAAAAACUUGUGAGAAGCUCACUUUCUUAUAGAAUUGCUGAUUAUGGUUUGCUGACUAUUUACUUUUACAGGCAAAACAAAACGACAAGUAGCCUUGAAAACUGCCCCUUACCUUGUAAGCUUAUGGCUGGUUAGAGUCACUGCCUGGCAACCCAGCAGGGAAGAAGGUCUAAAUUGGAAGAGUUAGACAUUUGUGGUAACUCGAUGGUUUGGGGGGAAAACAAGGAGCAGUGAUGCAGGGCCGAUAUUUUAUUUCUUGGUGGAAAACAUUCCGUUUCAUAAAUUCAUUAGUCAAAAACAAUGGGUGCCAACUGCAAAUACAUAUUAGGAAAGGCUGAGUUUUUAAGCUUUGUUUAGUAAACACAAGUAAAACAGAAGUCUGAAUCGGGUCAUUCUCUAGGGCACAGAGGUGGGGAACUGGCCCACCUUCCAUGGGGCAAAAAUAUUUGGGCUUGAAAUGCAAGGCCAGUGGUGGGGGUGGCCUGGAGAGAGGGCUCCAUUUGGCCCCUGGGCCUCAGGUUCCACACCACUAGUGUAAGAGGAUCUUUAGUUAGCUGAGUUGGUUAGAGCGUGGUGCUGACAACGCCACGGUUGUGGGUUCAAGCCCCAUAUGGGCUGGCUGCAUAUUCCUGUGUUGCUGGGUGUUGGAUUAGAUGACUCUCAAGAUCCUUUCCAUCGAUUCUAAAAUCCUACUUGCUUUUAUGAGUGUAAACAGAAUAACUCAUUGCCAAUUGGAAUGAAACCUACUUAGGGGAAGUAAGCAUGUAAAGCAGAAUAAAACCCUGAAAGCCCUUGUUUAUCCCAGUUGAUACAUGUCUCCUAAACAAUGACAUUUUAAAUCUGUCAUCCUUUGCCGUUAGCCUGCCUGUGCAGCGUGUGUAAACAGCUCGUCAUACACUUUCCAUUUAUUUCCUCUUUUACAUAGCAAUUGCACAUACACACACACAUUAUUAUUAUUAUUUCUCCUCUGAGAGAUGUGGAAACAGAGCGGUUCUUUUGACUUCUAAUUUUCCUGUUGCUCUUAAUGCAGCUUUUUAUUAGCAGAUCCCUCUUCCAGGAAAGAGCUCUGACAGGACAGGAAAUCUGUACAUGAUAGGCCGAGAAAAGAAGCCAGUUUUGAUUGGAACCUGGGCUUGAAAAUGUAGUAGCAGUGCCAGUAAAGUAUUUGGAUUCUUUUUGCGGUAUUGUUCGCGAGAGGUCAUGGCAAUUCCAGGGGCAAAGGAUGUUUGGCAUAGUUUCUAAUUAGCAUACAAUGGGUUUGCUUUCGUUUUUUUUCCGCCCAGGAGGAGGAGGCUCAGUUUCAUCUCCUCUCUUGUUAACUUGCAGGGAUUACUCUGACAUUCACUGUGUAGUUAUAGGGUGUAAAAGGGGCGACCUCAUUCCUGACUGUGGUUGACUUCUUCCAGGAAUGCUCUUCUGGGGAAUCUCCUUCCACGACGCCCCCGGCUUCUCCCAUAUCCUCGGCUUGGCAGCCAUUCCCCGAAGAGGAUUCCGAUUCUCCCCAGUUCAGGAGACGAGCUCAUACCUUUAGCCAUCCACCGUCCAGCGCCAAAAAGAGGAUUACUUUCCAAGAUGGAAGGUCUCAAAGUGUCAAGUCUCCUCUCCUGAGACAGAACUCUGUGGAGCAUAGCAGGUGAGUUUUGAGCCAAGCAACUGCAUAGGAAUCUUGUAGGCUUGUCUGGAUAUCUUUUAUUUCCCCAUUAUUAUUUUUUGAUGGAACAAGGGUAAGAAUCUUGGAAUAGUUGCCUGGGUUUUUCAUUCUAUCUCAGGCAACCGGAGAGUAACAGUUUACAGCAUAUAUCUUCAGUAUAUUUUACUCAACAGUAAGUUCCAGUUAGUUUAGUGAGACUUCUUCCUGUGUAGGGCUUUGCAUCCUACAAAUAGAGAUUGAGUUGUUGUUGUUGUUGUUUUGUUGUUGUUGUUAAUAAAAACACUUGCAUUCGACGGCUGUAAAAUAUCUGAAGCAGUUAGAUGCUUCUAAUGAUGAUGGUCGACAUUUUAUAAAUCAGAAAGCAGCUAUAGCCAGCCAAUACAAAUAUGGGUAUAUAAAGAGCUGCUCUUUGGACGUGGCUCACUCUUCUGCGCAAACCUCUUGAAAUGAACGGAAGAUGCACAAAAGCGAUUGGACCCACUGAUUCCUGGACUUUAUUUAUGUAAAUCUUUAAGGCCUUUAAUGCUUGCUAUAAAGUAAAGUAACAGUUUUGUUUAAAAGAAGGUUUGCCUUGUUUUUUUCUAGAGUGGUUCAAGUCUUGUGCUUUGUUGCAGUAUAGAUACCUUUCUCUUUCCACCAUUCAGGGAUUUACAAUACAAUGGUUUUAUUUCAGACUAACAUUUUGAGGGUGCUUUUCUAUCCCAAAAUAACUCUCAAAGCAGCGUAGAAAAAAUAUACUUUUAAUUAUCUUGGGGAAAAAUAUUAUUAUGUAAGAAGAAGCAAACACUGAACAAUGAGGAUUUUAAGCAAUGCAAAAGCAAAAUCAGCAACAGAACUGUUCUGGCACCUCUCAGCCAGGAGAGGGGAGCAGAGACAUAGCUCACCUAAUCUCAAAAGGACAUAGAAUAAGUGUAGUCUUUUGAUACUGGAGGAAGAGGAAUUCCCAACAACUGCACUUCUAAAAAUGGUGGGACAAAGGGAGGAUAAUGUGGGAGCAGGUGGUUCUUUAACUUCAUUCCCAACCUGUUUAGGGAGUUUUAAUUUAUUACCAGCACUUUUGGAUCAGGCUUCAAAACAAGCUGGAAGUAUCAAAUAAUUUCUGAGUGACACAUUUGCAAAAAAGGCGCCCCCUUUCAUUCUCUCUGGCCGCUGCCUUCUUCAGUGGCUGCAGCUUUUGAGCAGUCAACACACAGUGCAUUGCUGCCGUUGAACAUGGAUGUGGCCAAGGCAUGUAAGACAACAGCCAAAGCUUCAGUACACUUUGACUAGCAGGCAGUGUCGCCAUCCAGAUACUGAACAAUUCCUAUGCAACAGCUGCAGUGUUUAAGAUGUGGCCCAGUACUUGGAAGUAAGUUUCAUUGAACAUGUAAAGGAUUGCACCUUAAGUGUCCUUAAAUGCCUUCAAAACUAGAAACACAAUAAGUUCAGUUAAUUUAGGUGGUUUUGUUUGUAAUCCUAAGCAAAACUUCCCCUUGAAACUGCAGAACACCUUACCUUCAUAGAACAAUGUGCAGAGGUGAAUUGCGGUCUUCAUGAGCCUGCAUUGCAGACAGUGGCUAUGCAAUUUGAAGGAAUCACAAUACACUAUGUUCUGACACCCACUCUGCCAGGCCUGCUGAGGAGAUACAUGGUGGUGCCGUUUUAACUCUUAGGAGGGCAGGAUGAAGGCUUGGAUUCCAAAUACUCCCAUAACCCCCCCUGAACCGUGUAGCCUUAAUACCAAGUCACUUUUUAAAUUAAUUGAGAUGAGAAGAUUCAUGCAAGGAAUGAGCUGGGUUCAGGACACCUCUAGCUGAGAUUUCCCCCCUAACAUCUAGGGUAGAGAAAGCAAGCAUUUUCCAAGUGUUUAAUGUACCAAGCCUUUUUGUACUGUAUUUCUCUGUUGAAAUGACUGAGACGGCCAUUUAUUCAUUUAUUUCUAAUUGUACAGUCAGCCCCACAGCCAGACCAGUUGUAACAGCAGCCCUUGCGGUUGAGAUCCUUUCUUAUAGAGAUAGGUAAACCAUUUUUCCCAGUUAGUGCUAAUUAACACCAUCGCCAAGUUGAGCUUCCCUUCAUCCAGUGUUUGUGACCGGAUCCACAAUGGAUUGCAGUGUGAUUGAAGCCAGUCAAGUUGUUUCAUCCCUAAAAGACUGGUAUCAAUCUUGGCCCGUUAAGCAGGUUGCCGCAGCUCUGUGUAGUAGCCACUUUCCAAACUUUCCAAUGAAUUGUCCCUAGUAGUAAGUCUGCUUGCCAAGAGGAGUAUCUGUUGCUAAUCCUCCCUUCUGCGUCCAUGGUUAGUUGACACCUCUCAACACCCUCUUCUGGCAGUUUGUAGCUUGUCAGCAAAGUGACCUUGUCUUUCGCUGAUUUGGUGUUAGGUUGCUCCCCCCACCCCCCACCCUCAGACCCUAAUCAUUACGAUGCUGCAGUGAAACAGGAAACUUGAACAAUAAUUGUGUUAGACUUGCUGACAACAUUUCUUUGCCCAUUGCUGAAGAGCUGUUGUCUUUGCUUGCUCAGCAAGUUUGCUAGUCAAAACAGCAAGUCUUCAACACUUUGAUCAUAAGUUGCUUUUGUGCAUGUGUGUAGACUCAAAAACGGUCGCCCCAGAAAUAUUUGAUGGCGGAGGCUUGUAAUGAUUCACCUUCUAACAGCCUGAAAUAAUUCUGACGAUACCUAAGUUUUUCCACCAACUCUAGAACACAUUCAUUUUGAUCGACUCCAUCAUUUUGGAAUCUAUCACUGUAAAAUAACUGCAUGCUUUGUAUCUCUCUACCCCCCCCCCCCCGCCCCCGGUAGCAUCUUUCUGCCCACUCCAAAUAAUAUUCUGGUGAAAUGUUGUUUUUGUUGUAAGCCUGUACCUGAAAACAAGGUGGCAGUGUAGCACUUUGCAGGUACAUAGCAGAAGGGGAAAUCGCAAGUCAAUGUGAGUUGAUAGAAGCCUGAUCAUAAGUAAACUAGUAACUGAAUCUAUUACCGUAUUGGCCCAAAUAUAAGCUACACCCGAAUAUAAGCCACACCUUUAAAAUUCGGGGGGGGGGGAGAGAGAAAUAAAAGACAAUACCCGAAUAUAAGCUGCUCCCUUAAAAUUCUGCAGACACUCACACCUGUAAAUAACAAAUGUAGAAGAAAAUCUGUUGCACUGUAAAUGCAAAUAAAAAAUCAAUACUGCACUGUAAAAUAUGGGGAAAGCGACGAAUGACAUUAGAAUUAAUUGCACAACAGUCUCAAACUUGCAGAUCAGCAAUAAAACUUUUUUUUUGUUCCGUUUUCCCAUAUGUCUGUUUCAGCAGCAAUAUGGUAAAAGCCGGUUUUUGUAAGGUUGUGAAUUUUAAGCCGCACUUUAACUUUUCACAGUCGGAAUUUGGGGAUGGGGGGUGGGAGUUUGGUUUAUAUUCAGGCCAAUACGGUAAGUUUGAAUAAGAGAAAAUAAAAAACGGGCAGUUGUCCUGGGGACAUAGGGAGCCCCUCUAUGCUGCCUUACUUUGAAGAUGCUGAUUGUUAGACCUGUGACCUUUUGCAUGCAAGGCAGGCGACCUCAAACUGAGCAACUUUCCCUUUCCUGUUUUGUGUUAAUAGUUGAGAUGCUGUAGGCUGAAGUACUGAAUAAGCAGUUACCACCACAAAUGGCAGACGUGCAUCCAGCAUCUCCCAUAUGCCCCCUUGUAACAUGUAGCAGAACUUCCUUCUUGUCCGAAUGUCAGGCAAUGGGUAAAUUCUAGGCAACGUUAUAGGAGGAGAAGGAUGAGUUAAGGUGUGGUGGGGUGUUUUUAUCAGGAUUGUGUCUUCAGUGCUGUCUAACCUUCCUGUUGGAAUUACUGCUCGCGUGGUUUUUCUUAGUUCCCAGUAUGUCACAAGACUUGCAGCUUCUUAAGUUUUAAUGAAAGCGGAACCUUUAGGGUCUAGUACAGUGGUAAGGUAAAGGGAAAGGGACCCCUGACCAUUAGGUCCAGUUGUGACCGACUCUGGGGUUGCGGCGUUCAUCUCGCUUUAUUGGCCGAGGGAGCCGGUGUACAGCUUCCGGGUCAUGUGACCGCCAUGACAAAGCCGCUUCUGGCGAACCAGAGCAGCGCACGGAAACGCCAUUUACCUUCCUGCCGGAGCGGUACCUAUUUACCUACUUGCACUUUGACGUGCUUUCGAACUGCUAGGUGGGCGGGAGCGGGGACCGAGCAACGGGAGCUCACCCCGUCGCUGGGAUUCGAACCGCCAAACUUCUGAUUGGCAAGUCCUAGACUCUGUGGCUUAACCCACAGCGCCACCCGCAUCCCUACAGUGGUACCUCGGGUACAGUACUUAAUUCGUUCCGGAGGUCCGUUCUUAACCUGAAACUGUUCUUAACCUGAAGCACCACUUUAGCUAAUGGGGCCUCCUGCUGCCGCCACGCCGCCGGAGCCCGAUUUCUGAUCUCAUCCUGAAGCAAAGUUCUUAACCUGAGGUACUAUUUUUGGGUUAGUGGAGUCUGUAAGCUGAAGCGUCUGUAACCUGAAGUGUAUGUAACCCAAGGUACCACUGUAUAUCCCUGAAAGGGGGAGGAGGGGGUAGUUUACCUUGACUAGAUGUGCAGGUUGAGGGAAUGUGCUGCCAAGUACAUGACUCAGUUUUUCGGUUUCUUUAAAUGCCCCCCAACUCAACUUCAGCAAAAUUUCGUGGUGCAUUAAACUUAAAGUGCACCAAAUUUUCACACUGUUACUGUAAUAAUGGCAUUUACAAUUCAGGUCUUGACUGAACCUCUUACAUGGUGAGUAUGGAGUGUGGGACCGCUUUAAAAUGUUGUACUGAAACUCAUUUGCUACGCUUUUUCUUAUUGCCUGCUGUCAGGCUGACAAUUGCCCGACGCGCUCGCAGUGAGAGUGAAUCAUCUGCGCCGUCGAGUCUCCCUUCUUCCUUCUCUGCCCCAUCUUUCCUGAAAAGCUUUUACCAGAGCUCAGGAAAACCAUCUCCUCAGUCUGAAAAUGAGCUCCCCCAGAGGUGAGAACACUGGUUUCUGCCUGGCCUGCAAGUUUGCAAUUCCUAUGCAGCCGGCUUGCGAUAAGGAAUUUUUGCCACUCGCUUCUAAGUGAGAUACUUCACUUGUUUCGUGAAAACCUGUGAACAGAGCGUUCUUUGGAAAUGCCUGCUGAGGGUUACAGCACAGAGAUCUUGCGUAACUACUACACUGUUUUCUGACUAAUGCCAAAAUAAUGUGAAAAAAAGAUCAACAUUGCCAAACCCAGUAAGGGAAAAAUCAUGAGGUUUCUAAAUAUACUGAUUGUUGUUUUUCCCCAAAUGGGAUAUUUUUUUUAAAAAACCUGCAUAAAUCUGUAUAUGACUUUAAAUUACUCCUCUGGACAAUCUCUGCAUGUCUCCCUAGUGUAGUCUAGUACAAGACUUGGAUGUGGAAGCACUUUUAUUCCUCGAAUAAAACGGAUUUUCUGCCAUCCUCAUUACCCCAUCCAUAGACAUGGGAACAAUCUUGUUCUACCACACAGAAUGGUUGUAAAGUUCGUUUGAGGAGAUGAUAACGAGCAGGGCAUUUUACACUACACACUUUGAAGUGUCUCAGAUUUUUAAAAAUAAAUGGCCUUUAUUGCUGAGUUAACAAUGUAAAGAAAAUAACCCGGGCACUUUAAAAAAAGGAGAGAGAAAAAUGGCAAUGUUGAUGAUAUUAGUUGGUAUUAUACUAAUUAGCUGCUUAAUCGUGUGCUGUAUGGCAGGGGCAAUGUGAAGGUUGCCCGUGUGUGACUAACAUUGGCAUGCUUUUGUUGUUUUUAAUGCUUUAAAUGAGGAAUAUAAUUUGCACUGGGCUGCUAGUGCCUGCUAUCAGGGAGGCUUGUUAUAGGCUGUGUGAACUGACCUUCCUUUGGCCAACCUGGAUAUUUGCAUUUUGAAGGCACUCGGUUACUGGUAUGAUUCAACCACUGCAGUUAUGUUUAGAUUCCCCAAACUGCCCUCCUUUCAGUACACAAUGACACAUACUAUACAGCAAGUGUGAAUUUCCCUCCACUUUCUGAGCAUGGCAAUGAAGGUUUUGUGAAGCCCCAGCGCAUGAGGAAAGCAUCAAAAAGUAACAGUGGUACAUCUCGUUGGUGAUGCACUUGAAUGGCUUCAGAAUUGUGAUUUCACCACUUUUGCUGCUCGCGAAAGUGUAGGCAGUCUGCGGACCCUGAUGUGGAGGAUAUUGUGCUUCGGCCUACAUGUAAUGUCUCUGUUUGGAUUUUAUUUUCACUGAACCAAAGCAAUGUUCUAUUUAACUGGAGGUCUACAGGCCCAGCAGAGUGUCCACUGGCCCCAGCCUGUGGCCUUCUGUCUCGGGUACCGUUCUUUGCCAAACUGGCUUGUGAGUAUGCAAGAAACAUUGGACCAGGACCCAAAGAGUCGAGGAGGCUGGUGGUGCACACUGAUUCACACAGAAUUAAUUGGCUUAGCAGGAUUUUCAGUGAAGAACAGCGAUAACCGUAGUUGAGAAAUAUCAUGGGGAUGUGUUUUUCUUUCCUGCUAAACCCAAAUGUCAUCCUGCAGACCAUCUUAUUAGAGUGACAAUGUUUGUCUGAUGCAACCAAAAAUUAUUAUUUAACCAUAUUAUAACUUAAAAUGUGAUUAAAUCUGGAGUACAUCUAGCCAGCAUCUCUUUCACGCCAAGGUCAUUUGCUUUCAAACUCCCAUCUCAAGAUUUUUCAGCUGUGGUGAUUUCAAUAACAAACUGUUGCUCGUAUCUCUUUAUUUUGCAAGUUUGAAAACUGCAGUGAGCUUUGAAAACAAUAAGUGGGUGUUAGCAUUCUGGUUGAUACGGAUUUUAAUAGGAGCAGGAGUGUUGUUCCUGAUUUUAAGCAGUUAAAGCACUGUUGAUGGCCGAAGGAGGCAGCAGAACUAUUAAAACUACCUUUCUCAUGGAAGUGCUUAAAUGCCACAGGCAAAAGAAAAGCAUUAUUUUCUGUGUGAGGAAUGCCUCUUAUAAGAUAACACAUAUCGUGCAUGUGUCUUUCUUUAAAAUUUACUGUAGGCAACUAUAUGCUGAUUGAAUUGAUCAACUGUAUCUCCUAAAUUAGUGGACUAAGGCUUCUUUAAUCUGGCUAUAGCCCUACUUUUAAUAGGUUCUCUUUUUAUCUGUGUUAUCUUAUAGCUAUCAGCUAAAAUCCACCUACCUGGCGGAGGAAACCCUUUACUGUUCUCAUCCUGAUCUUGGCCUCUUUUUACUAAAUAUUUCUGCGGGGAGGAGCAUCUUGGCCUCAUCUUCUUAGCUUAGUCGGCAGAGCACGAGACUCUUACUCUAGGGUCAUGGGUUCGAGUGCCACGUUGACCAAAAGAUUCCUUCAUUGCUUCAUUCCUUCCUUCAUUCAUCCUAGACUCUCGUGGUUCCUUUUGGCUCCACAUUUCUGUUAUUCUAUGGCCUCCUAUUGCUCCUACUAUGCAUAACAGGUUAUCGCUGUUAGUGAUGGACUUAAGUCAUGAGCACUCCAAUUCAUUGACUGGCCAUCUUAUUUACAAGUUAUAUAUGUAAUUGUAAAGCUGUUGAGUUUCAUAAUAUUUCAGGCAUUUCAUCAGCAUAUCUAUCUAUCUAUCUAUCUAUAUCUAUCAUCUAUCUAUCUAUCUAUCUAUCUAUCUAUCUAUCAUCUAUCUAUCAUCUAUCUAUCUAUCAUCUAUCUAUCUAUCAUCUAGGGCCUAGGUUUUUCUUCUUGCACUUUUAGGGCAACCAGGAAAAUUGGAUGUGUGGUCUUGUGUAAUUCAGAGUAAUACACAGAGAGAUAAGCAACAUCAUAGUCAACCCAUCAGAGGAUUAAAACUGAUAGGAAUCUUUCAGCCUUAGGACACAUUAGUUAAAGGCGCAAGCAUCUGAGCAGCUCUUUUCUAUUCAUCGGGUGGGUGUGUUUUCAUUUUCAGCUAACAUCAGUGAGUACAUACACAGGCGAAGGCGUGAAUUUCCCUUUUAGUUUUCUGCUUUCCUUCAAAGGAAAGGAGAAGUUGAACUGAAAGCAAAGCUGAGAGACAAUGCAGAUUUUUCAUAUGCGGCAGCCCUAAAGAUUUACUUUUGGGUGAGUUACGGCUUGCGGGUUAAAACUCAAAAAUGCUCCAUUUGUGAACAAAAUAAGGGAAAUUAUCUUUGAAAGACAGUUGUGGAACUGUGCUACCAAGAAAUCUAGAGCCUGUUGCUCUUGUCGCUUAGGAAAUCCCCUGCAUUUAUUUGGCGAAGCUCAAUGCUUCUGCUGAUGAAACUGGAAGAAGGAAUAGAAAAGGGCUUUUGUAAUUACAGUGUGGUUUUGGUACCAGAUCGUUCUAAAAGAACCUUUUUUUCCUGUAAAAGUUUGCAAAAGUAGAGGCAAACUUCACACGAUGUCACAGCUGGCUAAAUGGAGACUGGGUUCAUGGCCAAUCAGGUAGUUUUAAGUGUUUUGCUAAUUUCUAAUGUUUCAUAACUUAUCAGCAUCUUAAGAGUAAAAAUACAAAGUGAGAAACUAGGUGGUUUUCUUUGCAGUUUUGAUUUGGUUACUUUUAUCCUGUUUUGUCUCUAAGAAGGUGCAUGAAAACUUAGAUGGGUUUAGUAUGGGUUAAUGGAAGUCCUUUUAUUUGUGGUGUGUGCUUGUGAGAGCAAUCGCUAAAGUAAAGGACGAGGUUGGAGCUUCAAUGUAGGGCGUUUUUUAAUUAAAAUGUAGGGAAACGAUAAACACAUUUCACUUUCAGAAGGCAGUCUUACUUGCAUUUACUUCACUCAAAAGCUGCUGUUACACUUUACAAGCAAAAGUUGGUAGUACUACUUACCCCCCAGAAACUGCUCUUGCUAAGCUCUAGGGGAUUUUGCCAUUUCUUGUUGAAACCAUUUUUUAAAAAAACCUAGCGAAGACUUGCAUUUGCUACCUGCUUGGAAAACUAGGUUACUUGGGAUCAGAAAAAUUAAAGGUCCACGGGAAGACAUAUUGCACAGCAUUCAUUGAUCUGAGCUCAGUUUUUGCACAACUAAAGUAGGGAGCAUUUAUGGCUAUCCUGUUUAGAAAUUAGCAUUUUAGUGAUGAGUGUGGGGGCAACAAAAGAGGUCAAAAUAGUUCUUUCUUGGUGCAUUAUUUAUAUAAAAGCUAUCUCACGUCCACUUGCUAUGUAUGUAAAAUAUUUCAGAUUGUCAAAUAAGGGCAUUCGACAUACUUUUGAUUCGUCACAAUAAGGCAGUGCAUUUUGAGAGAGUUUAGAGGGUUUUCUAUGAAAGCCCAUGUUUGUCUCCUUUUUAUGGUUUCUUCCUCUUUUGUAGUUCAGUCUUUGUAAUUCUGUGUUUGACUAUAUUCACUCUUCAUUAGUCUGGAAUACAUCAGUCUGAUUUUUAACUCUAUCACAGCAGCCAAACUCUUUUAAUUAUAUCUGCGUUGCUUUUAUGUACUGAUCUUGUACUGUUAGCUUUAAAUAUUAAGUAGAAUAUUAAUGUAAUGUUACAUUAGUGGAGGUUAAAAAAAUACUUGCAUAUUCUGUUUAGCUUAGAAAUGAGGCACAUUAAAGAUCCUUUUUGAGGUGCUGGCAGAAAAUACUCUUUGAUCCUUGGCUAGUGCUUAGAUAAGAGAGCAAAGGUCUCUAGACAUCUUUCUUUCAUUCAUUUAAUAUGAUGGGACUUGCUUUUAUUAAGUUUCAUUCUUUGUCAUGGUGUUUCACUGCUUUGUAUGCUGUACAAAAUCAUCUCCUGAAGCUCUUUCUUGUCUGCGAAUUUCAGGUUCUAGAAUAUUUCAGUCAUGAUUCUUUAAAGCACACACAAAGGCCCAGGAAUUAAGAAUUUAACAAUUGGCGGCUGUUCUGGUCAACUUCACGAUGAAGAAAAACAGCUUUCUAACCCAUUCACUGGACUUAUAAUGUAUCUAUUUACACCCCUUUUUUUUUGCUUCAGUUGCUAGGUCUGUAUGUCCUCAUAAUAUAUAAUAAUAAUAAUAAUAAUAAUAAUAAUAAUAAUAAUAAUAAUAGUAAUAAUAAUAAUAUUAAAAUACAAUAGUCUAUUAAACAUUAAAAGCUUCCCUAAACAGGGCAGCCUUCAGAUGUCUUCUAAAAGUCUGGUAGUUGUUUCUCUCUUUGAGUCCAGUAUUCCAGUGUUGGUGAUUCCGUUUCAUUAAAAAAAAUCCUCAGUGUGGCUAAGCAGAAUGACAGCAAAAUUCAACAAAAUAAAAACCAUUCAUAUCAGCAGUUAAAAUACGUUGAAAACUCCACAGAUGAAAUGCCAGGGAGAUGAACAGCUUGGCAGGUCAAAUUCCAGUAGGAAACAGAAGGUCUUUGUGCAAUAAUUUGAAGGUCUUCAAUGAAAGCCUCCUUCUGCAGUGAGUUCCAAAGCCAGGACUUGGCCCCAGAGAAAGCCCUGUCUCAUGUUCCAACCAAUUGGAACUUGGUUGUUGGCAGCAUGCAGAAAGAAAACCUUAAUGAGCAGGCAGGUUUGUAGGGGAGGAGAUGAUCCUUAAGAUAUCCUGGACCAAAGCCCAUAUAGGCAGUGCUUUCCCCCCUAGAACAAUAGAUGCCAAUACCCACCAUGAAGUUAUUACAUUAAGUGCUACACUUUUUAACAACAGCAAAAAGGGGUGCCAGUACUGCGUGCCUUUGAGUACGCCCUGGAAAAAAACCCCACACUGCAUCUAAGGCUUUAGAAAAGGUAGUGAACAGUCUAAAUUAGGCUCAGCAACAAACUGGAAGCCUGUGAAAUUGAUGCACUUAGGAAAUUGCAAAUUCUUUUAAAUUUAUUAUUGUUUUUAAUGUGUCCAGCCCAGUUAUCUUGACUUCCUUUUACCUGAAGAUAGAAUCUGGCAUUGUCCCAUAUUCAAAGCAGAAGUUCUGAACUAUGAGCCAUAAACAGUAAUAUGUAUAGCACAUAUUGAUGCAAUAGAGUGCUGGACGUGAGUAUUUUUUUCCCAGUGGGUAACAAAUCUACCUUAAAUUUGUCAUUUUGAAUAGCCAAAGGAUAAUAACCAAACGUCUAGAAGGGUGUGGGGCUUAAUUUCCACCAGACAAUAGGCAACAUGAUUGUUCAAAGGUUGCUUGAAUAAAUAGGAUCUUUUCUUUGUUUUAGAUUGUACGCACUUUGGGAUAUUGGCAUAUCCUUGGCAUAUGUAUUGUAAGGCAAAAUAAUAAAUAAAUAAAUAAAUAAAUAAAUAAAUAAAUAAAUUUUAUUUAUACCCCACCCUCCCUGGCCAGAGCUGGGCUCAGGGCAGCUAACACCAGUAAAAUUACAGUAAAAACAUAAUAGGGGGGGAAACCAAUUUAAAAUAGAGGUCAAAAUGCAAUUUAAAGUGCAGCCUCAUUUUUAAAGUGCCUCCCGUGCUCGGGCGACAAGCUGCCGCCCGAGCCUCACGCGCUCGGCGGGACCUCCUGCCGGGCGCGCAAGGCUUGCAGACACUCGUCCGAAGCACGGGGAGCCCUCCGGAGGGCUCCCCGUGCUUCGGGCAACAGGAUGCCGCCCGAAGCCUCGCGCGCUCGGCGGGACCUCCUGCCGGGCGCGCAAGGCUUGCAGACACUCGCCCGAAGCCUCGCGCGCUCGGCGGGACCUCCUGCCAGGCGCGCAAGGCUUGCAGACACUCGCCGGGGCUGCAGGCUGCUGCCUGCAAGCCUUGUGAGCCCGCGGGAACUCCCACCGGGCUUGCAAGGCUUGCGGAUAGCUUCCUGAAGCCUGGAGAGCGAGAGGGGUCGGUGCGCACCGAUGCCUCUCGCUCCAGGCUUCAGCGAAAGCCUGCAUUCGCUCCAUAGGACGCACACACAUUUCCCCUUCAUUUUUGGAGGGGAAAAAGUGCGUCCUAUGGAGCGAAAAAUACGGUAGCUGAUAAAUCAAGACCAUAACGGGAGGGAAACAUAAGGGUCAGACCGAGUCCAAACCAAAGGCCAGGCGGAACAGCUCUGUCUUGCAGGCACUGCGGAAAGAUGUCAAGUCCCGCAGGGCCCUAGUCUCUUGUGACAGAGCAUUCCACCACAUCGGGGCCAUUCCUGAAAAGGCCCUGGCCCUAGUUGAAACCAAUCUAACCUCCUUGAGGCUUGGGACCUCGAAAGUGUUGUUAUUUAUGGACCUUAAGGUCCUCCGCUGGGCAUACCAAGAGAGGCGGUCCCGUAGGUACGUGGGUUCUAGGCCACAUAGGGCUUUAAAGGUCAAAACCAGCACCUUAAACCUGACCCUGUACUCCACCGGGAGCCAGUGCAGUUGGUAAAGCACUGGAUGAAUGUGAUCCCGUGGCAAGGACCCCGUAAGGAGUCUCGCUGCAGCAUUCUGCACCCGCUGGAGUUUCUGGGUCAGCUUCAAGGGCAGCCCUGCGUAGAGUGAGUUACAAUAAUCAAGCCUGGAGGUGACCGUCACAUGGAUCACUGUGGCCAGAUCAGGGCGAGAAAGGUAAUGGACCAACUGCUUAAUACGGCGAAGAUGGAAAAAUGCCACCUUUGCUGUGGCUGCAACCUGCGCCUCCAUGUGCAUUGAUGCUAUAAAAAUUAUUUUUAAAGUUUCUCUUCAAAGGAGUUGGACAAGGAAACCAUUCUUGAUCAAACACCCUUGUUGUGCAUUUCCCUUUUUGUCCAUUUUGUGGUGGUACAAAUUUGGGUGCAAAUAAAAUAGAAAGAAGUUAUGGCAGGGACUUCUCCACUUCUGAGAGAUAACAGUGUCAUCUUUACCACACAUUAUCUCAUCUACGAAAACUUUUGACAUCACAGCUGCAAACAGAACAAACUCUGAUUCUUCAGAAGAAGUAAAAUUUUGAUACUUCAUUUGCUUUCAUGCACAUACAAGCCUCAUGGAAUGUGGAUGCAAUUUGAAAAAGAGAGACUUAAUACGCUUGUUUGGACCUUCACGUCAAGUUCCUUGUGUUGUUUAGCCUUAUCUAUCCCGUAAGCCUAAGGCAAUUGUUAACCUUCAGAUAACCUAGAAGUUGAGAUCAAUAGCCUUUUUAGCUUAGAUUACAGAUAUAUGGACAUGAGGGAAAAACACACACACAGAGUCUAUUCCCAAUUUUGAUAAUGAGGGUUCUCUUAAAUACAGUUUUCCUUCUUCUAAUAAAUAUGCAAUGUGCAACAUAGUUUUUCCGCAACUCUAAAUAUUCGUAGAUUCCAAAAUUGUAUGGGACUUACAAAAAACUUGUUGGAGAUUUGUGGAUAAACUUCCAGGUUUCUGGUUGUAGAAACAGGACAGUGUCUAGGACAAAAAUACGGCGAGAACUUGGGGCCAGAUGAGGCCGGUGUCCUUAAUGAAAAGAUCUGGGAAGCCUCGCUAUAUGGCGAUUACAUUGAAAUGAUGUAAUCCUUUGUGUGUUCAAGGCUGUUCCGCUGGCUUUGCAUGGCCAUGCCUAGGCUUCUGUCAGUCUUCCUUGACGCUGACUUGGGCUGUUGUCUUUUCCUCCUGAUCCUGCAGUGAUGGGGAAAGAAGAAAAAGGACCUCUUCUGUGUGCAGCAAUGACUCUCUAAAUGCUGGGGGAAUUACUCUUACCCCCCGCCGGAUUUCCUGGCGGCAGAGAAUCUUCCUAAGGGUGGCAUCGCCCAUGAAGAAAUCGCCCUCAGCAAUGCAACUUCAAGGUCAGUUUUCAUUUUGAGGCGGCAGUUUAUGUCACGACAAUUCGAUUUCAUAUCUCUGUUGAAGAGUGGCAGUUUCCAGUCCUCUCUUAAAAGAAGUAGGCAAGUUCUGCAAGACCCAAGUUUGAAUACUUGAUAUGCGUGUUAGGUGCGUGUUUCGUUUUAAGGUUCCAAAUGGAUUCUUUUUCAGGUAGUUGGCCUUUUUGUGGCAGUAAGCUAUCGAAGUCAGAGUCAAGUGUAUGAUUGACUAUCCCUGUAUCUUUCAACAUGUCGUUCUAAGAGUAACCACUUCAGUUAUCUCCAGAAACACAUGGCCACAUCUCCUCCUAUCUGCUUCCGAAUCAUGUUUCCUUCUGACCUCCCUGGUAACAUUUGGUUAACAACUAUAUUAUGCAACGUAUCUUUGUCGCCAGCACUGCCUUGACCUCAAGUUACAGCUAAGGAAGUCGUAUGGGGUGGUGCAAGAGAAGAUGUCUGGUGGCAACAGGCUAAUGAACAUAAUGCUUGGCAGGGGGUUGGACAUAAUGUUUGGCAGGGGGUUGGACUCGAUGGCCCUUGUGGUCUCUUCCAACUCUAUGAUUCUAUGAUAAGAAGAGUCCUGCAGGAUCUGAUCCAAUGUUCAUCUAGUCCUGGGUUUCCCAAACUUGGGUCUCCAGCUAUUGUUGGACUACAGUUCCCAUCACCCUGACCACUGGUCUUGCUAGCUAGGGAUGAUGGGAGUUGUAGUCCAAAAAUAGCUGGAGGGAACUCCUGAUCUAGCCCAAUAGCCUCCUUAUGCACAGGUGCAUCUGGAAAGCCCACAAGCAGAGUCUGAAGUAAAUUCAUUAUGUCAGGCAUGGCCAAACUUGGCCCUCCAGAUGUUUUGGGACUACAGUUCCCAACAUCCCUGACCACUGGUCCUAUUAGCUAGGGAUGAUGGGAGCUGUAGUCCCAAAACAUCUGGAGGGCCACGUUUGGCCAUGCCUGCAUUAUGUCAUUACUUCUCAGCUACUGGCAAAUAGAGUUAAUAUUGUUACAUGUAGCCCUGUCCUCCAUGAAUUUGCCAGUCCGCAUUUAAGACCAUCGAGGCAAGUGAUCCUAUCCCUUCCUUUUGCCUCUUCUGAAUCUCCUGCCAGCUAGUUAAACCGGAUGAAAGGAAGGGACAAAAGGGAGGGUCAAAAACGUCUCUUUCCUCUUUCUUCACCCCGUACUUGUCAACCACCUUGCAUCAUUUGGGGCUGUAUCAUAUGGCCUUUCAGAUGCUAUGAAUCAGAUGUGAUGCAGAUGGUGUGGACCAUCUUUCCUUGGUUUUAAAAGAAUAUGUUAGAGAUACUUUGUGUCCUGUUUAAUACAAAUUCCUGGCAUAGGAAAAGGCAGGUGUUGGGUGUGUGCCAGAUCACCAGAUCUGUCUCAGGUAAUGAAGGCCAACUGGGCAAAGCUAGAUCAACUCUUGGUUAAGAUUGGCAAAGUUUCACCCCUAGAGGAAACUUUCUGCUAAUUGCAAGUUUGCUGCAGUACUGCUUUCAAUGCCUAAGUUGGAUAAUAUCCAGUUAUCAUAUUGACAGGCUCUGCUGCUAGGAGAGUGCUCUAGUAACAGUUCUGGAUGCUAAAUCAAAAGGAACACUAAUUACAUCUGGCAAUUAGCAGUUAGGAAGUAUUUAUUUAAGGGAGGCCAUAGGCCAGAAAAAAAGGGUUCAAGCAUUUAAACUUUUGUCUUUCCCUAAAGCCAGUCUGCAGCUCAUAAGGGCAUAUAUAGCCUUGGCACUUUACUCUCGAGAACAAAACUUGCAGAAUUAUGUAUGUCCGCUUGCACUUUCUGACUUGAUUGUUAUAUUUAGCAGAACCACAGAAGAUGAAUGUUCAUUAGCACUUGAUUUCCAAUAGGUGACACUUACUGUUAGAAUGGCUUGUCUGUCUGUCUAGCAGGGAAAACUGUGGAUGCAAAGAAUCUUAAAACAAAUUUGCUGACUGGUGUGUAAAGAAGCAGUAUUGGAUGAGAUAAUAAUCCCAGAGUUAGGCUGUAUCAGGGUGACAUUAUAAAAGUUUCAUCUUGCUUUCUUAUGAGGGCUUGUAGCAACAUGUCCUUAGGUCCAUGGGCUUCAGUUAGGGUAAAGGAAAAGGGACCCCUGACCAUUAGGUCCAGUCGUGGCCGACUCUGGGGCUGCGGCGCUCAUCUCGCUUGGCUGAGGGAGCCAGCGUACAGCUUCCGGGUCAUCUGGCCAGCAUGACUAAGCCGUUUCUGGCGAACCAGAGCAGCGCAUGGAAACGCCGUUUACCUUCCCACCGGAGUAGUACCUAUUUAUCUAUGUGCACUUUGACGUGCUUUCAAACUGCUAGGUUGGCAGGAGCAGGGACCGAGCAACGGGAGCUCACCCUGUCACGGGGAUUCGAACCACCAACUCUCUGAUCAGCAAGUCCUAGGCUCUGUGGUUUAACCCUCAGCGCCACCCGCGUCCCUUCCGUUAGGGUAGUAUAUAUGUUAUUGAGUGCUGGAGCACAGACUAAAAAUACUACGUACUACUGUUAUUAUUUAUAGAGUGUCAUCAAUGUGCAUGGCAGUUCUGCAGAAUAAGCAAAAAAACCAAAACCCCAGUAACCCAGGUCUCUCUCCUAAGAGGAGAAAAAAGGGAGAUGGGUGAAUGUUAGCAUAUGCAGUAAUAUAAUAAAUAAAACCCUAAUGAUGGAUGUUCAUGCAUAUUUCUGCCACCAUACUAGAACUCUCAAACAGUAUUGAAUAAAUCCAUGUCUAAUGCAGCGAUAUUUUGCAGAUGGAGGUGAUGUAAAUGAAUUGUUGCCGCUGUCUCCUCUUGCACGAUCUUUUGACGAAGACCCCCUUGUUUCCUUAUUGCAAAACGAUGAUGUUCAAGAUAAGACUGGGGAGAAAAAGAACUCUGAAGAGCUGCAGAGCCUGUGGAGAAAAGCCAUCCAUCAGCAAAUACUGCUACUUCGAAUGGAAAAGGAAAACCAGAAAUUGGAAGGUUAGUGAAGGUUAAGAUAAAGAAUGGUUGCUCUGCCUUCCAGGCUUGGACGUCCCAGGAAUUAGUUAAUGAAUUCCCUGUGGAACUUGAAGCAGAAGUAGCUAACGAAAUGGUGUUGUGCGACUGCCAUAUUUCAUGGGCUUACAUUUCGUCCUUCAAUAUAAAGGUUUUCAGUAUGCAUCACAAAAUUAAGAAAAAACUGUUUAAGCAAAUGACAAGCCCAUCCUGGAUAGCUUUUGGGUCUGGCUGGACCUGCGAUCCCUGUUGCAUUUCAGCACCUUAAAACUAUGUUUUUUUUCCUUUAUCUGUAAGAUGAUAGGCACUUCCUGCUUCCAGUUUUGCCUCCAGCUUCACAGCCCUCACACCCUCACUCACUCACUCAUAUAUCUCUAAUGAGGUGACUGAGACAUAAGCAGGCCCUUAAAUGGGACACUCAACUUUUCAAACAUUACCACAGAAUUUGGACUUUGUUUGUUUCAUUUUUUUAUUUUUAGCUUAUUUGAACUGUCUACGAGGUGCAUAUGGGCAUUUGCAUCAUACACCAUUUAGCAGAGAUGCUUGUGAAGAAAAUGUAGACAGAAGUGCCUUGUAAUCCCUUUUUUCAUAGUUUUGUGGGUUUAAAAAAGCAUAAAGCAAACACCUCUUUCUCUUCCUUCCAUAAGAACGUUGAAUUAUGAAGUGGUGAAAAUGAGAAAACAGAUUGUGGCAGUGGGAAUUCUGCUAGAGUGGAAGUUUCUAAUCAGUCUGUUUCAGCUGGUUGAUUUGCAUCAGCUUCAAAUUCUUUGUUAUAUCACAUAGCAUUUAACAUUGCAUCGUUCGAUGGCUGAGACAACGUAUAAACCUGCCUCCCUUCUUCCUCACCUUCCCUUGCACAGAGAGCUAAGUUGAUAAACCAAGUUGCAGCAGAGUUCACUGCUGCCUUUGUGCAAUUUAUUCCUGCCCGUAUCCCCUCUUUGCUUAUUCAUCAUCAGAUGAAAUUUGUUGACAAAAUACUAAUAAAAAUAUUUCCUAUUCUUCUUAAUGCUGUCGAGGAAGCUUGAAUUAUAUUUUCUUUUAUAGAAGGUAAGAUGCACGUAAGGAAAAUCUUUUCUUCCCCUCCUUAUAUGUAUCCCACUAUUUGAAGCACUGCAGAUAGUAGAAUAGCACUAAAUCCUUCGCAGUUGGAGUGAUGGAAUUGUAGCUUUACGUCUUGCAUGUGCUGCUUCCAUCUAUUCAACCGCCAUGUUCUUUGCAACUCCAACAAAUCUAAUGAUUAGCUUUAGGACAGGAUAAUCACAUUGUGAACCAUACAGCGGAAUUCAGAUCAUCGGCAGAAGGAGCUUGUGUACCAGGUUGGCUCAGGGGAGACAGCUGAGCGCAUGUUCUCACCUUUCCACAGGUUUUAAGAAAGUCUUCUUGAGUCUUACUGAACUUUCUACAGCUUUAAUAGCUGGUUGUACAAGGCUGUAAGUGUUGCCGAGCUUUUGCACAGUAAGAGAACAGUAUUAUGGGUAACUGGCCCCAAACAUGCCUUCCUAAACCUCGGCCUGUAGGAUGGUUGACGUGACAUAACCUGAUAUGUGGCCUACAUGCCAGACAUACAGGGCAUUAAAUGCUGGUCUGUGGUGCAUCAUCUGAAAUGGUCUGUGCCUUGUGUUCUCUCUUGCAGCAAGCAGAGAUGAGCUCCAGUCCAGAAAGGUUAAGCUGGACUAUGAGGAAGUUGGUACUUGUCAGAAAGACGCUAUCAAUAUCUGGGAUAAGAAGCUGUUGAAUUGCAGAGCCAAAAUCAGAUGCGACAUGGAAGAUAUCCAUGCAACUCUGAAAGAUGGUAAUUUUGAGUGCAUUUAUUUUUUUUGAGACCUUGCAUUUUUCAUCUGUUUGAACACCACCAUAGGCAGGGAAUUAGCCUGAUGCAAAUCAAUGACAUUUUUCUGGUGAUUUCCCCUCGCUUUUGUUGCCUUGCAUUCCCAGUUGAAAACUGGGAAAUUAUAGUUCCUUUGAGUUUUGGGAAAGGAGUGGCUGACAAAUAAAGAUUUCUAGGCUAUAACUAGAGAAAGGGAGUGCUCCGCUUGAUUUCGGGUGGAAAAGUAAACUAUUUCCCCAAAGCUCAGAAAAUAGGUCUGAAAAUUCUGAGUCUCCUGGAGAAUGUCACUGGGCCAGCAAACGGAUCCCAUUUUUUUGCCCCAUUAUGAGGCUGCAAUAAAUGAGAUGUUGAAAGUGUUCAUGUGGAACAGAGUGUGUAGAAGUUCAAAAUAAUGACCCUAAUGGUUAUAAAUUAGAAAUGGGUAAUUUUUAUAUUUGAAGGGAACUCUGUCGAAUCACCCCACAAUCCCCUGAAUAAUUUUGUUUUAUAUCUUCUGUGUUCAGGUGUUCCCAAAAGUCGCCGGGGAGAAAUAUGGCAAUUUCUUGCUGUGCAGCAUCGCGUAAGGCACCGGCUACCAAAUAAACAGCAACCCCCUGAUAUCUCUUACAAAGAACUCCUGAAACAGUUGACGGCUCAGCAACAUGCAAUCCUUGUAGACCUUGGUAACUUUUUCCCCCAUAGUCAGGACUUUAGGUCAUGAACAGGUUGGAGGUGGGGGUAUGUGCAGGGGAGGGGACUUGUUCCAAGUUAAUCCGGUUCUGCAGAUUGUAUAAAUUGUACAAGUGAAGUACCAGGGUAACACCUCUUAUUUUGCAUAAAUUCAUUUUUGUUUUGCUAGCCACUGGGUAAAGAACUACGUGAGCACUGAAGACUAACUCUUUCUCUCUUAUUCAGCCACCCGCUCUGGUUUCUGGAACGUUAGGUGGCACUAUCUGUAAACACGCAGCUGCAUAUUUUAGCCACGAGGCUUAGAGAUCUGACGUUCAACAAAGAAAAGAGUUUUUUUGGGAACCUGAAUUUUGUGCCUAGUGUUCAGUUCUGUACUUCUGCUGUGCCACCCAAAUCUUGCAGCUUGCUUACAGUUAUUAUUUUAUGGCUGCCAGUUGUUAUGCCUGGAAACAGCCCCCAGUAAUAAGCACCCCGUUUUUCAUUUGCUUAGAAUGGUUCAUUUUCACACUUCUCAAGGCCGCGGCCCAGGAGUAGCACAGUGUAAGGAACCAGGAGAGAGGGGGAGACUUCCUAGUCCUGCCGAGAGACAAAAGAGAAGUUUAACAUUCUGUUGCUAUUAGAUAAUGGGGUGGUAGUCAAUGAAGAUUUACUCAGAAUAAACCCAUUGAAAAUAACAAACAUUAGUUAGGUCCAUUGAUUUCAAUGGGUUUGCUCGGAGUAAAACAUAGUUCUACCCAGACACUGAGGUCCAGUGCCGAGGGCCUUCUGGCGGUUCCCUCACUGUGAGAAGCCAAGUUACAGGGAACCAGGCAGAGGUAGUGGCACCCGCCCUGUGGAACCUCCUCCCACCAGAUGUCAAAGAGAAGAACAACUACCAGACUUUUAGAAGACAUCUGAAGGCAGCCCUGUUUAGGGAAGCUUUUAAUGUUUGAUGCAUUACUGUGUUUUGAUAUUUUGUUGGGGGCUGCCCAGAGUGGCUGGGGAGGCCCAGCCAGAUGGGCAGGGUAUACAUAAUAAAUUAUUAUUAUUAUUAUUAUUAUUAUUGUUGUUGUUGUUGUUGUUGUUGUUGUUGUUGUUGUUGCCCAUGGUUAGGAAGUGUAUAUAACAAGGGUUAUAUCUGUGUGUGUGUGGGUAAGCAAUCACUUUGGAAGCUAGUCAGUUAAACACAUGGCUGGCUUCCCAAAUGAUCACAUACGCUGGUAAUAGAACUUCUGAUGAUUUUUAUUCUGACUGAGUGUCCUGUGAGUUCUUCAUUCCAGAUGACAUCUCUCUCUCUCUCUCUCUCUCUCUCUCUCUCUCUCUCUCUCUGCACCAGGGAGGACCUUCCCAACACAUCCUUACUUCUCUGCUCAAUUAGGAGCAGGGCAGCUCUCCCUCUUCAAUCUUCUGAAAGCUUAUUCCUUGCUGGACAAGGAGGUGGGCUACUGCCAAGGUAUCAGCUUUGCAGCUGGGGUGCUGCUCCUCCACAUGAGUGAAGAACAAGCCUUCGAAAUGCUCAAAUUCCUCAUGUACGACCUCGGCUUCCGGAAGCAGUACAGGCCGGACAUGAUGUCUCUACAGGUAAGGCAGAAAUAGGCUUCCACUUGGGAGAACGAAAGGAGUUGGAGGCAGCAUUGCAGAAGGCUAAAUGUGACCUGCCGCCUGGUUCCCUUUGUUUCUGAUCUCUCGUCGUACUCAGAACAACCUCUCUUACCACUGUUUCCUGUAUUGUCCCUUAAAAGUUCCCAUUGGCUUGUUGGGCAGUUACCUUCCCUGUGUUUUUCUCAACCAUCUCAGCAGUUUACUCCAUUCACCUCAUACUCUGCUGCCAAAUAUUCUGCUGCUCCAUGACUUUAUUAGGUACCUUCAGUGGAAGCGCUGAAUGAGAGGAACACGGUGUUAGAAGCUAGCUCGCUUCAUGGCCGGGUUUCGUCCUCGCUCAACUUGUUGCAGCGGCAAAGUGAUGUGGCAAACUAUUCCCUCACUCAGAAAUAGCAUCUUUCUUUAAGUGUAACCCUCUCUUGGCAAUGUAAUAAGACGUGGCAGCUGAUCAAUAUCUCCCUGCUUUUCAUUUCUCUAUUUUGAGGGAGAGCUGUGCAGAUCUCUCCCUCCUCUGUGCUGUUCUGGUUGGAAUUCCUAAGACAAAUUCCAGAGUGCUAGUUCACAGGAGAGUACUUUAACUGUUUCAACAUAAUUUAUCAGUUAGAGUAAGGGACAAAUGACACAUUAUUUGGGAGAUCUGUGAUCAUUUUCUAGCUUAGAAAAACCAACCUGAAAUACAACCUUGGGUGCUGCGAAUCUGAAAAGCUGCAUGCAUUAGUGACUGUGACCACAUCUUAUGGCAGUGAAUUCUAGCUAUGUGCAUACAGUGGUACCUCGCAAGACGAAUGCCUCGCAAGAUGGAAAACUCGCAAAACGAAAGGGUUUUUGGUUUUUUGAGUUGCUUCGCAAGACGAUUUUCCGUAUGGGCUUGCUUCGCAAGACGGAAACGUCUUGCAAGUUUGUUUCCUUUUUCUUAAAACCGUUAAUACAGUUGCGACUUGACUUCGAGGAGCAACUCAUAGCACGCGGUGUGGUAGCCUUUUUUGAGGUUUUUGAAGACUUUGGUGAUUUUGAAGCUUUUCCAAAACUUUUCCGACACCGUGCUUCGCAAGACGAAAAAAACCGCAAGACGAAAAAACUCGCGGAACGAAUUAAUUUCGUCUUGCGAGGCACCACUGUAUAUACACGUGGUCACAACUUCUGGACAGACUAAGCAUCAUGUGAACAGCAGCCACAGGGAGAGGGGACCCAAACAGCCUCAGGAUUCCCCCCUGGGGAAACUGUGAUAGCAGGUACGAAUUGCACAAGAAGUCAGAGAAAUUCUUAAUCUCUUCACUCUCCCGUAUUUUAAUACAGAUUCAGAUGUACCAGCUGUCGAGGCUACUGCAUGAUUACCACAGAGACCUCUACAACCACCUUGAAGAGAACGAGAUCAGCCCCAGCCUUUAUGCUGCCCCCUGGUUUCUGACUUUAUUUGCUUCGCAGUUUCCAUUGGGAUUUGUAGCCAGAGUGUUCGGUAAGAAGCUUUUCCGUGUAUUGGCUGGGCAGAUCAAUAAUAGGCCCCUCCAAAUUGGUGGUUUUGUGAGGGGGGGUCCUAUUCUGCAACACGCCUUUGACGUAAUCAUAGUGCCGUUAGUGACAGAUUUAUACCAGACCAGCCACAUUUAAUUCUGCUUUACGCUGGCUAACAUACAUUGGCUUAUUUGACAUCAGCUUCUCAUGUGUAAGAACGGUUCCCUAAUUCGUGUGUGUAUGUAACAAAACAUCCUUUUGAGUAGUUUGGGCACUCGUUCUGCACUAGAACAAUUGUUUAAGACUUCUUUUUUUCCUGAAACUGAUCCUUCUGCAGGAAUUUUUAAAAAGUGUAUUGCAGGAACAUAAUCUACAUUUCAUUAGCUCUUGGGCCAUGGUGGCGGUUCGCUGAUGCUAACCAAGCCAUGUGUUGUGCUUGGAUUUUACUUGAGAAGACACGACACAUUUUCUUGACUUGGAAUAUUAAAGCAUGUGUGAUGUAUAUGUUAAUUAUAAAACAUGUUUUUAACAGAUAAGUGUAACAACACAAAACAAAUGACUUUUUUUUUAUCCCCUUGAAUCUUCAACAUAAAUAUGUAUAUAAAACAACGUUUUCAAUGGGAAACACAAUCUAAUCUACGUUUUGUUCUCUGCCCUAGACAUUAUAUUUCUUCAGGGAACAGAAGUCAUAUUUAAAGUAGCACUAAGUUUGCUAAGCAGCCAAGAGGAACACAUCAUGAUGUGCGAGGCAUUUGAAAGCAUCGUCGAGUUUCUGAAAAACACUCUACCAGACAUGACAAAGCUCCAAAUGGAAAAGAUUAUGACGCAGGUAAUAAUAGUCUGUUCCACCCCCACGCAAACAGUAUAAUGCAUUGAUAAUGCAUCACUUGGCCAUUCAGUUAUAUGAUAGUGCCUAAAGAACUGAGCUGUGAACCAAAGGCUCCUGGCUUGAACCUCGCUUCUCCCAUAAAUUCACGAGGUGGCUUGAGGCAAGCCACUCUCCAGCCACAGUCUAGGAUACAGGGAAUAAUAUCUGGCCUUCCUUACAGGGGUUUUUUGUAAGGAUUACUGAGCUGAUGUACAGGAAGCACUCUGUAAAGUUCACUGUUGUUCUAAUGAGAAAUAUUAGGUUGUAAUCCCGACGCUGUGAGUCAUAUUGCUCAUACCCUGGUUUCCACCUCAAGCAAGCAGACUGAGAGCCAGUGUGGUGUAGUGCUUAAGAGCGGUAGUCUCAUAAUCUGGUGAACCGGGUUCGCGUCCUCGCUCCUCCACAUGCAGCUGCUGGGUGACCUUGGGCCAGUCACACUUCUCUGAAGUCUCUCAGCCCCACAGAGUGUUUGUUGUGGGGGAGGAAGGGAAAGGAGAAUGUUAGCCGCUUUGAGACUCCUUCGGGUAGUGAUAAAGCAGGAUAUCAAAUCCAAACUACUCCUCCUCCUCUUCUUCUUCUUCUUCUUCUUCUUCUUCUUCUUCUUCUUCUUCCUGUGAACAAUUUCAUGCACAAGCUGUUAGUGCCUUUGACACCAUCCUGGGAGUGCAAAGCUCUGGUGUGAAGCCAUCUUUAAGGAGUUGGUUGGUUAGCUUAUAUCUGGGUGAAUGGAGGAGAUUGAAAACUCUGUUCUGUGAAGGACUAACUGAAAAGAGCACUCUCUGUGGGUCAGUGCUGUAACUUUAUCUUGCAGUUUCAAGAUAUUGCCAUAUUAGAGGUAUUUUUAAAAUCGAUUUUUAAAGAACAUUUUAACUGAACAGGAUAAAAGAAAAGGUAUACUAUGUCAUUAUAGAAGUGAGCAAUUCCAAUUCCAUAUAUGCCUAUCUAUUGUAGACGCAUUCUUAUUAUCAUCUGAAUACAUACAUGUAUAUUUUUGGCCUGCUGUAUUUUGUAUAAAUGUUUUACAAAUGUCUAAGGUUAACAGCUAAAUACAUUUUAAACAAACAAAUGCACGAUUGCAGCAUCCUCCAAAUGUCAUCGGAAUAUAUCACAAAUGUGUGUGCGUUUUAAAAAUGUACAUGUGCAAUUACAAAUGUGUGUGUGGUUGGGUGGAUGGGUGUUUGUGUUUUUAACUGUAAAGGUACCCCUGACCAUUAGGUUCAGUCGCGGACGACUCUGGGGUUGCGGCGCUCAUCUCGCUUUAUUGGUCGAGGGAGCUAGAGUUUGUCCGCAGACAGUUUCCGGGUCAUGUGGCCAGCAUGACUAAGCCGCUUUCUGGCAAACCAGAGCAGCUCACGGAAACGCCGUUUACCUUCCCACCAGAGCGGUACCUAUUUAUCUACUUGCACUUUGAUGUGCUUUCGAACUGCUAGGUGGGCAGGAGCUGGGACUGAGCAACGGGAGCUCACCUCAUCGCGGGGAUUUGAACCGCCGACCUUCUGAUCGGCAAGCCCAAGGCUCAGUGGUUUAGACCACAGCGCCACCCUAGUCCCUGUACUUAGCUGCUAAUCCUUGAAACUUCUUUGAGUUGGCAAAAGGUCAAGAAAAUUCCCCAGCUAUCUCACUGACAUUACUCUCUGCCUCUGGUAAGAUUCCUCUAUUUAUUAGCCUGUCUAGAAAGUGUGUUAAUGUAGCCACAUCAACCCAAGUUGCACAGGUUCCACCAAACUUCAGUUUGGAACAUACAUGCUGCUGAUUUUUCAAGAUUGCAUCUUUCAGGCUCAUUAUCCAGAAGCAGCUUCUAGUCUUGAGAGUCAUCCCUUCUGGGGGAGAAGUGCAAACGCCUCCUUGACUCAUGUAACCAGUUGGAUGAGGCAUCCUUGUAGUUGUUCAGAUGGUCCAAUUCGCCUGAAUUAAACACGGUGGGACCUCUCAUAAGGAAAAUUGUUUUCUUUUCUUUUUUUACACACAUUACAAAUUGCACACAUAUACAAAGAAUUUACAAUCUCAUACUACAAAAAGAAAAUUUUAAAAAAUUAAGAAAAGAAAAUACAGAUUUAUGUACAUAAAAAACUUAAUCUUCCUAAUUAAUGCUUAAAUAAACACUUAAAUAAAAAAGACUUCUGACAAAAUGAGUCUUCCAAUCAUUCUCAUUGUACUGUUUAUACUGUCGUUUUGUCCGCACAGUUUUAUAUUCUUUAAUAUUGUUCCCAUCUACUCCACAAACGGUAUUUGUUGUGUUUACAAGGAUCACUCAUGAUCUACUAAUAUGGUGUGGUUGGUACAAUAUGAUCUUAUAUAAUCCUUAAAUAUUCUCCAUUCUCCAAAUAUUUUCUCUUCUUUCGGUAGGUCUUUGAGAUGGAUAUUUCCAAACAGCUGCACGCCUACGAGGUGGAGUACCACGUUCUGCAAGAUGAACUGCAGGAGAACUCAAACCUGUGCGAUGAUGGGGAGGUUCCCGAGAAACUCGAGAGGGCAAACAAUCAGCUGAAGAGGCAGAAUAUGGACCUCCUGGAGAAACUACAGGUAAACUACCAAGGGCCAAACUGCAUGUUGUGACUUUAUCCUGCAUUGCAGAACCGGUGUGGCACAUGGGGUUGGCCUAGGAAACCUAAUAGAUCCGUUCAGGCUCUCAGUUCUCUAAAUGUUUAGCAGAUCUGGGCUGGACUAAACAAAAGGAGAACCAGCAGGAGCAGGUACAUGAUGCCCUCCUGUAUUUCCAUAUCCCAGCCUCUUUUCCUCAAAGGAAAACUCCCAGUCCUUUGUUCGGUGGCUGCGGAAGAGGAUUAUGGAGGAAGAGUGAGCCACUCCCGCCAACAGUUCUCCUCUUCAAAUUCCAUCCUCUCCCCUGUUUUUUUUACACAUUUGCCAAACAUCUUAUGGUGAAAGCUUUGUUUGGUCUUCAGGUUCAUUGAGGUAGGAUAGGAAAACACACCAGGUUGUAUCCAUCUAUGCCAGAGUAGAAGGGCCAUAGCCCAGUGGGAGAGCAUUUGCUUUGUGUUCAGAAGGUCCCAGGUUCAUCCCCAGGGAGGGCUGAGAGGAACUUCUUUCUGCCUGAAACCCUGGAGAAAUGCUUCCAGUCAGUGUAGACAAUAUGGAGCUGGGUAGACACUGUGGUAUCGCAGCACACAGUUUUGGAAUGGCUGUUGCCAAAGUGCAGUAGACUAUGACUAGAAGUUAAGAUCCACAAUAAAAUAGCUUUGUGCAACUAGUUCUUUUCAGUAAACUGGAAAUUAAAUGUGCCUGUAUCGCAAGAACUACAGCGAGCAAACAGGAAAUGCUUUAUCCCCAAUGAACCUGAAGGGAACAGCGAGCAAUUUGUAUGACGUAUUUGCAAGCAUUUUAUGCAGGUAGGUGCUAUGUGUUUCUGCUCUCAAGGACACUCGAUUUUAAAAAAUCAUUUUCCUACUUUCCGAUUAGGCAGCUCAUGCUAAAAUCCAGAGUGUGGAAUCGAACCUGGAAGACGUCUUGGAAAGGGAGAGCAAGAUGAAGAGCUUAAUUCAGUCUCUGGAAGAAGAGAAGGCGCGCUAUAGAAAGACUAUUGAGAAAAUCUGUAAAUACUUGCCGGAAGAGGUGCUGCCUGACUGUGAACAGCUGCUAAAGGAAGCAAACUGUAACCCAAGCAAAAUUUAGAAAUAAGCCAUAAGUGAAGCGUUGCAGGCAACACGGUUUCGAACAAUAAAGAAAAGGGAAAACGACAAACGUAGACGGUAUCUGCAUAAUCACACACGGGUACUGGGAUUCUUUUAGCAGCGGAGAGGCCUUUUAAAAUCUUGAUAUGCAAAUCCCAGGUUAAAUGUUUUUAAUAAUGGGUGUACAUAAAUAGCAAUGCAAAAAAAGGAAAGAAAAAGACGAUUGGGUCUAAAGAAGACAAUUAGAUGUAUAUUUAGGAUUGGUGUAAAGGGAAAGAGAUGAAAGUCCACCCUUUUGGACCGCUGGUAACUUAAAUGUCAACUUCAAUAUGUUCUCUGGAUCUAGUGAAAGGAACAUGUUGUUGUCUUUAUAUACAUUGAUCAAUACUUGAAAAGAAAACAAGAAUGUAAUUGUUCCCCUCCAAAGAACAGCAUGUUUUCCAUUUUAGUUGGGGAUUUCUUUUGUGUUUCGUGUAAGGUUUUUUUCUGUGUGUGUGUCUCUGGCCAUUUUUGUGGAGGACAUCCCUGUAAGCUCUUACGUGCCUGCAGUCCAUUCUGCUGACUUCCACAUACGUCCAAGAAUAACCCUGACCGGCUGUCAUUCUGCGGCUCAGCUGUUGAGGAGAGUUCAACGGUGCCAUGUUUCUCCUGCAUGUAGAGAAGUGGCUAUGCCUUAUUCUCCCCAACGGAGGCAGGAAAAGCCAAAGUUGGAAGCCCUUCCUCUUCCUCCGUUCACUGUGGUGUGAAAUUAAGAGCCGAAACAGGCUCUUGGAAAUCUCGCAUGAUGUAUCUUGCGGGAGAUACACCAUGAUGAAUAGCCAGUUGGCUGUGAAAUGUGUGAACGCUCCCUCAAAUAAACUACUCCCUUCAUAUACAGAACUAGCACGUGUUUCCAAGGUAGCUUUUCCCUCUGACACGCUAGCUCUGUAGGUGUAGGAAUUAUUUUAUGUGGAGAAAGAAUCGAAGUUUUCGUUUCUCGCCCUUUUUCUCACAUGAUGCACACCAACAGAUACGUUACAUGGAGUUUCUGCCUGUCUGCUGGCACAUAAGAUAACCUUCGAUUUGAGUGCUGCUUCAUGCAGUAUAAUAUGUCAUGAAUACAUGGUUUCAACGAGCCAAAGAAACCUUGUAAGAGUCCCCAACCUCUCUCUGUGCAAAGGGCCAAUGACCCGUCCAGAUUUUUCCCUUUAUUGGGAUAUGGGCACUGACAAACCUUCAGGAUUCUCUAUGUAGACUAUUACGAUGCCUCAAAAAUGCCCUUUCCUCAGAGAAGCAGAUAGACGUGUUUACUCUGCAGGGAAGUCAUCGUCCAAAUCUAGUGGUUAGUACAUUUCAGCUUAAGAUAUCUGUUCUGUGGCGUACCUUUUCUCAUUUUGUUUAGAAGCAGGAUUCAAUACCAAUAGACACAGUUCAAUGCUUUUUCCGGGCUUUUCCCAUUCUUUUAUCAGUCUCUGCUUUUGCACAGCACUGAAGAUCUGUUGUUUCUGGAAGCCAUUUCUGUCUUGUAGACCAGACCCUGAAGUCAAUCUUUGAUCUGAGGGAGCUAUGAAAAUAGCAGUUAAUCAUGCGCAGGAAAUUUGCAUUUGAGGGAACAUGCUUGAAUCGAAUUAUCGUAACAUCCAGUGGGGAUUUAUUUGUUAUAUUUUUCCAGGUAUUGUUGUUUUUUUAAAAAUAAUAAGCCAAGUGCCAAAUUCAGCCAAGUGUCUUACUCAUAGGUGUGGGGUGAGCUGGAGAGAGUGCCAAUAUUUCCUUUGUAGAAUGCAUAAUGCAAGCGACAAGCAAAUCCGAGGGACAACAAAGUUGGUUUUCUGAUUUAAAACGGCAGUAUCAGUCUUUUCUUGUUAGUUGAUAACAAUGGUGUGAUCAUCACGGGGCACAGUCUAGCAGGUGACAUUGUAGGAAAUUCCACUGUGGAAGACAGAUUUCUAAUAGAUUGUGCCUAGCAUUAUUUUCUUGCAGCUGUUGCCUCUUACCCAAAUGAAUAAACUCACAUGGAAUCCGGUGAAAUCAUACUAAUAAUUGCAUUUUCCCAGAUGGAAGGGGGAAAGUAAUUCUCCUUUUUUUUUUUUUUUUUUUUGCAAUUUCACUUGAAGCAAUAUUGUGCAUACAGAACCAGUCCCAUAGAACUGUUGAACUGUGUACUGCAUUGAUCAACUUGUUAAGGCGAACAUUGCAAUUUUUUUCAGAACUUUUUUUUUUUUUAGAGGCAGACACCCUAAGUUGGACUUAUUCACAUGUAUCAUUUGGAGAAUUUCCAAUAAAUGUCAUUGCUGCAUU